GGCUGAUUUUCACUUCCCUCUUGCAGAGGAUGGUGGCACCAUAGUUCAGCAAUAACCUGGCUCUCCUCUGUGCAGUCGGUGUGUCUCCUUGUGGCAGCAGCAGCAGAAGCAGCAGCACUUAAGAGAAGGAGGUGGAGAUGAGGAGGAGGAGAAGGAGGCAGCUCUCAGUCACGUGUUGCAUAAAUUAGAUUUGGAGAGGGACGUCCACAGCUCGGCCCCGUACUGUUUGGUUCCAGUCAGCGUGCUGCAGCAGAGACACACACACUAACAUACUCUCACACACACAGUGGAUGCCGACAAGUUAUCGUCUACUGGAGGAGGAGGACAGGAAAGUUUCCCAAGUUUUUAACCUUAUUUCAAAUCUUUUUCUCUGGAGAGAUCUUCAAGAAAACUGGAGAGGGGUUCAGCUAAGAAACAGCGUGAGGGAUCUCUACACUCUUUUUGGAAAAAGGACAGAUGUUCCUCAAGUCCUGACAUGGAUUUAACUUUCACUUUGAACCUGAUGAGGGAAUUCUGAGAGGAAACUGGAUACCUGGAAUCUCGGCUUCUCUUCAAUCACAGCAGAGCAACAGAUGAAUGUGAGUAACUCUGAGACCUGAAAAUGGGACUAGAUGAGUAAACUUCUCCAUCACUGCAGUUUCAGACACUUUUGAACUCUCUUUAGAGCUCACUCACUGAUUCUUAGCUCAGAUACUUAGUAAUGGGAGGAUCUGCAAAACUCAUACAUGACCUAAGACUUUGGCUUCAUGGAGCAGACCAGUUUCCAGCCCUAUUGAAGGCUGCACAGUUUUAAAGUUACAGGCUUAAUUCUAGCUCUUGAUUUAGUAUAGAUAGAUAGAUAUUUGAGGGUAUUUGUGCAGAGCUGCUCCUGAUAGCGGAGGUUUAUCGAGAGUUUCGGCUUUACUCCUGAGACUGCAGUGAUCUUGUUGUAAGCAGACCACGCUCAGUAUCCUUGAAGAAGCAGACAGAUAUUUUAACAGCAUGUCAACUCGCACUUUUUUCUUGUAACUCCUCGGAGACAUUCCUUUCAAAUUGCUCAUUCUUCGGAGUUAUUUGAUUGUCCUGCGCGCUGCUGCUGCUGCCGCUGCGCUUUUGUGCCUAACCCUCUCACUCCGGUUGAACACAUACCAGAUGAUUACCCACAUGUCGGCGGAGUUAUUGUGUGUGGACUUGUGUUCAUUGACCGUGAAUGGGUGUUUCUUUCCCUCAAUUAAUAAAUUAAUUAAGUCUCCGCUGGGUUCCAUCACCGCGCACUUUAGCUGGGAGUGUGAUGGUUGCCAUGGUGCGGCUCAGUAACUAUGCUGGGUGUUUUUUUUCUCUUCAGUUUGAGUAAGAAGCUCAGGCUCCUCCUUUCUUUUUUCUCACCACCAGUCAUCAGUUUUUCAGUCAGGCAGGAGCAGAGAACUUUAAUGUGUGUGUGCCACUUCUGCAGUUGUUGAGUUACCACAUGUGCAGUUUCAUUGUUGAUGCCAGCCUCUGUCUGAAUAGCCUACUUAAAGCUUACUGCAACCAGCCUACAGCUUAAAUGAGGCUAAUUGACUGGACCAUGGGAGUAUCCUACUACUUAGCCUUUGUUAAAGUUGAGUUGUCAAGGAUUCAUUUAUCCACCAUCCAGCCAGACUUGGAUUAUAGUACCUGUCUGAUGAUUCCCAUCAAUGCCUGUGAGGUAGGGCUGGGCGAUAAAAUGAUAAGGAUACAUAUUGAAAAUGAAUUUCACUCAAUAUUGAUAUAAAACAUGGUCAAUAUGCCUUUGUGAUAGUCUGCAUUAAGAAGGAGAAAAGUGUGUUCUCAGUGAUUUAGCUGAGUUUAGAGCGGCAAGGUGUAUGGUGUGUGUCCCCAUUAAAAGACUCGGAUACAGAUGUCCAACAAUCAGUACAGCUCACACCAUACAUAACACACACACACAUAUAAUCUAAAUCUGAAUAUAAAGGACCGUAUUCAGCAAUCAGUCACAUGAUAUAUGACUCAUAUAUUGUAAACAAAUGAUCUCACACAAGGGUCACGUCAGCCACUGUAAUAAUUAGUUUAUUAGCUCAACGUCGAGUAGCAAGAGAUAGCAUUAGCCAUAUGUACGGUAAACAAUACAUUAACACAUUAUAGCAUCCAACUUGGACAAUGAAACAUCAUCAAACUCACUUCUGACAUUUACACACAACAAAUCCAGGAUGUGAAGGUGAAAAUACCAAUAAGUACUGUUAAAUUUCAUUUCUUAUAUCGUGAUAUAUAUCGAUAUUGACUAAUUCUAAAUUCUAAUUCUAAAAAAUUAUAUUAUGAUAAACUUUUUCCCAAAUCGCCCAGCCCUACCUGUGAGGUAUGGCUGGGCCAUAAAACGAUAACGAUAUAUAUCGAAAAUUUAAAUUGAUAUCAAUAUAAAACAUGAUCAAUAUGCUUUUCGAUCACCAGCUUUCUGCCAUGUUUUGGUAGACUAUACAAAUAGCUUAUGAAAAGGGAAGUUGCUUCGGGUCGCGCCGCGCUAAACCAAUCAUGCGCUGAAUUAGAGCCAAGUAGCAAACAACUGUGAAGUAGCAGGCUGUCGUGAAAUAUCAUGAUAAACUUUUUCCCAUGUCGCCCAGCCCUACUGUGAGGUAUAUUAUUGUCCUAUCAAGACUGGCAUGAUUUAAAAUAUCAAACUUCAAGAGACAAAAACAAAACACAACAAAAAUGCAGUUCUGUUGGAUAAAACCACAAGAAUUGGACCUCCACAGCUUUUACAACAUUCCCAGGAUUGUGUCAUAAAGCCUCAACAGCGCAUGAAGUAAUCAUUUCGCCAGUCUUGUCUUUGCAGCUUGCAUGUGCUGUUGAUGAAACUAGCUUUCCAGACUCCUAAAAAGGAAUGAAUAACACAAAAUAUACAACUCCCAGGAUGACCACGCCAACACCACCGGGGAAGUUUGCUGCAGCCUCAUUCUCCUGCCUUCAUUUGUUAGUGGUUUUUUUCUCAUCUGCUUAGUGUUGUCAUCAGAAAAACAAGUCAAAGCUGGAGCUCAUUUCCUUAUUUAUGAUAGACUGAACAAUAGACACCCAAACAUGAAGAUCUACAUCCAUGCAUGGAGUGGCUAACCUUGGGAAAUAUGACAGGUUAACCAAGCGGCACCAAGACGCCAGGAGUCAUGUCUGGAUUUGUAAUGUUCUCGCUCUGUUUUGAAUUUCAGGGAUUGACAUGUUUUAUUUUUUUAGGGUUGAGUUUUCGUAGUUCAUGAGGCCAAUAACUGAUAUGUGGAACCAAAUUUGAAAUAACAAUAAAGAUGAAAAUCUUUCUGUCAAAAUUCAGAAUUUGGAAUAUCUCAAAACCCACGCUAAAAUGCUUUUGGUGAAUGAAACUUUCAACAUCGUACACUGGAGUGAACACUUAACCAGUGUCAUGUGAGGUCAGCCAAUCAGGCGUGUUGAGUGACAACAAACUGAUAUAAAUCUUGAUACGGACAAAUAGCUGAAUCAGUCGACGGCUCGUUUCAGUCCUUGCAUUUGUUUUGGACUUUUCAUAUUGCAUGUGUCUCCUAAUAAAGAUCAUUCUGGCGUGUUGACUAACCUCGCUGCCACCCUAGAAUAACCUCAAACCUCCAUAACCCUGGAGUCUUGUGUGGAAACAUAUGUUGUUGUGAGCUGAACUUUGACUCUAGCUGCAGAAAUGUGGUCCAAAAGCCCGCCUCUACCCUGCUACUGUAACUUGGCGCACAUGUGUUUUCAAUGAUGCAACCUCUAGUGUAUCAGAUGGUGUCAUCUUCAAAGCAGAAGGUGUGUGUUUUUAUAUCUGGAACAUCUUACACAAACAGCUGAACAAACCCAUGCUGCUCUUGCUGUGGGAAAGAGAUGAUUCUUCUCGAGGUGGACCCUCGGUGACCUUAACUUUACUGUGAACAAGAAGUCAAUGAUGUGUUUGUCGGGGCCAGGUAUGCAUUCAUCUCAGAGCUCUCAACGUGCCAACAAGGUAUUGAUAUUUUGGAGACUAAUGCAGGGCACAGAAACGUGGAUUUAUGUGAGGCUGGCAAACACUAAGAGCUUUUAGUUUGCUUUGUGCUGAGCCUGUCAUCCUCAUGUCCAGUCAAUCUGCAGCUCCUUCUGUGGUUUCCAUUACAGCUCUGUUGAGCCUCAGGCAGUGUGGCAUGUUAGCGAAACCGCAGAAGUUUUCUUUGAGUUAACUAGAAUCACGGCAUGGAAUAAGAAGCUAAUUUUAUGAGCCGGUCGCUACAGAUAUGUCCCGUGGUUUGUUGGUGGUAGGAAUGGUUCAGUAAAUUAAAGCGAGGCAGUGUAUUUAGGAUCAUGUUUUGGAUUAACUGAGCUAUAUUCUGAUCAGCAUUUUGGUUUCCUCCUGAAAGUAGAUACUCUAGUUUGAUCAAGAGGAUCCAGUUUGAUUGACUUAAGUAUGAGUUAUGACUAUAGUUUGAAAUAUUAGCUCCUCUUAGUUAUAGGAUAAUUAUUCAAUAUCCUUAAAUAACCUUGUAUGUUUUUGUCAGAUUGAUCUGCGGCGUAUCCAAAGCGUUGGUUUUGAUGUUCAACAACAUCAUAUUUAUGCUUCAUGAGAGGUUUGGCAGUCAUCUCUCUAACGUAGGCAUUGGCUCACGGGGAGAGACAGCAGUGUUUAUGCAGAUGUAUUGUUAACUGCUGCUCCGGCCAAACCGAUGGCCUGGCUGCCGGUCUUGAUCCCGCAGCGCAAGAAAAACAAAUUAUACCUCACAGAAAGUUGAAAUGUGAAAAUAAAUAAGCAAGUGUUUCUUUUUGUUUUUUUCCCAGCUAUAUUGAAAGAUGAACACGGGACACAUUUCCCUAAAACAUGAUGUAGACCUGACUGUGCAGAGGUAGAAAAGCAGCCCUGACAGCCCUGAUGUCUCUGCCAGGGAUUUGAUGCUGAUUCCAGUCAUGCUAGCAAAGAACCCAGAAUUCAAACAGAGGUUUCAUUCUGCAUGUAAAUCCUAGAAACCUUGGAUUUUGUCGGUUGACUAGGUUCAGAGAAUUUCAAAAGAAAGUAGGUCAAGAUUAUAGUUACAGCUUUCAGUGAGAUGUAAAGUGUCUACACAUGUGUGCCGCUUUCUGGAAAUAUAACAGAGAGAAUAUCUGAGUGACUUUUCUCCUUGUGCAUGGAUUUAUAUCCUUCUUAAGUUACAUAAGUUAACCUUAGUCAUGAUGCGACACAAUGAUGCAGCGUAAACUAUGCCACAGUGGUUUAUAAGCUCACUUAAUUCAACAGGUUUAACCAUCAGCUGCUAUUUUUAACUGUUUGGCUGGUUUGUUUUUCUUGCUCUCCCUCAAGCCCUUGGCUGUUACCUUUUAUAUCCCGGCUGCUAACUGGCCACUGACUUUCAGACAUGCAUCUCUGUGAUUGAAGCCCGAGCAGGCAGGAUCCUGUCUCUGUUAUAUAACUUCUAAGCUUUAAGGUUCAGAAAUUUUUCUUUGACUGCAGCAGACAGAAUAUUUUUAAACCAUAUGUUCUUCUUAACCUGGUAUUGUGCAAUUAGCCUGCCCGGCUCUGUCUGCUUUAUCCAUCAAGUUGCACUGCUCUGCAGAGGUCCUCCACUGUAGCUCAACCAGAGAGAGCAUUAUUUGAGUUGUGGCAUUUGGACAAAGAUUCUGGCCUUGAAAAGCCAUCCUUUGUGCUUUGGAGAAAGCUUUUUAAAAGUGCAUCCCCCAGUGUUGCAGUAAAGUAAAUCAAAUCCGAAGCUUUAAAGUUCAAGAGCUGUCAAGAUUUUCAUGGAUGUGCUUAUAUUUUGGCUGAGAACAGCUCUCACAAAGAAACUCAAAGUAUGGUAUGUGAUGGUGGAUUUGAACUGCUGUCCUUUUUAGCUCUGUCAGUGGAAGUUAUUAUGAUCUCCAUGAAAGUGAAAGGAAGUGGAGGAAAAACACACAUCCUUCUCCAGAGUUUGGAGAAUAAAUGUUUAAAGUAUAGAUUUACUCGACAUACUUCAAAAGUUGUGUUUAAAAAUUUCGGUUCUCCACACUAUAUGAGUUGACCUAAAACCCAUUAAUGACAGUGAGGUUAGCAUCUGCAGCGUUGCAGGAUCCAGAUAACGGCUGACUGAAAUUAGCCCUGAAAUCUUGUGUGCUCAUGGCCAACUUCCAGCAGCCCUCAAUUACAACUCUGCACAGCCAAAAAGAGGGAGAGAGGUAGACUGCAUGGAGCCCUUCAUCUCUGCUGUACUGGUCUGUCACUCAAACACACCGUCACCAACACAGCUGAGACGGAUCACAUCACUGCAGUCACGGACACAUGGGAGGCAUUUAAUCCACUCUAUUUUACCGACACACGGAUACACAGAUGUUCUCUGAAUGCUGCCCUGCAGUUAUCAGUGAAACCACUAGAGGGAGCCUUGGAAAGCUUUAAAUUGUCACCUAAUUCCCCCUGAUUUAAUUUAGUAUAAUUUGCUUUUGUUGAAGUUUCCUCACAUUGAAGCUAUUUACAUUGCAGGCAUGUCAAAACAGACACGAGCUGGAUGAAUUUAGCCAUAACCACUGAUAAUUGAAAGCUGCUCUCAUUAUUUAAUAAAAAAGACACUAUAAUUCUUCAGUGCCAGACACUCAGUGGUUUUGGAUUAUCCCGCAGAUGGUGACAAGCUUGCUCAACAAUUUCCACCCUGCUCCAGAUUGUCUCUCAGUUACAGAUCCUGUUCUGUGGCAGUGAAGGGGGAGACUGAGCAGAGCAGGCUUAUUGUUUAUGCAAGAAAUUUUAACACUCUUGUCCUUUUGAAAUAUAAAUAUUUGAAUAUUUUCUCCUUGAUUUAACAUUCAAACUAUUAACCCUCAAAGGUAUUAUGAGACAUAUAUUAGCUCGGGGUUACUUAAAUAUUUUAAGGGUUCUUGGAGGGCUGUUUCAAAACACAGCUAAAUGUGAUAGCACACAUUAAUAAUAAAACCAGGACCUCGCCUCCCAGACUCGACGGAUGAGGGGAACUGCUAUAGUGUGCACGCCGGGUAGGGAUUCCUGCACCUUUUUAAUUAGAGUUGAAGAGCCACAGCCAAAGACUCAGUCUGAGGUAGUACGCUGUGGCCUGUGGUUUGAUGUUUCUUUUGCAGAGGAGAGCUUUCUGGUAUGCAGAGGGAACAAGGUGUCGAAUUAUUAAGCGAACUAAGAAGUGAAGGAAAAUCUCAUGUGCAGGUUAUAUUGUAGGUGCUGUGGUUAGGCACCGGGCCCAUAAAACAUGUGGGAAAGUGUUUAAGGCAUAUACUUAUUUUUCUUAAACCAACUCACUCUGUAUUUUUACACAGAAAUAAUACACCUUUUCUUAGUUUCUGCGGCUGUCGGGUUUUGAUAUUUCUCAGCUUUUCCUCUUUGUGUGUCUCCAGGUUUAAAAAGAAGGAGCCAAAAUGAAGACAGCUGCCAAGGCGUUUGGGAAGUCUAUAAUGGACCCUUCUGGUUGGUGGAAUAGAAGACUAGUGCUAAUGGUGUAUGUGGUCUUGGAGCUUGUAACGGUCCAUUCACCUGUGGUCUUGGGGACUCUUGAGCUACAGCUGGACGAGGAGCAGCCAGCGGGUACAAUCGUAGGAGACAUCAGCGCAGGACUUCCUCCUGGCGUCACCGCGUCCCUGUACUUCAUCUCGGACCAUGAAGGCACAGGCGUGGGCACCGAUCUGGACAUAGACGAGAGUACGGGCAUUAUUAAAACAGCUAAAGUUCUCGACAGGGAACUUCGGGAUCGAUACAACUUCAUCGCGGUCACUAUGACAGGCGUUACGGUGGAGGUGACGAUCAAAGUGAUUGACAUAAACGACCACGCCCCGAUGUUCCCAAGGAAACGGGCCACUUUUAAAAUCCCCGAGCAGACCGCCAUCGGCACCAGGUUUCCCCUGGAGCCGGCUGUCGAUGCAGAUAACGGCCAGCUCACGACACAGGGUUACCUCAUCAAGGAUGGAAAUGUUGGCCAGGCGUUCACCUUGGAGACGAGGAGGGGGAGCAAUGAGGUUCUCUAUCUGGACUUGGUGGUCAACGCCAUUCUGGACCGAGAGAAGAGAUCCACCUAUACCUUAACUCUGGAGGCUUUCGAUGGGGGUUCACCCAAGAGGACUGAUCAGAUCACAUUAGAUAUUACUGUACAAGACAUCAACGACAACGCUCCUGUUUUCAACCAGAGCCGCUAUCACGCCAUAAUAUCUGAAAACCUCCAGCCAGGAAGCAACAUCCUGCAGGUGUUCGCCACGGACGUCGAUGACGGAGACAACGGGAUGGUUCUGUAUGAAAUCAACCGUCGACAGAGCGACCCAGACCGCUACUUUGUCAUCGACUCUCGCACCGGAGUCAUAACGCUCAACAAGCCUCUGGACUUUGAGAUGAGGAGAGUCCACGAGCUGGUGGUGCAGGCGCAGGACAACGCAACCCAGCCGGAGGUGACCAACGCCUUCGUGACCAUCCACGUCAGAGACUACAAUGACAACCAACCAACUAUGACCAUCAUCUUCCUCAGUGAGGACGGAUCUCCAAGGAUCUCUGAAGGCGCACAGCCGGGCCAGUACGUGGCCAGGAUUUCGGUCACUGACCCCGACUAUGGAGAGUACGCGAAUGUCAACGUGUCGCUGGAGGGAGGAGAUGGAAAAUUCGCCUUGACCACUAAAGAUAGCAUCAUCUACCUGAUCUGUGUGGACCAGAUCCUGGACCGGGAGGAGAGAGACACUUAUGAACUGAGGGUGAUGGCGACGGACUCGGGUACCCCUCCUCUCAGAGCAGAGUCCUCCUUUGUAAUCCAGGUGAUUGAUGUCAAUGACAACCCGCCGCUGUUUGACCAGCCGGUCUACAGGCAGGUCAUCCCUGAGGUGGUUUUUCCUGGGAGCUUUGUGUUGCAGGUGACGGCCAGGGACAAAGACCAGGGACCCAACGGGGACAUAAGUUACAGCAUCCUGCGAGACAAGGGUGCCUUCUCGGACUGGUUCAGUAUAGACCCGGUUACGGGGAUUAUCACCACCCUCACACAGCUGGAUUAUGAAAAGAACCCCAAUCCCAGUAUAACUGUGAUGGCCACAGACGGAGGAAAACCGCCGCUGUCCUCCACCGCCGUGGUGAAUAUCGUACUCCAGGAUAUAAAUGACAACGAGCCUGUUUUUGAGAGGAACUUCUACAACGUGUCGAUCAUGGAGAACACAGCUUCAGGGACCUGCAUUCUUGAGGUAGGACAUCUUCUUGGGAAUUUACUUCAGUGAAAGUCUCAGAUUUGAUUUAUUUUGGAAAUUCACUCCCACACUUGAGUGCUGAGCUCAUGCAAGAAGUUGAACUCAACCUGAGGGCAAAAGUGAUGAGCAAAACAAAUGAAAAUUUAUUAGAUAAAUAGGAGAGAAGUUUGUCAGAGUUUGCUGAUUCCUUGCAUUCCUCUCAGAGGAGUUAUGCUUUAAUGGUAAAACUGUUUAAAUUGGACUGCCUCACUGAGGAUUUACCUGCAGAUUUAGGCCAAGAUGAUCCCGUCUUUGGCUGUCCUCCCCUUCACCUCUCCAAAUGUUUCCAGGGUAACAGAGGCAGCAUUAAGUCCUCUGUCAGCCCAGGCACAAAGAGCUUUUUCACAUAUUCACAGACGGAAACAAAUUCAGGGCUUUAUCCAAAGAAAUAGAUGUCACUUCACUUUGAAAAGCCACCUUAAUUAGGCUAGUUGAGCGUGAGAAAAAAUGGCUUUAGACGACAAGAUGAUGUAAAGUUCAGACGAAUUACAGCAUCCCCCAAGCGGCCGCGGUCAUGUUUCAUUAAAACAGAUCGCUCUCCUGUAGUUUUUGGCCAUCCUGUUAAGAAGACGGCACUUACCGAAAGACAGCUCAUCAGUUGUUCAAAUCAGUCAAGUGAAGUCAGUAAGCUUUUUGCUCUCUUAAAGUGUCGAGGUUUUUGAUGCAUAUUCUAUUACACAAGAGUCUGCAGUAGUAUUGCAUGGAUCAAGCGGUUGGAUAUAGAGUUCAGUCCAGACAGAGAGCCCCAGCAGACGGGAUCUUGGCCCAGGGUUUGGCCUUGGGAGAGGGAGGGGUGAAAGGAGACACAGGCCUUACCGCAACUCCUGGCUCGGACGCAGAAAUAGAAGCUGUAUGAGGACCUCAUCUGGGAGGCCCCCUAAUUAUGAAUCACAGGGACCACAAAGAUAAGGAGCAAAGAGGAACGAACUGAAAUUGAUUAUAGAGUUUGAAUCCGAAUCAAAGGAGGAUUAAAAAAUGUAUGUUUUGGAAAACUCUGGAGGUUUUUAAUCACUCUUUCCAAAAACUAGCUAUCUUCCCUCCAGGAACAUGUUUCUACCUGCUCCCAAACUCUCAUAGUAUGACAUGUUUGAUCAGUUGGCUCACACUGUGAAGCCGCUCUGUAAAGCCACAGCUCUCUGGCCUCUCUCUCCGGCCUGCCUGGAUGCUGCAGACGUGCGGUUGGCGGGCCAUGUGAGAACAGACGGUUCUUACUCAGGGUGCCAGCUCUACAUCCAAACAUCUCAGCAAGACAUCUGAUGUCUGCCUUUUCUUUUCUUUUCUUUUCUUUUCUUUUCUCCUCAGAAGAAAUUCCCACUAUCCCCCUUUUCUUUCUUCUUUCUUCUUCGAACCCUGUGCUGUCCAAAAAGCCAUUACAAUCUGGGUAUUGUGACCAUUAAUUCAAACGUUUGAAGUGGCUCGGGUCAUUUUCCUCCGCAGGUCACCAGCACAGCAGUUCGCGAUUAUUCUAAUGUAGUCUGGCUCCUCGCUAAGGCGCCUGUGAUAUUUUGCCACUUCGAUUCUCGUGCGGAUGUCUUUGGAAUUAGAUGUGCGGAGGAAAAAAAGAUAACUAAAAAUAAAGACUUAAGCCUAUUAACAGCAAUCAGUUUUGUCAUUCAAUAUGCAAGAUCUGCUGCAAGAAAGAAAAUGGGUCAUCGUUGGGAGUGGAAAUCUAAUACGACAACAUUUCCAAAAAACCACAGGGCUUCACAGUGGAAUGUGUUUCGUGAGUCAUUACUGAUUCGAUUUUCCAUUAUUAGUUUUCAAUCUGAGCCCGAGUUUACUAGUUUUCUCUCGAUUGUGAAAAGCCAAAUAUAACCAUUUCACCGCUGAUCUGAGGCCAUAAAGAAACCCGAAUAGGCCGCCGCACUCUUAAAAUACAUUUAUGUGAUUUUUUAACGACAAAUCAUGAUCUCAAACACUGUUUUAUAUCUCUGUUUUACUCUGUAGAUCGAAAAGCAUUCAUUCACUCAGAGGUCCUGUUUCACUGGGUUGCAGUAAAAUUGUCAUGAAUCAGAGUUGAACAGAAGGGAAAGGACCCAAAUGCAGAUGAAAAACAGGAUUUAUUUAGAAGCAAAUAAAAGAAAGGCAACAAAAACUUAAAAUAAAAACACAAGAGGCAAAAUCCAAGGAACCAAAUAUCACUGAGGACUCACUGGCACACACCGACAUACAGACACGCAGACACUGAACCAACAAAGAAACAGGGAGGACAGGGACUAUAUAUAAACGAGCAACGAGAGGCAGGUGAGACACUCAGUACGUUUACAUAACACUUGAGAAAACCGAAUUAUUGCCUUAUUGCGAUUCAGACCAGACAAUUGAAGUGCAAGUAAACACAUUAGUCUGACUAUAAUCUGAGUUUCAGAACUCCAAUUAGAGUCGGAGAACUCUGAUUAAGACACCAAGAUAAUGCGAUUGGAAUUAGAUUUUCUCGACCAUGCAACCAGCAUAGUCGGAGCAUGCGCCACGCCCCCAUAACUCCAGAACAAAAACACCAGAAAAGAGGAGUAGCGUGCAGCGACCCAUAUCGCCCCCUAGUUUUGGGGAGGAGGACACAUUCACGUCAAUAAUUCAAUUAUCUCAGCUGCAUGUAUACGCGGACAUGGAAAUAAGUCCGAUUCAGCGAAAAAAAACAAAUUAUGAGCUUAGUCCGAUUAAGAUGUGCAUGUAAACGACUGACUUAGACUCGGGUACAGACAAUUACAGAGGAAAGAAAACUGAGGAAGUUAAACAAGACUAGAAACACAGAGAAUAAACUACUGCAAAAUAAAACAGGAAAGACUGAAAACUGAUCUAAAGAAUAAAACACUGAGAACAGGAGAGAAACGGGGUCAGAUACAAACUGAAAACUCACCAGACUGGACUUCAGGAGAACAGGAACAAUAAAGAAAAUACACAAAAUGCACUCAAAUAAAACAAGGAGAAAACUAAAUGCCAGAACUUAUCAUGACAAAACUGUUCUGAAGUCCUCUGAGAAGAGUCGGAGAGUGUGGCAGAUGGAAAGAAAAAUGACUUUGAGGUCAUUCGAUAAAGCCUUUAAGCACGAGGCUUUUGAUUCCUGACACGGUGGAAGUGUUUGAAAAGAUGUCAUUAGGGGUAAUGAGGAAUACCAGCCAGCCUUCAUAUUUCCAAAUCUGCUAAAGCAAAGCCUCGUACUCUUGGCUGGCUCUUGGAAAGAUUUGCCAUCAAUUCUCCUAUGUGUUAUUUCGCUUAUGAAAUAAUGAAAGGUUCCCGUUUGUUAUGUCAGAAUCUCACAUUGGGGAAUAAUUUACACCUCGUAGUGUUGUGGUUUUUGGUUGGCUUGGAGUGAAUUGGCCCUCUGUCUGUUUUGGGGGGUCGUUCUGGCUCCAGUCGAAAGGCGAGAGGGGGUCUCAAGGCAGCUGAGGAGGAAAUGAGCCCUGACAAGUGCUGGCAUGAGUGGCGGAGGUGACACGAGCAGGGGGGCUUCCUCGUCUGUCCGUUGGUCUGUCCCUCUCCAAAUUCUUAUCUGAUUUCACAUCAUUUCUCAUUAGCCGGGUGUGAGGAUAGGCCAGACUUCGUUUUUUUGAACCCGUCUCCCCUGUGGUCAUGACAGAGUGGACCACUUGUCAUUGCUGGAGCCUUGUAAGCAACAUGAGACCGACACUGAUUACUGUGAUUAAAGAAGCGAAUAUUUCAAUAUUUUGAAAGCGUCUGCUCUGCCACCCAAAUUGUUUCCUUUCGCAGCGAAGUCUGGGCAGCUUUUCCACCGGCCAACAUGUCGCUGUCUAGAGCUGGGCGAUAUGGCCUCAAAUCAAUAUCAUGAUAUAUUGAGCAGUUCACCUCGAUAACGAUAAAUGGACGAUAACUUCUCCACAAGCUACUCACCCACUCCCACAUUAAAGGGAUAUUCCGGCGUAAAAUUAAUUUGGGGUCAAACACACCGUAACAUUGGGUUUAACACCCUGAUUCCAUUACUUCAUGGAAAUGCAAUCAGACCGAGACGCUAAGGCAGAAGAACUACCGCGUCUACAGUGCAAAAUGAUCAAUAUGGUGAUUAUUAUGUCAAGAUAAUGAUGAAGAAAUGAUCAUAAAUGUUCUUCCUUGAGCUGUGUCACCCCGCUGCAGUCCGUAAUGGACUGGCCCGAGGUCUCACUCCCAACAAACGGCUGCUGGAAGAGAGUAGGUAAGUUGUGUUUAGUCUCUUUGCUAAAGAAAUUAGGCAAAGUUAAAAAGUUGUUUGGUGGGUAGUACUAUGGCUGGGACCCUAUAUGUCCUGUUGAUGAAGUUAGGUGCUGUUCUGAGCAUUAUUUGUGGCUAUAAAGUGGCGUUUUGGUUGAGGUUUGUUUAUGGCUCCUCAGACCGCUGUGUAUUGCUAUCGUGCAGUCGUUACUAAAGUUGGUAUAACUAGAGAAGCAAGUGGUCGGCAACAUUCAUCUCUCGAAGAAGUGUCUUACUUGUUUGAACCGUCCUCCAUCUCCUUCUCCUGUCUUUUCCUCUUUGUUACGGACAGGAUGGGGUGAAGUCACGUCUCUGAUGUAGGACAGCGUCUUAAGGGGACAUGAGACCAUAGCCUACCUACACACAUCCAAAACCAACUUUUACUUAUUUACUAAUUUGACACUGAAUAUACUGAUAUUCUGGCAAAAUGACAUUGGUUAUUGUCGUAAAUUUCUAUAUCGGUAAAUUUUCAGUUUAUCGCCCAGUCCUAUCACUGUCUCGGGAAAAACAUCUGCAAGAUUGCGUUACAUUGGUGCCCCUUUUUGGGUCGGGGUUUGUUCUGAGCAAUUCUAAGAGCCCCGUUUUUUUUCGUAGAUAAUCAGCGUAACGUAAAGUGCCACUCAGACACAUUCAUUACAUUCACUGAACGCUUGAAAAGCAGGCUUGAUGGGAGAGGUGCCUCAGUGGAGUGGCGCUCUUCAUCAUUUCUUCAUCCCCGCUGACAUAAAAGCAACUCGUCUGUCAGAGAAAAAGACUUCUGGAGAGAAAGUAUGAAUGAUUGAAAGAAUGUGAUCCUUUCAUAGUCGCCCCUCGCAGUUUCCUCGGUCUUUGUGUACUUUAAUGACCACCUACCGCUGACCACCAGGCAGGCUCUCAGAACACUGGUACCAAUACUUGGUGCUAUUGUGUCCCUGAGCUUUAUUACCUGAUUUAAAAAAUGCUGGUAAGGCAGAGCUGUGAGGUAAUAUCUAAUCCAGAAAUGUUCAAAUUGCGCUCUGCAGUGCAGGAUAAUGAUCCGUUUUUCACAGAAUAAUUACAGGAGUUUCUUUUAUUGUAGUUUUGUGAAAGGACUUUGUAAAGCCUGUCAUGUGGUGGUCUUUGUCUGAGCACAAAUACCUAAAAUCACCCAGAAAGCAGAAACAAAAAUGAAAAACCCCGAAAAAAGUUGAUGAUCGAUGAAAAAGUGUGAAGAAAUCACUCUAUUGUUGGACUUUCAGCUCUUUCACUGAAAAAGUUUCCUCUACAGGGUUUUAAAUACCAGCUCAGUUUGUCCGUCACCUAAACUGAAGUUAAGAAAACCAACAACAAUCAUGUAAAACGCAGCGAUUUGGUGACUCAGAUGGAUUCCUAACUGGUCAACUUUGUUAACUUCUCAAAUAAAGCUUUUCUUUGGGGACCCGAACUGUGGAGACGAGCGAAAUUGCCAGUUUCAGAAAGUAUUUUGGUACACAAAGCGUGGAAUCAGUUCUCACCAGACAUUUUUCAGUGGACGGUUUGUGUCACACAAAAUGUUCUCUUGUCUGUCUUAAUACCAGACUGGCGCGUCUCCUGUGAGAUCGGUUUAGUUUGAGGCCAGCUGACUCUGCUUUUGGUCUCCUCUGUUUCUUUUUCCUCCUGCUGUAACUACCCAGCUUCACUGUGGCUCUGUGGUAGAACAGUAUUUCAGGGAAUGGUGAAAUUGCAGGAAACUGGAUGUGCGACUUAAUGUGUUCACAAAUGUAAUACUUCCUCGAACACUUACUCCUGGGCCUAGCAGGGGCACUGAAGCGAGCAUAAACACUGAUGUACAUCUGGAUGGAGUGGGGGUGUUCAGGUCAAGGUUGCCGCGCUCGAGACGGCUUAGCUUGUUUUAUUGUGCUCAGACGUCCAUCAGCAAAUCCAGCCGCUCUCUUUCUCCAGUGGAACAGGAGGCGGAGAACGCAGUGGUAAAACUUUGAAUGUUUUAGGGUUGAAUACAGAAGCACAGAGCACAUUUACUUUUUCAUUCAAGUCCCACUCUGAUAGUUUUUUAUGACUUAAAGUGUUAGGGUUAGGGUUAAGUUGUGAUCAUGACGUUUUUAGCCAAAAUCACGUUACCUUUGUCAUUUUCAAGGGCUUUUCUUCUGCAGAGCUCCAGUUACUUAUUAGUAAUUCACCUCUGAGUUGUGGGCGGAGACAGCGCUGCCCUGCACCCUCGUCUUCAUGCUAGCUUGCAGCCUAACAUUGCCAAUGGAGUAGUUAAUUUUGAGAGUUUUCCGGGUCGGAUCGGGUGAUUUUUACGUGCUUCUAACUCAGUAAGUCCAUGCGAUGCAAACUCAAAACUUCCAUACAAAACCCCGGACAUUUGAAGGAUUUUAUAAACCCCCUCGGACAAGACCGGACAGGCCGGACAGCCGCCAAAAAAGAGGACAUAUGGUCAUCCUACACUAUUGUCUUUAGGGACAUGAUGAAAGUUAAUAUCAUAAUUAGCUUUCUUACGAGCAUCUGCUAAUCCACACGCUUGUUUCGCGAUCAUCUCUCUACUUUUACAAGCCUGCAUAACAGGGCUCGGGGGGCGGAGCUUGGAUUUGUGACAUAUGAAAUCUCACUGUACCUAAGCCUGCCGUUUGGGUCUGCCAGAGAUUCACAGUAAUUUGAAUGCAGAAAUACUCAGAAAUGCAAUUUCGCACUCAGUUUUCUCGUGAUAUGUCCUGUAGCAUCAGAAAAAUUCUAUUUUCAUCAGAGUGGGUCUUAAAUGAAUCUAAAAACUCACUUUCAAAAAAAGAGAUGAUUUCUAUAGGGUGCGGUGAUAUGGCUAAAAUGUUAUCACAAACUAUUCAUGUCAGUCAGAAGGAUGAUUAUCAUGUUUAGGGUUGCCAUGCUUGCUGAGGGUCCACACUAUCACUCAUUUAGGAGUGUAAUUUCUUGCUUUUUGUGCGUUUUUGCACAUCAGAAGCAUGAUGGAAAAGGUUUGAGGUGUUUCCCAUGUCGGCUGGCACAUCUUUGGAAGUUUUUAUUACAUUCAUUCGCUGCUCUUUUGGUUUGUAAAUAUGUCUCUCGACUGCUGAAUCUGAAUAGCCUUGAAAAAACAUGUUUUGACCCUGCUUUUAGCUGGUAGGUGGAUGUUUUUUUUACCACAGUGUUACUGUUGCACUUUUCAGCCGUCUCAUUUUCGUUUCAAUUGCCUGUAAACAUGCCAUCUUUUUCUUCUCCUCCUUAAUACUGUGUGGUUACUCGCAUUUUUCCUGGCAUUUUUUUCACUCCCUUUCCCCAGUUUCUGAGUGCGAAUACUGCCAAACUUUUAUCAAACAUUUGUCGUGUUUCAACAGAGAGAACUUCUAUCAAAACAAUUACCAUUUCAUCACCCAGCCCUAGAUUUCUAUCGGACUUUCUCAGAGUUCACGGUGAUGUCCUCAGAGUGCGUUAAUUCUCAAACUCAGUGUCCAAAGCCCAAAUAUAUUGGCUCUGAACUCUACAAACACAGAAAAGAAAGGUCUCCUCAUGUUUCAGGAGUUCAAGCCAGACAGCGUUUGUCUUUAUACUUGAUAAAUGACUCCAAUGGUGCAUCAUUCAUCAAAAUUACUGUCUUUAACAGGAGGCAUUUGUUUGAGCAGGUGUUUGUUUGAGUCAGAUAACCAAUCCUUCAGAAUAUAAGUCGUUUUGUUUUCUUUUAGAUCAAAUAUCUUAUGUUUUCGACAGUCCUCAUUUUUCAACCCACUCAGGCUCUUUAAAUGCAAGGCUCUUGUUGUUGUUGUCUUGUAAAUGUGCAGCCAAAAGCAAGUGAUAUUUUUAAAAACAUGAAAUCAAUGCUGUCGAUAGCUAUAAUGUGGGCAGAGCAAACAUCAUUUCCAAACCCUCAGGGAGGCUCUGAAGGGUCAGCGCGGACUGUGAUGCGGCCUUGUAACAUCGACCGCGACUGUGAAGAAAAGUUGCGAGAUAAAAGUCCGCCGGAGGGGUUUCCUGCCUACAUCUGGCGAGGAAGGAAGAUGGGCUUAUAUGGCUCUCUCGCGGGACUAGAAAUUUCAUUAGUACGGUCUGUCUGCUGCAGGUGAGGCAGACGUUUCAGCGCCGCGUCCAAGUUUCUAUGAAAGGGUGUGAGUGUUGCGAAAGGGAGACGGAGAAAAGAAAACAGUCGGUCGUCUCCGGGGGGACAGUCAGACUCUGGCAGCUGUGACAAAGCCCCGACUCAGCAGCUGGAUCCAGCUGUUAAUCCCUCCUCUAACAUGUCUCCUCUGGCUCAGAGGGGUGGGAUCUCCUGAACUCUUCCUGUCUCUUUGUCUCCUCUUUACUCUUUCUCCUUGUGCGUUCAGACUUCUUAUCUCCCCUCACUUCCUUUUCCCACACUGCUGCGUCUCCUCUCUGAUCCAGUUACACCUCCUCACUUCCCCUGGUCUCCCUCCGGAGUGGUGACAUGUAGAUCCAAGCAGGUGAGAGCAGCACAUCUGCCUGCCUGGGGACCCUCAAGGAUUGCUGGAUGACCUGAACACACCGCUCUGUGGGUCCCAGUCGGACGAGGCCCAGGCUUAUCCAAUUUGAUGAUGCAAGGAAGAAACGGGUGUAAAUUACCAGCAGAGUGAAGUCAGACUGCAGGUGUUUGUUCCUCCACAGUCACAUUGUCACAGUUUUGCAUCCAGAGCACUCCAGCUUGACCUUUCCUAAUAGACACAAUUAUUCACUUUGCCGUCCCCUCCUUUGGGACGGCUGAAUACGAUGGAUGGAACGGACCGCGGCUUGCUGCGAGGAGGGCUGCCAGGCCUUCUGUUGUCACAGCUCGCGCUCCCCUUGCACAUGUGCAAGACAGUUGGCCCCGCAAAACAAGCUGGGCAUCAGGAAGCAUCAUCUGCUCAUAAUAUUCAUCCUGUUCCAAAGCAAAUCUGAGCUAAAUCAUCCAUCCAGUCCCCUGCUGUCCGCAAGACACCACCAGACUGGAAAGCAGACGCUAACUGACAGCCUGCCAGGUAACUAAUAUCAGUAACCGGAGAAUACGAGGUCUCAAACAAACAGAUUUCUUCAACCCUGGGGGUGGCGACGAAGUGAAGGUAUUGCAUUGGUGGAUUCAGAGUCGUCAACAUGUUGUAUCUUACAUUCACAUAACUGCCUCUUUCCAGAAAAGCAAGAACUAUAUUUACACACAGCACCAAAAUAUCUUGACCACUGAGCAAAUUGUCUCCAUAUCCAGAACGCAACUGUUACAAAGAAUGCAUCGCUUUUGUCUGCCAGCAACCUCAGCCCCCCUUUUUGCCUCAGCUUGACUGCCAGCCGAAGUAAUGCUUGAGAAGAAAGUUACUGAGCCCAGCAAGCUCGUGAAAAAAAGAGAAAAGCAUUCAGUUACAGGGCCCCGUGGUCAGAAUCAGAUCAUCCUAUUUCUGCUCUCGGUUGGAUCAAACUGUAUUUACAGGUCUGGUUCCGAGCUGUGAAGGUGGCUGAGCCUAGAGGUUAGUUAGUUUGGGGCACUGUUUCAGGAAAAAAGCUGUAAAACGGAGGGAAAUGUGCAAAAUACAAACAAAGCCAGAGGUUAGGAUUGCAAAACCGAGGCUAUACCUCUCUGUGUGGUCAGGAAGAUGUGGGAGCUGGGCUGACACAGAGAGAGAGAGAGAGAGAGAGAGAGAGAGAGAGAGCAGGAUGUUUUGCAGAUGCUUGUUAGCGGUAAUGAUGGUGUGAAUGCUCGCAGCUUCUGUGUGGACCAAAUUAGUGCUCAGGGCUGGUUAUCGAACCUCCAUUCUUCCUCACUGCUCACUGAUCGGUGAUCAUGAGUCAAGCAUGCUCUCUCAGAUGUAAGUAAGUAAGUAAGUAAACUUUAUUUAUAGAGCGCCUUUCACAGACCAGGGUCACAAAGCGCUUUACAGUAAAAACAAAAACAAUACACAGUUAAUAAGUACAUGCAAAACCAUAGCAGCCCCAAGACAGUUAGGCAAAAGCCUGAACAAAUAGAAAAGUCUGAAGUUCCCUUUUGAAGGAGUCAACAGACUCCAUCGAACGCAGAGCAGGCGAAAGAUCGUUCCAGAGCUCAGGAGCAACAGCCUGGAAGGAUCGGUCUCCUCUGGUCCGGAAAUGAGUGUGAGGCACCAUCAGAAGAUUCUGACCCACAGACCUCAGAACCCGGGCCUGGGUGUAAGGCUGGAUCAGAUCAUUGAUGUAAGCUGGAGCCUGACCAUGCAAGGCUCUGAGAGUUAAAACCAGAAUUUUACACCGUGUAAAAUGUGUACAACACUUAGAUUUUUACAGUUUAUAAAUGAAAUACACAGCUGGAUUAAAGUCCUCUAACUGCGUGAGUAAAAUCAAAACAGUGAAUGAAUUUCAUGUUAAGUCCAUGCAAAGACGCGAUUAGACACUUCUACUACUCUGGUGGCGCAAAUGAUGCGAAAUAGGCAGGGGCUGAAAAUGUCUCAACUUGAACAGAUAUUCACGUCAUGAUAACUAAUCAGCACGAAGGUUGCCAGGUGUUAUAUGAAAACAGACGGUUGUUCACUGGUAUCCAAAAUGGAUAGGCUACCUUUUCUUUCAAUUACUGAAACCGGAAUAUAAAGGAGCUCGCCUAGAGGCAAGUGAGUGAGGAGGUCGAAUUACCUGGUAAAUUGUAAAAAACCUUUGUCUAUCACUUGAUCCCUUUGGUUGAAUUGACAGGGAUUACUGUUGAAAUUACCGUUGACGCACGAAUGAAGCGAGUGAGCGCUCCAUAACAGCUGCUUAUGUCCAGAAGUUUUGCACGCAAGAAGUUAUUGUCUUGCAUGAAAAAAUGAAUCCUGCAAAAUAUUUAAACCUUGCAAAACUGGUAAUUACUGAUCCAGUUUAGGAUAUGAAAGUGCAGGAUAAAAAUGAUAUUCAUGAGUGUGUCAUACUUGCAGCUUCUUGUCCUUGAAUCAUCUUGUCUUGGGAACCAGUUGGAGCGGUUAAAUAAGAUCCCUAAUCACAAGUUUGGGUGGUAGGUUCUGGAGAAAACUAAUGAGAUCAAACAAGUCUCAAAUGUGAAAACUCUUAUUGCACAGAGUGAACAGCAGCAGAUCUACUGUCCGAUGUCAGGCGGACCUGAUUGUAUUCAUCUCAGCCCCAAUCUUGAAGGAAGUCCCUCAUGUGGAGCCUCGUUCAGUCAUGAGCUGGUCAGAAACGUCUUCUUCAUUACCGUCGGCCAUGUUUGUUUGUUAUGUUUUGUUGCAUUUAUCGUAUAUAUCAUGAGAUGGCAAAUAUUUAUCAUGGAGGAUUUUUCUGACGAUAUAUUGUGAACUGUAAUUAAUCGCCCAUCCCUACUUGAGUGAUGGCCACCGUUGCUUAACCAGUAGGAGGGGUGAACAAGGGAGGGUUCUAACCGCUACAUCAGCGUCUCUCCCUCUCAGCUGUCCUAUCAAAUAAAGGCAAAAUAUCCCAAAAGUACCUUAAACAAGAAAAAAAAAAGAUUCAUACUGAUGUAGUCAUCACAGAUCUGAGUCAGCCGUUUUCUCCGCUUUGUAAUGCAGGGAAAACGAUAGCAAAGACGGCGAAGGACAAACCGCACCAAGAGGGAGGUUUGUUGGGUGAGACGCUCCACUUUUACAUUGCGGUUCCCCCACUUUGUCUGUCUUGGCUUCAGACAGUGAGGCACCCAGGCCUGCUCCCACCAGACUCCCAGUCUGUGUGUACUGAUGCUCCAUGGUGGUCCACCCUCACACUGUUGGUUUCAUAUCUUGAAACCUUCACCACACAGACCAGAAACGCCCCUGGGGUUAUAAGGGAGGACAUCUGUUCUGCCUUAUCUAUUCUAAGGUUCUGCUUUCACCCGGCAGAGAUUAAGUGUAAUAAGGACACGACUGCUCAGCUUAGCGCUAACUUCCUCUGAAUGUGAGGAGAUGAUUUGAAGAUUUAGUGAAGGGACUAAUUACUACAGGGCCGUGUUGCUCAUCAAUAAGGCUAAUUUGGCUCUGGUGCUGCAGAGUUUAUGUUGAAAGUGGUGUGCUGCUUCUUUUAACCGUCGUGUUGAAAGGCUAAGUCUUUGUUUGGACUGUUGUGUAUAGCCUGGUGCUGUGAGGAGCCCGCAGGCAGUGUGGGGAGCAGUGGGACUCUCUGCUGUAAUUAGGCCGAGCUGGUAUGCAGGAGAGCAAGACCCAAGACGUGUGAUGUGGUAUCAGAAAAAGUGAACAAAUAGCCGGGGACUGGGCUGUGUGUAUUUGUGUGUCUUGGUGCAGACUUGAGUUUUAGGGUGGAAAAAUUCUCUAAUCAGCGCUCCGGGAUCCUCCCAGAUUGCGUCACGAAUGCGCCUUGUGAGAUCCAGAUCAUCAGCGCAAGAGACUUAGGAGCAGGGAAAUGAAUGAAGCAGACAGGAUUCGAUCUACACUUGGCCAAAAUCAAAUUAUUCAUAUCAGUACUCUGCACCAACUUUCCACUCCAGCGUAGGUUGAAGGCUAAACCACGAGCCAAUCUGAUCCAAUCGGGACAGAGCUGUAUUAAGUUGCAGCACCUUGGACGGGGACGUUAAAAUGUGAGAAGUACAGACUUUACUUUUUGGUUUUUCUACACUAGUGGCUCUCUGUCAGACUUUGACUGGAGGUGGAUUACCGUAGGACGGCAAAAAACACCACGGAUAAGCGCCCAGAAUAAUUUGUAUUGUCUGUAGCAGCCUUUGUGAAGUCAGCUCACAUUCAAACCAAUGCACACAAGGAGCCGGUCAGUGCAGUAGCUGGAACAAGUUGUUGUUGCUUUCAACAGGCUAAUUUAUCUUCACCAGGCCUUACGGUAUCCAGACAUCUGGUUUAGAAACUGACUCUAGUCGAACCUGGCUGUGUCUUUAUAGAGGAUCCCUGAAAAAGAUGUGCGGAUAGUUCUUCCAAUCCUUGAUGCACCUACAGGGACACCGAGUCACAGCUGCGUUUCUUGCACUUCGGAGUUUUAUCUCUUCAGGGUCGAUCUGCUCUUCUUCACAACCAUGACACCUCUGUAAUAACCUGUUCUCAGUGCAGUUCAGAUUACCCAGAACCCUAAGAGGUCGUUUUUUCUGUCGGCUGUGACACUGACAUGUCAUCCCACUGAGCAGGGCUGCUUGGGUGGGCAGAUCUCAAUGAUCUUGGUUUGUAGAGGGGCUGGGCGAUAUGGCCUCAAAUCAACAUCACGAUAGAUUGAGUAGGGUGACCAUACGUUCUCUUCUACCCGGACAUGUCCUCUUUUUGGGGGGAUGUCCGGGGAUUGUCCGGUUUUGUCUGGGGAAGCUUAGAAAAUCCCUCAAAUCUCCGUGUUUUUUUACGUAAGUUUCGAUUUUGUGUCACAUGGACUUACUGAGUUAGAAGCACGUAAGACACUCGACCUGACCCGAAAAACUCUCGAAAUUAACUUCAUGCGACUCUGGGACUCCGCCCCCGCGUAGUUGUGUCCUCUUUUUGGGAAGUCACAAUGUGGUCACCCUAAUAUUGAGCAGUUCACCUCGAUAACGAUAAAUGGACGAUGCUCACCCCCUCCUACAUUAACGUAGUCUACUUCAGCCGCCGCUCCAGCAGCUACAACUUUUGAACCGUCCUCCAUCUCCUCACCUGUCUUCCCCUCUUUGUUACGGACUGGAUGGGGCGGAGUCACAUAAGACAACAGCCUACCUACAUACAUCCAAAACCAACUUUUAUUUAUUUAUUUGACACCAAAUAUACCAAUAUGGGCAAAAUUACAUCGGUUAUUGUUGUGAAUUUCUGUAUCUGUAAGUUUUCAGUUUAUCGCCCAGCCAUAUUUGAAGGUUUAUUCAGAUUUAGUUAACGCUCACAUGACCUGAAAAUGAAAAAUAGUGGAUUUGUUUCAAUUUUCCUUUUGCAUGUGAAGUUUGGACUCUUAAAUUUGUCUUUCUAACUCUGCUUAUCCAGAAAAAUGGCUCAAUUGUUUCUUUUCUGAUUACUCUGAAGUUUUGUUGGAGGGAUUUUCCCAGUUUUUAGCGGCAGAUUUCACUUUUUCAGAGCCGAGCUGUCACCACUUCAAUCAGAAACCUGCUGGCUCUGAGUCUUUAACAAUCUCUGGAUCAGCCAACGCUGAAUACAGGACACUGGCAGUUUCAUCAUCAUGACUAUAACAAAAGCUUUGAUUAAAAAUAAAUAGUGUUUUCAGCCUAAGGGUGAAUCACUGUAUGAUGUGAAAGUAGAUUUUUACAACAUAAGAAAAGUCUCCUGAGCUCCGAUCAAUCACUGUUUGGUCUCCAAAGCAAACUAAAUAUUUGAUCGGACUACUGAGACGCAGAUUGUCUUAUUCAUAUUGUCUUAUAAAUCUAUAAUACUCGCAUGCAAAAAGGGCUUAUUUCACGGUCAUAGUUUGAUUAUUACAGUCCAGCUCUCAAUACGUGAUUCUCGGCUCUGUGCACAUCCUGUUUUCUGAGAUUGGAAAUAUUAUUCAUCAAUUUGAUGGAAAUUGUCUGAGAGGAAAUCUGCUUCCCUUUACUCUUAGGAAAGCACAAUGCAUUUUCUGAGUAUUUUAGCUGCAGUUCAAGAAGUUAAAUAUGCUGCCACGCUCCUUUGACAGUCACUUUUGAGCGACUAAUGAUAUAUGGAGUACAUCGUAACUGUGAGGGGGGAAAGAUGAGAGGAUAAUAAGGCUCCCUCUUUUUCCUGGCUUUAAAUCUCAGAUAGUUUCAGUCAAAGCUCUUCCCCUGUCACAGUUCCUGUUAUCCCUGCUACUGCACCAUUUUUUAUUUAUGGCCUCUCCCCCUUCCAAGUCUUUUUUUCUACCUCAAGCAUACUAAUUUUACAGUCUAAUAGGCCUGGUGGUUGCUGAAGUUUUCUCUUAUUACCAUAGAGUCAUCUUUAAAAGAUCAAAAUGAGCGUCUUCUGCUCGUAUAACCUUUCCAGUUUGAAGAGUUAAUGUUUUGUCCUUUAACAAACCACAUUUCAAACCCGGGAGAAGUUUUCUGCAGCCUCUUUCUGCUUCUGCUUGUGAAUUUCUGAAUAGGAGGCUUUCUAUGGGAGACUCCUCCGAGCCCCUCUCCCUCCUGCAGCUCUGUAAAUGACUUGUAAACAGGCUGUUUAAGUGUGAAGUCACCCUGUGCCCUGUUGCUUCCGCUCUUUAUUCAUCACUCUGACACACACAUACACAUUGAAGUAUGCUGGAUGUUUUUGGCCAAAAAAGAUCGGGGGGAGCAUAUCACUGCUGCAGCAGGGCUGGGCCGGGCUUUGACACGCUCUGCGGAAAGUUAAAUCUGCAAGGACGGAUACAAGAAAUGUGGAAGUUAUGAGAAAAAAAGUGUUCAAAAUGUAAUCAGCUGUGCGAAGUUUGCUGCUCUUGAAUUACAAAAACAUUUUAUUCAUGAAAACCUCUCAAAACUUUUCAAGUACGAGUCUUAAAAUUUUGAGAAAUCGAGCAGAGAAACUCUGACCUGCCGUGACUUCUUUGAAGUGACUGAAAAAGAAAGAGGAGAGUGAUUGAAACAAACAGGAGUGCGAACGGGGGAAGAAAACAGAUGCUGAGUGGAGAAGAGGUGAUUUACCUCAUGCAGAGUGCGUGCAAAAGUGGCGUGUAGAUGGAGCUGAAAUGGUCCUUUGUUACCAUGGAGAUAUUGGGAAACGAGGGAGGCGUAAACAAGGAACCCCAUCGAUUUCACGGGCGAAUCAUCAUCCCCAAAAUACAUGUUUUCCAUUGCAGUUGUGGUGGAGUAUUUACACAGAACAGCUGGUAAAUGAAUCACGCAGAGUCGAACAAAUGGCACUGUGAAAGCUUAGCCGCUCCGUCUCCACAGACACAAAUCUCUCACUCUUUGUUUUGUCAAGAUACCAGACUACAAAGAGUUAAGAUGUCCUUUCCCCAGAGUUCAUCGCUGUUUCUUUUUGGACCGUCUCAGCUAUCGCACGGCAUUAUCAACACAUCCUAAGGGUCCGGGGAACAUGUAGCGGGGUCUGAGGAUGUUUGUUUAGAGAUAGAAACAUCAUGAUCUCUUGGCCAGAGGAGGUACAUUUAUCCUGGCGUAUAAACACAGAGUAUAAACUCGGCUAUCCGAUGAAUCUAUAUUGUAUAUCAGCUGAGGUUUUCAUUUGGAGGGGGAUUGAGAGGGGGCUGGGUGUGUUUAUUCAACAUGGACACUCUCCUCAGGCCCCCCUCCCUCACAUGUUGUCAGUGGCUGGGCCUCUGCAUCCGUCAUGAAGGACAGACAUGGGGGGAAAGUUCACAAGGCUGUCUCGCUCUGAAACUCAAGCUCUGUUCAGACAUCUUUGUCCAUGCUUUUUGUCUCGCUGCAGAGACUUCCUUCACCCCCGUCCCCUCGGGCUCUGAUAUCACAUCAGGGGCAUCCUAAUGAAGUGCCAGCCUGAUUACGUUCAAAUUGUCCCUCUUUUCCACAAGGGAUUCAAGAGCUAUCAGUCUAAAAAACACUUCCCUUCAGAAACAGACUUAUCCCACACCUACAUCCCUCUGCUGCUGCUCGGGGCUGCCGCGCUGAUGCUAGCAUCCAGACGUUAUCUCAGUUCAGCCAUGAGAGAAAACAAACACAAAUGUAUUAUCUCAGACCAGACGAAGUCCGUGUGGACACUGCGGACAACAAUGUGAACAAGCUCGCUUCACUUGCUGACGACGAGUUUGCUUGAAAUCCACAUUUAGGGGAAAAAGUCAAAUAGAUUCUCGUCAGUCUAAGUUUUUAAACCGGAGAAGACUCGAGGUUACAGCAAAUCUGCCAAAACGUAAAUCGGAUGUUCAGUCUGGUCACUGAAAGUUCACCUUUCCAUCAUCACUCAGACUAAUUAUUAGAUAAUCUGAGAAAAAGAGAGAUUAUCCAAAGUUGCUGAAUUCUUGGGCUCAUGUUAGGUGUUUCUAUAAGCCGUCUCCAGAGUGAAUUAUUUCCUGAGCUCAAUUUGUAUUACGGCUAAAAAGUCACGUUUUUCCCGGUAAGUUCAGCUCAUCCUGUGGGAUAUUACCCCUCUUAAAACAAGCAACAAAAUAACAUCCAUAAAAUGUGCCUAAAAACUUGAACUUUUGAAAAACUUGAGUUUUUCCGACCAUCUUUAGUCAUCGAGUUGGACCAUUUAAAAAAAAAAAAUAUCCUGUUAUGUAAGGGUAUGAGAGGGAUAAAUUGUGCAGUAGUUUGCGUGCCAGUGUGUUCUUUUCCCAGUCUGGGAAGGUAGGACAAAGCUGCAGGAUUUGGCCGGUGUUUGUGCAGGAGGAGAAGGGUGCAUCAAGACGAGGGCCAAAGCACACAAGCCGAGGAGAGUUUUGGCCUCGGCGUUCAGGAGACAAUGCUUCAAUCAGAGUAGACCUGAACUCAGAGAACAGAGAGGCCUGAAAAUGAUCCACGACAUAAUUGACCCAUUUUUGUGUGUGUGUGUGAAUCAUUGAGUUGAGGUAAUAAAUUGGCCGGCUAAUUAUGUUAGAUGACCAGAUGAGUGUUUAAAUAUGGGUGUUUACUAAAGGAGGUUAAGUAGUGUUGAUGCAGGAUAACCCAGUGCUGCAUAAAGACGUAAUCUGACCCCGUUUUUCCUCUUCUAUAGCAUGUUCAAAACCAUGAUCUGGUUGUUACAGAUGGCCCUGUCCACUCUCAACUCAGGACAGUACUGUUGAUACUCUUUUUUUGUACUUUUUCGACUUCUUUGAUGGACUUGAAAUACCUAUCACCACAUUAUCUAGCAGUUAAACUCUGGACUUUCAGACCCACUCUGAUGAAAUCACGUUUUUCUUGUUGUCUACAUGUUCAUAUGGUAUUUUCUGAUGUUACAGGACAUAUCAUGAGAAAAGUAACUGCGAAAUUGCAUUUCUAAGUAUUUCUGCAUUCAAAUCGCUGUGAAUCUCUGGCAGACUCAAACGGCAGGUUCAGAUUCAGUGAGAUUUCCUAUGUCACAAAUCCAAACUCCGCCCCCGAAGCCCCGCUAUGCAGGCCAGACUCUGAGAAGUAGAGAGGACGAUUGCAGAACAAACGUGUGCGUUAGUGGAUUGAAAGCUAAUUAUGAUAUUAACUUUCAUUAUGUCCUUAAAGAUAUAAGUGUCUGAGAACUUCUACCACACCAGCAAUGUUAGGCUGCAAGCUAAUGUGAAGAAGAGUGUGUAGAGCAGCGCUGACUCCGCCCACGACUCAGAGCUGAAUUGCUAAUAAGCGACUGGAGCUCUGCAGACCAAAAUUCCUUAAAAAUGACAGGUAACUUGAUUUGGGAUAAAAACUUCAUAAUCACAAUUUAAAGACCAGUGACAACAGUAGUUAACAAAAACGAUCAGAGUGGGACUUUAAGUGCUCCUCCACUGGUCAAGUUUACACCAUUAAAAAGUCUUUUGACCACUGACUACUUCUUCAUCUUCCAGCCGGUGCAUCUCACUUGGUCACUUGCUAAAUACGUGUCACUAGUUUGUCCAUUCUGCUCCACGGUAGAAAUAUGGCGUGGAAGAGGACCUGAGUACACUCAUUCAAACAUACUUAUAUUCCCAUUUCUGGUCUUCCACCUGAAAGCUUCAGUGGCUGUUUUGAUGUUUGGGCUUUUCGAUGGACUGGUGCAGAAUUCUUCUCCGUCCACAUCCUCCGUUUGGACUCUCUGAGGGCAGAGCAGGAAUGAUCGUCUUUAGGUCACAGGCCAUGAUUAUACGGGCUUAAGUAUGUGAGGAAAGAAUUACUUACAGAAGCUCUCCCCGCUGGAUAUUUAGUGUAGCUGCGGAGUUGGCGCUACAAUUUUCAGGCCUUUCUCGGACCGUUUUAACCUCUCAGGUCGGAUGUAAUUUUCUAAAGAGCUAUUUUUGCAGGACAUUGUUGGAAUCAUCACUUUUCAGAGCCGUGUGAUAUUUUGAGAACCAUAUUGGAGUGGAUCCUCUCUCAGUAUCUCAUUAGCUAAAGAUGCUGUUAUAUAUCCACAUAUUUUCAAGUUUUGAACAUCACAAACUCUUAGAGACAGUUUACUUCUGCAUGCUAUACUGUUUGAAUUUUCAUGUUUUAUUUCACCCUCAUUAUGUGCAGACAGUGUUCUCCUUUGUUUGAGUGCAAUACUUACAUCAAUAAGAAGACUCUUGAAACUUGUAUGAGUGGUGCAAUCCAUUACAGUUUAAUCAAAUCUGCCUUUUUUAGUCUCACUACUGAAGCAUAUCAUUUAUUAAAAAACAGAUUUAAAAAGCUCGCAUGCAUCACAGCACUCACGCCCCGACGAGAUUUGAUGGAUUACAUGACAUGAAGAAUUCUCAAGGGUCUUCUGAUUGAUUUUUAAAAGCGUACAGAUAUGAAAAUAACCUAAUAAGAUCUGGGUAACUUUUAAUGUAUGCACUUAUAAGUACUUUUUAGCGUAAAGGGACAUUCAGACAAAAAGUUAUGUUCAAACACACUGUAACACUGAGUCAGACACCCCCUCGAGAGAUGAAUGUUGCAGACCGCUUGCUUCUGUAGUUAUACCAACUUUAGUAACGACCGCACAAUAGCAGUAGCUCGCAAACCUCAACCAAAACGCCUCUCUAUAGCCACAAAUAAUGCUCAGAACAGCACCUAACUUCAUCAACAGCACACUUAGGGUCCCAGCCAUAGUACUAGCCAUCAAACAUCUUUUUAAUUUUGCCUGAUUUCUUUAGCAAAGAGACUAAAUACAACUCACCCACUCUCCUCCAGCAGCCGCUUGUUUGUGGGGGAAGCCCUGACGAGUUGAUAAACGAGUGCAGCGGAGUUUCACAGCUCAAAGAAGAACAUUUGAGGAUUAUUAUGCUGCGUUCCAGUUACCGUAGAAGUCGGAAUGAAGCUGGGAAUGAUGUUACACCCGAGUUGACAGCAUGCCAGUUAACCAGUCGGAAAACCAAGAUGGACGCCUAUUGUUAGUGGUUGUCAGCUGUUGUUAGCUUUAACAUUUUUAAACAACUCAUAACAGAGUAUUUUACUCUACAAACACCAUAGCACCGUUUUCACAGUAAGACGUUGGGUAGCACAACAUAAACCACUUAUUUAAUAUUCCAAAAACAAAACAGAAGUGCCAAUAAAUAAAACAUUACAAGAGCUUUCACUGUUACUCUUUACUGUUGAUGCACUGCGCUGCCAUCUUGGAUUGUAAUGUUGUCGUCAAGUCGGGGUGGGUGAGGAUCAUCCAACUCUCCGAGUCGGAAAUCCGACUUCAGGGGGGCAUUCCAGAUAAAUUUCAGACUCAGAGCUUGGAAAUUCCAACUUCCAAGUACAACUGGAACGCAGCAUUACUUCAUGGAAAUGCAAUCAGAGUUCUUGUGUAUCUUGUAUGUGCACUGCAGACAUGGUAGUUCUUCUGCCUUACCGUCUCUGUGAUCGACUCGUCAGGGCUCCCCCACAAACAAGCGGCUGCUGGAAGAGAAAUUAAGCAAAGCUGAAAAGAUGUUUGAUGGCUGGUGCUAUGGCUGGGACCCAAUUUGUACUGUUGGUGAAGUUAGGUGCUGUUAUUUGUGGCUAUAGAGUUGCGUUUUGGUUGAGGUUUGCACGUGGAGAUGUAGAUGUGUUCGUUACUUAAGUUGGUAUAACUAGAGAAGAGAGCAGUCUGCAACAUUCAUCUCUCGAGGAGGCGUCUAAGUUGGUGUGUUUGACCAUAAUUUAAAUUUACGCUGGAAUAUCCCUUUAACAAGCAGCCGCUGAGCUGAGGUUUCAUGUCCUCAGAAAAACUCUGCUGCCUCAUAGUAGAUUUUGUAGUAGGAGAGUUUUUCAUUCAUGAGGUCUUCUCACUGGCAAACAUCUGCGGCGGUUCGAUAUGACCUCCUAUUGGCUGAUCUUUGGCGCUCUGAUGUUUGACGUUACUGGUUUACUGUAUAUGAAAUGAGCCCCGCGGAUUCAAUCCCAGUGGCCCUCGCUCCUGUUUUCAAAGGAGAGAGUUCAAGAUUUGGUGUGGUCCCUCCGAGGCUUGGGUGGUAUGGUGAAAUGGAUUAACGGUGUGACGUCAGAGCGCUCUGACUGGAAAGAGUGGCAUGAUACACGCUCAUAGCCGUGUUCACGCUGGACAGUAGGUUAGUUUCCAGCCUCGCUGAAGCCUGGGAAUCUUCAGAUGUGGCCUCUGAAGGAAGCCAGUGGAAAUGAACACCGUGGCAGCGGUGCGCUCUGUGGAUGAGAGAGAGGAAAUUGCUCGCUCAUACAGCACCAAACUAAUUCAGGGUUUUCAAAUCCUUUCCAGGCUCACCAAAGAGGACUUCUUCUUUAAUAUGAUUCAGGACUUUGUUUUCUGUUUCUUAGCUCAUUAGUUAUCGAAAAAACAAAAACAGUGCCUUUAUAGCUGUGUGGCAGACCGGAUUGAUGGAUCAACCAUUUCCACAUAUUCAUGCUAUUCUGCCGAGUAAAUUAUUCAAAUGAAUUCCACUCAGCCAGGACAGCUCAUAGAAAACUUUGUGUGAAACUCCUUUUCUCUCUGCUCAUUUAGGUUUGGCUGUUCGCAGAGUGAUGGGCGAUGCUGAGACGAAAGCAGAUUGGUUCUAAAUAAAUCAAAUAAUUCUUUUAUCUGCUGCCAGGGACCUUCUGACUCUGCUUUCACCUCUUCCCUUCAAAAUCUUCGCCUCUAGUGCGAAAAAAAAAACAUAAACACAUCCAGAGUUUUCUCGUUUUUCCCAUCAUUGUUGCUCUGCCCCUAUUUUUACCCCGCCUGACACCAAAGUUACUGUAGUGAAUCUGAAGUUCUGGUAUCCUGACCUAAUUAAGGUUUUAUUUACAAGUGCAUCAGUAUCCUUGUUGUUUCUUUUAACCCGGAGCGCUAAUGUGAAGAGAGGGUCCCUUUUAGAGGACCAGUCUAGACCCCUUUCACAGCGAGCUUCCUGUUGCCAGGCUGUUAAAAAUGCCGGAGGAGUUGCCACAAUGCGCCCGUAUAGAAUAGCUUAUGGCACAAACACGGCGUUGUCUGUGUCCGUGGGGACUGUUGGUGUGGGACAGCUGCUUUAUGAUGGUAAACUCCUUCCUGAAAGCUGAGGACCCCCUGCUAACGUGCCAGCAUAACCACAUUGUACGUGAAUUGACUCGGCGUGUUGGAUUAGCUGGUUAAAUACAGUGAUCCUUCGCUCAAACGUGCAAACCUGACAUUUAGGGCAUUAGAAUACCAACAAAGACUGUUCAAUCUUUCUCAAGCUUUCUUUCUUGUUUAUUCUUGGCCCCGGUGUGAGGAAGACAGCAACCUGCAUGUUAAUUGUGCAGCUCUAUGGAGGAGCUUUCAUGUUGGGAUUAAAUCGAUGUUUGCGAGAGACAAACAUGAGAAACUGGAAAGAUUUGGUUUACAAUACUUCUGUUGUACAUUCAGAUAAAAAGGGCAAAAGCACUUUGAAUAUAUGGAUACGGCCAAACCGGUGACAGGGAGCUCUUGCCAUCUUGGCAAGUCUCAGCGCUAAAUAAAUAAAGUAAGACAGAAGGGGGAAAAAGGCAAGUGAAUAUUGGGAUCCAAACCAGAAACCGAGCCCUGUAGGUUUCCUUUUUUUAUUUUCCUCUGUCAUGCACACAGACCAAAACACAUCUCAGCAGCAGCAGCUCAGAAGAGCAGGAGAGUGGUAAAGAGAUAGACUGAAAAGGCAAAAGGAGAGAGUCAGAAAAAAAGAGUGAGAGAGGUCUGAGCAGGGCAGGAGAAAAAAGAGCCAGCUAGAAAAUGGAAUAAAAAUAGGCUCAUGAUGGAGCUGGUGUCUCGAUGAGGCAGCCCACUAACCUCAGAGGCGCCACACUCCCGGGCUUAUCCCGGCCCAGUGAAAAGGAGGGGCCACACCACACAUCUUUGUGACUGCCAAGGCUCCAGCGCCAGGCCGACUCUCUCCCUCUCUGUCUGGUGGUGGAGGGGCCCGUCAUUGAAGACUUUGUAACACAACAAAGCACCGCCUCCCCCCACUCCGAACGACGGGGCAGCCCCUCACGCUCCAGAGCAGCCAGCAGCCAGGUGUCACAUCAGACCUGCUGGAGUUUUUUUGUGUUGUCUCUGCGAUGGCUCUGUUGGUUCAGUGAAGUUUCUAACUCGGUGUGGGAGCUGGAUGCUACUGAGUCAGAAGCCUGACAUUUGAACUGCACAGGCGAUCCGACUGCACGCUGCAGUGGAGGUCACAUCAAUCACAGACGGUUUCGGGGCAGACGGAGCAGACAUGAACCUGGCAGGAGGUCACUGACCUGGGAGUGAAAUUCCACUGGUUUACCAUCACUGCCUGUCAGCCUUCACUCCUCGGUGUGCGGCUGCAGAAACUUAAUGGAAAAUAGUGGAAUAUGAAACACUUAAUGAUGCAUCUAAAAUCGAGCUGACUUUUAAAAUCAGAUAACUAUCCAGACUCCUUAUCAGUCGGUGAUGUCUGAGGAGAGGCGAGGGAUGUCCAUUUUUUAAGCCGUGUGUACGAUGCCAAGACUUAUUAAAAGUAAAUCCGCCUUCGUUUUCAUAGAAAAACAACUGAUUCUGAUCUGUCAGGAAGUCUACUCUGUCAGCUGGGAAAUACUGACAGACAAAGACGAGGAGAGAUUGAGACAGCUCAACACGAUCGCUCAUCUGGAGGAUAUUCAGAAGCAAAAUAUUUUCAUUACUGUUUAAAUUUUACAUUUUAAGGCAGAUUAGGGAGACCGUACACACAUAGUUUCCCACAAUUGAGAAAAAUAACAUCUGGAUUUUAUUACUUGUAUCUUAAAAGAAGUAUUUUUCUUCUUUCGAUUUGUCACUUUACAGUCAAAGAAGAGCACAUGAGUUAUGAACAAUUGGAUUGGUGUUUUAUGGUGUUGUUUUCCUUCAUGCGUUUCCCUCUCCUCCUCUGGGAAAUAAAAACAGCAUGACAUUAGAUUGCCAGGAACUAAAAUUUAUUUUCGUUUAACCACAGAGUUUGAAAUUUGUCACAAAGUUGGUAAGUUUCUGUGAGUCUAAGCAGUCUGGUUCGUUGUGAGUUCUCUUAACUUUUCCUACUAAAGUGGAGCGUAUAAUUUAGUCAAGCAUGUUACAUGGAGGUGAGGAUGAGAUAAUUCUGUUUGUGUUCCGGAUAGUAGAGCACUUUGACGUUAUAAAACAUGGACGUACUCUCAGUGAAACUAAUCAUCGGUUACUAAAGAGAGAUUUUUGCUGCUAAGUUGGAAAUUUAAGAGUAAAUUUGUGACUCACAAUUCAACAACUUUGAAUCAUGAUCAGAUUAUUCAAUGAUGACGAUGUCAAAAAAACUAAAAUCGUCAAAUCGAUUUUCCUCUCCAUCGUGUCUUGCGCCUCCAGGCCAGUUCUCAUACGCACCAGUGUAAACAAACAUGGCGUUUGCAAAAGAAGGCGAUAAUUUUGUGGCUAAAUAGGACAAGCGCAAGUCAGUCAUGUGGAAUUGGUACGACUUUGCAGUGUUGGAUAAAGAAAAACCACUCCCCGCUGCAAAGUCUGUCUGGAGGCGGUAUCAACCUGUCCACAUGGAAACAAAUUCAGGAGUAAACGCAAAAGUUGUUUGUCAUAUUGGCGUUUCAUUAGAGUGUGCAUAAAUCCGUAAACCAAGACCAUUUCAUCUCCGUGUGGAUGUCUAUCUUCAUCUCUGGAAACGAUCAUGUGUCAUAGGUUCACAACCUUUAUAAAAAUGCUCUGUACUCUUCUUCUGUCCUUUGUACAUUUCCUUGGCAGUGCCACAUCGUUUUCAAUGGAUUCCUUUUGUGAAAUGAUAGAAAAACUUUUAUUAUUAAAGUGAAGUUUAGUGAAGUUGUCACUAAAUACCAAAUCAAAAUCGAAAAUCAAGUUUUCAGUGAAGAAUUUCUGGAUUUAAUUUUUGGCCAAAAUCGUGCAGCCCUACCUCAGCGCUAUCCUGAUGGUUUUUAUGUGUUUCCUUGGCAAGCUCCAAACAUGUAUUUUCCAUCCUCCCUCAAGUUUUAUCGCCCAACAACCAAGACCAGAUGGGAGCCACAAGACAUUGCCGAAAACCAUUUUUGUAAAGCUUCAUUUUAAUUUUUCAAUUGUCUUUGAAAGAGGUUAACCUCAAAAUAGUUCAAAUUCCAGGAAAUGUGCAAACAAGAAGACGACUUUCAUCCAGUCGAGUGUUUCUCAUCGAAAAGUCUCAUUAUCAGACCAUUUGGAGCGAAUUAAGUUUCAUGUCUGUCCGCGUCACACCGGUGUUCUUCAUUUAAAGAGGUCCAUGAUAACAUUGAGUGUGCAGAGUUAUAGUUUAUUCACAACCGCCCAGUUUGCACUCUGAGACCUUUUCAUCUGGUAGCAAUCUCGCCGUGAGCUGUUUCAGUCACCAAAAGCCCAAUCCAUCAGCCACUGUCAUGAGCAGCAAUGAAAUGUGAAAGAGGCCGUGGACGCAGCGAGGCUUAAUGUUCUUUUAAAAUGGAAAAAUAGCAGUUUCAAGUUAAUUUGUGGAUAAUUGCUGUAGGGAAGAACAGGGAAACUGGGACACCGAUACAAAACUUCAUGUUUUUAUCUGAAGAUGAACGCCGCGCUGUAAACAAAACCGAUUCCUCUUUUUGAAACUCGCUGCCGCUCAUUACUCUUAAGAUAACAGUGGAAUUAUGGGUAAAUGUGCUGAUUUCAUUCAUAACACCACAGAUUGGUUGUAAUUGCCUCCACUUUCAUGUUUCAUGAGACUGUCACCGCAGUGUGUUUGGGUUUGAUGAAGAAAAUGAGACGCAGAUUUCAACUCCAAUGCAAACACAGGGGGGGAAAAAAAAGCUGCAGUGUGCAUGCAAUAUUAGUGAUGGUUGCCAGAUUACACGCACCAUAUGUGUUCCUUUCAGGGGAUAGAGCGUAUUUCCUUUUGAUGAAUUUCUCUCGGAGUCAUCACACAGUGCAGCCGUAUUUACCUACGCAGCUAACUGGUUCCAUGCUUUUCAAUUCGAACUGAGCCUGUGGGCUGAUGAUAGCAGCACAGCGGGUCAAAGAAGGACAGCACAGCCUUCAGCUAUCUCCCACACAGAAAACAAAUCAUAUCCGCUCAACUUUAAAGAGUAAGACCUGGGAUAAAAGGUAAUAUUAACUGUCUGUCUAAACAGAUGAAAAGCAGUCUGGGAGCAUGCAGCCCCCUCAAAAACCCCUAACCUUAGCAUCAGGCACGCAUGUCCACUCUGCGGCACGUCCUCUCACUAAGGUCAAUAGAGAGCUGCAUUGUGGGAUUAUGGGAUGCAGGAUGUCUAUACAGAAGAGGAAAUGAGAGGUGUCUAAAUAAAGCCGGUUUAAAUGAGUCAGACGAAGAAGUGAAUGAACCUCCUGCUCCAUUCAUUUUUGGCCCUCUGUGAGAUAAAGUUAUGCAGUGAAAAAGAUAAUACGGGGGUACAGAGAGAGGAGAGGGAGGGAGGGAUGAAAGAAAAGGAGAGAGGGAGACAGUCACAGCUGCUGGAAACACAAGCCAACAGAGUUUUUUCGACGUUAUUGAACAUCUCCUGUGGAGAGUGAGAGCUGUGGGGUCAAACUGUGUCUCUGACGGAGACAGGACAGCUGUAAUCUUCGACUGUCGGAGCAAAAUGUUCUCAAUCUACAGUUUUCUGUGUGCACCUUGCAGUGUGCUGCCCUUUAUUACCCAACUUUGAAUCAAUUUGAUUAUCAAGAUUUACUCAGAAGACGUAAAGCAGCAUGGUUGGAUUAUAUGUUAUCAUAUCACCAAGAUGUCUCAGAGUGAAAACCGGAGUUAAUGGAAUUAUAUCCGCUGUCAGGCAGGACUAGUGUGGAGUAUCUUCAGUACUGUCUGUGCUUUGUGCUGAUUCAGAAAAAGCUCAGGUUACUCUGACUUAUCCGCAGCUUUCGGUGAACCGUCUGAAGUCAUUAGAAAGUGAAAAGAAGAGCAUGUAGAAACAACUAAAUCCUUUCUUCCCUCCUUACAAAGCGAACAGUAAUCCCUGGAUGUUUGGAUGAUCCUCUAUCAAAUCUGAUUUAGGCUUUUGUAGUCACGUCAGAUAAAAUAUUUGGUGAUUCAGAAACAAACUUUGUUGUUUUAUUAUCAGCAGCACUUGAAGAUGUUACACUGGCGUCUCUGUCUUGCCCUGAAAUUGCACAGCUGUUUGGAUGUUGUUGCAUCUUUAAUAGGCCUGGUUCACACUGCAGCAUUGACUCUAUGCUGCCGCACGCACAAUCAUGACGAUGACAUACUUGGACUAUGUUUACACGUACCCGGCUAUUUUCAUAAACGGACAUUUAAAAAACUGUGUGCAAACCUCUAUGUUUUAGAAAAAAACUGCUUACUCCUUUCCAAAAGGGCAGGCCUCCCAACCAAGUUUGGCAGUAACUAUGAACAAUGCUGGAACAAGACAAGAAGUGCAACAAACUGGCGAUGAGACGGUGAGACACACAGGGUUAAGUGGGGUACACAUAAAAAUAAUCGGACUGUUUUUGUCCCGAUUUUCCCUCCCAACCAAGGAUGACAAUCUGAAGAUUAUUUUAUGUCUUCUAAGAUUAUCCUAUAAGAUAAUCCAGUGGUCUGUGAAUUUGUCCCGAUUAUUGGUUCCUAAACGGGUCUGGGCCGACAAUCGUAAAUAUUAAACUUGUUCAUUAUUUACGACCAAAAAUUUUGACAUGUGUUGGGAAAGCCAACGACUCCGGAGUCAUGACCCUGUGAAUUGUCACAUGAAAUGGAAUGUGGCCGAUCAAGAAGGUAGCUGACUGAGGAACAAGAACCAAAUAAAGCAAAUAGAAAUAAAGCGUGGCCUACGGGAGUACGGGAUGGAAACCACCAUCAUCCCUCCUCUUGUGUGUCCUCUUCCAUGUUGCGUCUUGUGUUUUGGUUGUUGCCAUGUUUCUUCUACUUGGUUUUAGUUAGUUCACGUUUUAUCACACGAGAUUUCUGUCUUGGCGGACUAGAUUCUAGAUCGGUGGUGGAACAGAAUCGUUUUGUGUGUGGUGUGCUGUGUUGAGAUUAUCGGAGCACACAGAGUACGAUCAAAACUGUUCAAUGCCUGAUUUUUUAUCUUCAUGUGUGUACCCCACUUUAAAUACAAGAGGUAAUGAGGGUGAUGGGAAACAGGUGGGGAGACACAAUCAUGCGGCAGGUGUGACAAGACAGGAACAAAUUCAGAGAACAGGAACAAGGGUUAGUGAACUACAAAAUAAAACAGGACAUACAAUAAUAAAACUUUAUUUCUAAAGACAUGAAACAAAACAUGAAUGUGCAGAAAUAAAGGAAACUUAACCGACAUGACAGACGCUUCGCUGCAUUUUUGAUCAGGUGCAAAACAUGAAGGUGGAGGCCCAUGUGAUCCUUCUGCAUGUGUUUGAAUCAGACGACACUGUCAACCUUUAAGGUGACAUCUUACAGCCGGGGUUAUUAAAGGUCGAUGUUUUGGGUUAUCGGUUGUAUGAUUUGCUUGCAGGGGUUAACUUUUACACUGACUCUGAAAACCUGCACAGAACUUCAUGCUGACUAAAUUGAUUGACCUUUUCGGUCCUCUUUGUUUUCUCAUUUACAUAACUGAGAGUGGUCUAACAGGGUGAAGGGAGGCCCAGCUAGUAGCCGGCAGGGAGCAGCUGCUUCUCAUCUUUCUGUAUAAGCUUGUGUGUUAUGACUCCGCUCUGAUUGGGUAUCACGUAACCCCAUGUAUCUCCGGGGCCUUUGGGGACUUUGCUGUAGGCACUCAGUGUUUCAUUAUUGCACCACAGAGAUGUCUGCUGCUCUCACUGAAUGAACGGUUAAUGAUUAUACAGCGGUUUUUGUUCGACCGGGUACAGCUAGUCCUGAACUUUCUCCGACUUUGGUCGCACUUUAUGGAAACUGAUUUCGCUGGUUCACCAUUAUUGGGCAGAAGAGCUGCACCCUCCAUUCAGCCUGACAUCUCCACUUUCUCCCAGAGCCAUUCCCCCUCUCUUCCUCUUGUCAGGGGUCACCCGCUCAGAUGUAAACCUGGUCUGCUGCCAACCUCAGGCUUAUAUCUGUUUCUCUGUUUUGGAAUCUGGCUCCUCCACUUCCCGCAUCCUGCGCGACGGUCCUUAGGUUGUUUGUGAAAUGGAAGUAGCGCAGGACUCCUCUGGGAUGUAACGGAGAAGGAGAGGUCUGCGGCCCCCCUCACCUCUGUGUUCCUGCAGGGUCCCCCGGCGGCUCAGAGAACAGUGGGUUGACUCUGCGGGUCUUUAGAGUUUUUGAGUGUGUUUUUGUCUGAGAAGAAGAGAGGGUCUUUACAUUAGUGUGUUGGUGGUGGGCUUUUUUUUGCUUUUUUACAUUAGAAGUCGAUGUCACAUUGAGUUAGUCCAGCCGGCUGCUGAAAUCUGGCGAGACUGGAGAACAAUAUUUUUCCAAGAUUGCCCUGGAGUGCCAGUAGCUGAGCCAGAACGGAGGGAUGCUGCCUUCCAAGCUUCUGCACAUUCCUCCUGUUGCUCUGCAUGAUCCAUCCUCCUCUUUUUUUUAUUAAACUGUAUACUUCUAAAAGGUUAAAUAAGUACAUAUUUCCACCUCAUAACUCCACACUGUGCCAGCCUAUCAGUCUGCGAGGUGCAACUGCAGCGAGGUUUGCAUGUUAUCCUUAUCUGCAGGAUGCACCGGGCAGUCUGACUGAGGGGUGGUGCAUCUUCAGUGGGUUAGAAAUCGAAUAUCUCCAGUAUACGUAAUUUCUGUGGUGUCAUUUCUAAUUGAUUUCAGUCGUGCUUUGUGCUGUUUCUCAUAUUACACCCCACUGGAGUUUCCCUCCCCGUCCCAAAGCUCAAUUAGCUUUCAGGCUUGCUUGAGCUCAUCAGAUGAAGGAGCAGAUUUUCUUCUCUGGGAAAAAUUAAGUUCCAUUUAUAACAAUAAACCAAACAUUUUCUUGGACGAGACGGGGGAGGCGAUGCUUCACUGGAGGAAAAUUAGCUGCCUAAUUUGUUCUCAACAAAAGACGAGGGACGUCCCGCAUUCCUCGCCGAGGCAUUGAACGUAUAGCAUGUGAAACUGAAGAAUGUGAUUUUCAUAACUGGCAUGAAAGAGGACUUGUUUGGUUCUGAGGAGAAGGCCCACCCAAUCCCACACUACCACUGCUGUGAAAUCCAAUCGUUCCCAUGGCUGAUUUCUCUCCUGUUUUAAGUAGAAAAGGAGAAAGUGUUGUGGGCAAUCAUGCACACCUCCUCUGGCUGACCGCUGAGGUUGGCUUCUCGCAGCAGCUGUCUCAGCCCAUGGUUACACAAUGCCCAGGUGGGAUAUCUGUGACCGGGCCGAGUGAGGGCGGCACACUUGGGUUGCCAGCUUUAGCAUGGAUUCCAUCAACACCCGCAUGUCGUCGGUCAGCUGCACUAAUCUGAAGCCGACAGUUGUAAAAAUAGAGCUGUUAGAUGUAGAUCUCCCCUCAUUGACUCUGUCUGCAGCGGCCCCCGGGUUUAAUCCUGCAGUUGUUCCCCUGAUUGAAAACAAAUGCAUCCUUCAUUACCACAUUCAUCUCAUCCUAGAUCCCUUGUAGUUGAUUGAUCUUUAGAUGUAUUUCCAUUAAUUCCUUUUGUCUGGAUAUGUUUUUGAACAAUCGUACUUCUCGUAGUGUUUUAGUUAUGAUAAGACAACUACAGCGUAUACAGUCGGGUCAGCGCAGCAGUUUCUGGCAGCUGUUCUUAAUUGAUUUUUUUUCAACCCCGAACCAAAAUCUGUAGGAUAUGAGGCAUGGCAGCAGAAGAUCAAGCUGGAUUAACUUAUGGCCCCGGCGGAGUGCAAAUGUAGGCAUAACUUGAAAGUAAAUGGAAUGAAAAUAUUGUACGAUGUUGUGAGAAAAACAGUCCGACUCACUUCUUACAGAUCCUCGGGGUUAGUAAAGCCGAGAGUCCAGGGUCAGAGGACGUCCAUCAGUCAGCUCAGCAAUCUGCAUAGUUUGAAAUACAAGUAAAUCCAGACAAACUCCCUGCUCAGAGUUGUUCUCCAGGAUUCUCAAUCAAAUCAGGUUUCUCUAAAUGGGAACAAAAAUAAAUCCAACCGUGAGAGGGUCGCCCCCCCAAGUGUUUGUACUCUGCUGCUCUCUCCAGUUUGAGUUUAGUCUUUUCAUCUGCGUCUGGUACGAUCUGUUGGAUCCAUUAGUCUGAGGAGGCCUGUGGCUCUUUGUCUGAAGGGAUAUUUCAAACUGUUCGCAGUGAAUGGUCUAUUGGCACAUAAAGUCAGGCAGAGAAUUGAAGCAUGGGCUUCAAAAGACAAACCACUAAAAAGCUGACAGACAAACUGAGAGUCUGAGCCAAUAACCAAGGAGACUGCUGGUCUCAGCUCUGACAUUUAAAAAAAAAAUGGAAAACAGUAUUUAUUUUAAAUCUGAAGAAUAAAGCCUGGCAUGUUGACUUUGUUUGUUUUUUCAUCUGAAGAAAUAUAGAGGAAGAUACUGAAGCUCGAGACGCUGAGAUCUUCAAAGGUUAAGAGAAAAUAAUGGAGACGGAUGCUCCUGAACUUGGAGGCGGGUUUGUGCCUAAACACAUGGAAAUAUAAUAGAAUAAAAGAACAUCUUUUAAAUUUGUUUUUUCCAUCUUAAAUUGCAUGACAAAUUAGGAAACCUUUAGCAGAUCAGGAGGAUUAUAAAGGAAGUCGUACAACAAGCUGAAAAGGUCACUCUGCUUAAGGGAGAUGGGAAACUAAUCGACAGACCUGAAGGCGUGCCUGGACAUCCAAAUGACUCUAGCAGAGGAGCAGAGAGAGGUCAAGAUACUUCAAUAAAGCUUAAAACACAAUGCUACCUCAAAAAAAAAAAAAAGAUCAACAUAAUACAAGGCAUCUGUGAACCCACUAACCUGCAACAGCUGCUGUCAACAUACAGAGGUAACCUCAGAGUAAACAGGAAAACAUGAAAGCAGGUAUUUGUUCUUUCAUCUCUCGCUCAAAGACAGUGCCGUGAAGCAUUAAAUAAGAUCUCGACAUAAUGCAGGGAAUUUCAGCAACUGUUGAGCCUCGGCUUUGUUGGUUUAUGUAUGGGCGGUUUGUUAUUUCCGUCGCUCUCUCCACAUCCCCGUCCUCGGUCCUGGCUCCGUUUGGCAGUCCACAUUGUUGUGUCGCUUGUGGUGUCGAGCAGCAGGUCGACAGGAGUCAUCCAGAAGCCAGGCCUGAAACCGUGAGAAAAGACUGCUGUGUGAUUGGAUUAGCUUUUGAGCGCCACGUUGCUUAAUUAAUGAAAAUGACCCGGGAGCAGAGUGAAGCCAUUGUCUGCAGAGUGACAAAGUCCCUGCCCGUCAACAGUUUCCCUAACAGGAUUUCACAAAGUACGCCAGGCGUUCUUAAUUUGUUGGCUUAGAUCUCUGCAGCCGGGUUUUACUGGCAGCUGAGGUGUUGUCUUCCCUUCGUUUUACAGUUAUAAAAAAUUCAAACACUUCGAGGCCUGAUCAAAACAGGAAUUUUUGAAUAACACUUGUUGGUAAAAGUAACAGGUUCUGACUCUGCAAAACAGCCGCAGAGUUUUUUUCUCUUUUUUUUUUCUAGUUGUCUUCAAAACUUUGCUUUUAACGCGACACGAGAAUUCAGUGAAGUGAUUGAACCUUCAUUUCCAUUCAGGCGUCAACAGCUCACACCUGCAGAUUAUGGCACAGUUCAGAGCAUUCACUGCACAUGUGAACAGUAGCUCUGGCUCUCCUGAUGAUGUGAGGGCCCCUCCCUCUCUCCAUCCUCCUUUCAGUCCUCUUCCUUUAACUUUCUAUUGAAGAGGGCUGUAAAUGUGGGCUGGUAUUCUGAGGGGUGACGACCCUGCGGGCUCUUCUGAGCGCUUCAGCAGAACCAAUGUGACCAGAUUAGUUUGCAUUCCUCAGUGCUGAACGACCCUCUGGAAACUAUUACCUGAGAUUACUUCAAAUCAAAGACUUCUUCCUAUUAUCUGUGCAGGAUCGGUCACACAGAAGGCCACUAUGUGACAACCACGAACCUGCACAGCAAAUAAGAUCUUAAGACAACAAUAGUGCAUACCUGCUACCAUGGCAACCACAUUGUUUCUGUUGCUUUUUUGUCUCUAGUUGCUGGUAAUUGCAUUAACGCUGCUAUACUCUACUACCUGGAUACAAAUAAACGCAGAAGUCAGGUUGCAUUUUUUUGCACGGCAUGGUUUGGCAGCAUUUUUAUAAAUGUUUUGUCGACCAGCAGACUCUGUGACCCCUUUUUUGUGAAGAUUUGACCAUUCCUUGAGCAUUUUCUUACCUUUAUACCUUUCAUUUUAAUAUUUGUCGAAGCAAACAUGACAUUAGUCUGUUGGAGAAAUUCCUACCAUCCAGUUAUUCUAGUUAAAAUGGCAAGAAAUUCACAAUUGAAUGAAUUCACAAUGAAACAUGAGUUUUAAAGCUUUUUAAUGACCAUCCGAAUAAGAUUCAACCAACAAAUACUUGGAUGUGUGUAGGUAGGCUAUGGUCUCAUGUCCCUUUAAGAUGCUGUCCUACGUCAGAGACGUGACUCCACCCCAUCUAGUCCGUAACAAAGAGGGAAAGACAGGUGAGGAGAUGGAGGACGGUUCAAAAGUUGUAGCAGCUGAAGUAGACGAAGUUAAUGUGGGAGGGGGUGAGCAGCUUGUGGAGUAGUUAUCGUCCAUUUAUUGUUAUCGAGGUGAACUGCUCAAUACAUCGUGAUAUUGAUUUGAGGCCAUAACGCACAGCCCUACUGUGACCCCUUUAUUUGAGCAUUUUCUUACCUUUAUACCUUUCAUUUUAAUAUAUGUCUUAGCAAACAUGACAUUGGUCCAUUGAGAAAGUUCCUACCAUCCAGUGAUUCGAGUCAAAAAUGGUAGAAAAUUCUCUGGGAUCAUGAAGGUAGAAGAGUGGAAAUGUUUUGAUGUUUGGCCAACAGCUAGGGACUCCAUGACUCCGCCCCCUUGUAGUUGUGUCCUUUUUGGGGUUUGAUAUUGAGCCAAACAAAAAGACAGCAACAUAGCUUUUCAAUAAGAUUCAACCAACAAACACUUUGAGUGGUGUUGGGGUGGCGUUGAAGACAACUUAGUGUCCACGCACACAGAAAGGAAAUGCCCACACCUGUCAGUCCUCAUGCUCAGCCUCAUCUUUCAAUCACUGACAACACUUCCCGACAUGGCAUAGCUAAAUAUUCCCAAAGGCUCAUCAUGUCAAUGAGGAUGUGUCAGACACUGUUUGAGCUUUGUGUCUACAGCCAGCAGAAGAAAGUCCCUCUAACAGGACAACCACUGCAGGCUUAUUUUAGAGCCCCGGCAUGGCGACAGGCAGUACGUGACGGUGUUAAGAUUUCACAGCAUGUUUCUGUGACAUCAAACACUGGUUGAUUCAAAAAAUUUAAUAUCCGUAAAAUUGCAUCAGUGUCAUUUAGCUUUGGAAAGAAAAACAGAGGGGGGUAAGGCCAGAUCUGAAUUUCGAGGAGCCAACAUGAAAUCGUAAAAUCUUGAAUUGCUUUGUCAUACUUGGAUUUACAAAUGUGAAUCUUAUUAAAGAAAAUUCUCCUGUUUUCACUGAGGCCAACACAGUUAAUGGGUUUCUUUAAAUGUCUGUUAUUUAAGAUCCUUUUUGAUGUUUUUAAAUCUCAUCUGAAAUUUGGUAAAGCAUGAAAACCGCCUCUUUCUUCUCAGCGUUUUUCCAUCCAGGUCUUUUGUUUUUCUUCUCCCCCCACAAGAGUUCCUGGUUUCAGGUUUCCCCCCUCGGCUUACAGAGAUCUGGAAAUCUCUGAGCCUUAAACUGCAUCUGGAUCACCAAAUUUACCUCGUUCCAGAUAAAGAUUUUGUUUGGUCUGAACGGUGGACUUAUUUGCACUGCUUGAUUUCCAUUUCACUGUUUAGAAAAUACAAUGUUUUCUUUAUUUCUUCCCCUUAAUAGUAAAAAGGGAAAAGUUAGUCACAGCUGGGGAAUGUGCUCUCUCUUUGCAGCUCUGUAGUCAGUCAGCAGGGACAUUUAGACACUUACAAGGGGGGAAGAAAUGAAUGAAUUAGAUCCUCAUUCCUUUGGCCUGUUUUGACAAUCUUCAUUUUGUACCAGUGUUGAGUCCCAGGCCGCUUUUAGUCGGAGCUCUCUGGAGGGAGGAGAACAACAGCUCAAAGACAAAUCAUCUGCUUGCUGCGUACCGCUAUGACCAGAAUUCCUGGGCAGUCUGCCCGUAUGAGUGAAUUUGUAGUUUUCUGAGUGCAAGAGUGUUUCAUAAGAUGUUCAUCUUGUGAGUGUGUGUAGGUCUGAAAUCUGAUCGAGGCAUCGGGGAGAGAAUUGACUCGAAGAAAUAACUUGAACUUAAUGUAAGUGGACACAGAGCGAGCGAAAACUCUAACAACAUGUGGGAAAAUCAACAUCUUGCUUCAAUUGUUGUGUCCUCUUUAUCUGACUUUAAAAUAAUCAGCAGAAAAUCAGGAAUAGUCUUUAAUUUCCCCUUUGAUUAGAUUGGCGGGGAACUCAAUUCCUCCUUUGGUCUCCCUCCAGUAGGCUUGUGUGAUAGGAAGGGUCCUAAUCCCUGAGAGUUAGGGGGUCUGCUGUGGGGGGAACUCCAUAUGGUCACAGACUGUGAGGGUCCUGGGUCAUUCCUGCCUGAGCAAAGACAUCUUUUCACGUUUAGUCUCUGUUUGUGUACAUUUUAAAUGUUGUGACAGUGUUAAUAUUUGGUGUAAAUGACCCACAUUAUGUUCAUAUCACCAAUCUUAUCUUGGUGUAAUUCUUAUUUGCUAUUAUUUCACCUCCUGUGAACAAUAUAACAGAUACCGAUGCCUUUAUUUUGAAAGGAAAAUUACCGGAAGUUAUCAGUCAAUGAGCAGUAAUAACUAUGUGUGAAUUCAAGACACACGAUCGCUAAUAACGAUCUCUUUAAGUUGCUAAAGUACCUGGUUGAUAGAGGCACAAGCUUUGUAUAAGCUUCUUUUCUCAGACAAAUUAAUAUGAAGAGUCUUAAUAACGUUUCUGAGACGUUCGGUCGAGUUUCGUGUUGCUGAGUGUUAGCAAAGUUGCUAUAAUUACGAUGAUGGUCGUGUUAACACAGACGGGAUUCAUUUAGUUCAUAGCAUGUCUCUGAUGCACACUUUGAAUCCAUAUGUAUUUUAUUCAUCAUAAAGCUCUAUGCCUGAAUAACACCAGACUGACUGUUUUUCAGUUCUGAUUAGACACUAGUGUUUAGAUAGAUAGAUAGAUAGAUAGAUAGAUAGAUAGAUAGAUACUUUAAUGAUCCCAAACUGGGAAAUUCAUGUUACAGCAGCAGCAAAAUAAAAAAAAAAUGAAAUUAAAUAUAAGAAGAAGUAAGUACAUUACAGGCUAAAAAUACUGAAAAUACUAAGUAUAUACAAUAAAUACAGACUAAAUAUACUAAACAUCCUAAGAGAAAAAAGUGAGAUAUGAAGAACGUGGGCUAUUGAAAUGAGUAAUAAAUACAAAAAUAGAUGUCUGUCUGUCAUGAUAGCAUGUACUGAGUUGGGGGCUGAGCACAUUAAACUAUAAUCCAUAAAUGUAAGGAAGCAACCGAGACCUAAUAUCUCCAUGUUUACAGGAACCUCUGAGUUUGAGACAGUGAAAAUGAGAGCCCUGUGGUAUGUUGUAUCUGAACAGGUUAGCUUACGAGCUCUAAAGUUACUUAGCACAGAUGAAAGUUAAAACAAAGACGUUUAGCAAACUGUUAAAGCACACAAACCAUCGUCAUAUGAGAAAUCCGACGCUAUGACUCUCCACAAGUUGUACUUCAGGUCGUUAUCUUUGUGUUUUUUAUCAAAAAUCACUCUGUUCUCCAACACGUAAAUAAUCAGCGGGUUGGCCAUGUUGAAUAUACCGGUGAAUCUGACGUCGCAACAACAUGAAAUCUGAUUGGUCAGAAGUGGACACACGGUAUGCAAAACUUUAGAAAAUUCAACUGUGAUACGAAAAAAUAAAUGCCGCAAUAUCGCAGGACGGGAAAACGUCACUCACGUGAAUGCUUGUAUUGCCAGGAAACGGGUUCAAAAAAAUAUUGACGUCCGAUUUAAUGGCACAAAAAAAAUGCUCCCAGUGUGUAAGGACCUUAAGUCUCACUCUUGUCAUUUUCUUAAACUUGGCAGCCCUGUCUUACGGUGUGUUCACAACGUUCAUGGAUGUUAAAAGGAACUAUUCUAAAUAAAACUUUGUGAACCAUCAGUCAGAUACUAAAUUUGGUAUCUCAAAUGUUUGGCUCUACAGAGAUGCUUUUGUUGCGCAUCAAAGUAGUUAAAGUUCAUAAGUGGUGAACGGUCUUUCUGUUGGACCAGACAAAGAGCUUUCUUUGCUCAUGACCCGACCCCCUUCUUUUCAGUUUGUUUCUGUUUUUACGGACUAGGUGUGAAAAGAAGCUUUUACUACAGGAACUCUACAUUCUGUGUCCAACACUAUCAAGAUGGGAGUAGUGAAAUGGUUUUAUUCCCCCGGCGGUGAUUUUUAACUCACACCACACUUGCAGGGGUUGAGAAGAGCACGUUACAGCCCUGCGAUGACCCACUGUUUAAAAUGUUCAUCAUAAAUAUGUCAGUUAGAGGAAGAGCAUUUAUCAUCUUGCACGUUCCCUCAGGAUCACAUAUUAGAAACAAAUGGGUCCAGGACCUGCAGGGAUGCAGCCUCAUACUUUACAGUUAUAUACUUGACACCUAUAGCUACUAUCCUAACCUAUAGCCACCUUCAGCAACAUUCACCCGGCCUGUCCUAAACAGCUGUGUUAGUUUGGUGAUCGCACCGAGACAUGCAGUGAUGCACGAGUGUUUACUCUUUAAACAGCUCUGACCCAGGAGUGAGGAAGAUGAGUGUCGCUUUGUGUCUUAGAGAAAAUAGUUAAAUGAGCAGAAAAUGUUUAUGCACCCCCAGAACACACACACAGGGCAUUGUAGAGCUGGUAGACGGUGAAAGUUGAUUGUUUGCAGGUGUGUUUUUAGCUGCACUCAUACCCACUCAUUGAAACUCUAAGAUUAUUCAGUAAAAAUUCAGUCUUACUGCAGUAGAUAACACACCUAUCCUGUUAGGGGGGAGUGAUAAAAGGCCUCACACUCACAUCCUCGCUGCCUGCCCCUUCAGCACUUCUCCUCGCCGCUCCGUCUUCAUCACUAAUAUUCGUAUUACAGCCAGCAGAGCGGCCGCCUAACAUGUUUUCACAGCCCGUGUGACAUCAUUACAUUUCAAAAGCACCUCAUAAACACGUAGUCCUGGGCUGAGGUCGGGUCUGGGAAAGCUUAAAGCCACCCGCUCACCCCUCAGUCAUUGUCUCAGGAGUGACAGUGAUCUAAGAGACCAUGAAUGAUGAAAACAGGCAAAAUUAAUAUACUUUCUUUUUUUUUACAGUAAUAUCUCUGAACUGUCUGCUCAUUGUUUCCUUCAAAACUAUGAACAAACACUGUCUUAUACAAACAGAGUUAGAUACUCAGCAGGGCUUGACUCUAACUUUUCUCAACUUAGUAGCACAUGUGCUCCUAAGUUGAUAAAGUAAGGAGCUCACAAAGAACUUUAGGGGCACAAUAAAGAUUGAUCAAAUAAUGUUUGUCUUAUUGGUUGACAUAAGUACUAUUAUUUUAAAUCAAUUUUAGGUCUUUUGGACACGUGACGUGGAAGCUAUUGAAGAAAAUGUUAAAAAUUUGCCUUUAAAUUUAAAACAAAACUUUUUAGAGGAGGAAGUAGGGAAAUAAAGAGAUGUGUCUUAUUUUCUGACCUUAUAACUAUUAUUUGAAAUCAAUUUUAGGUCAAUUGGUCACAUGACAUGGAAGCCAUUUAGAGAAAACAGCCUUUUUUUGAGAACAUUGACCAAUAAUUUAUUGACGGUCCCUUGCGUUGACAGCGAGGGUGCCGAGUAGAUUUAACCACGCUGCUGUUGCUAUUCCCGGUUACGGAGAGUGAGAAGACACCGGUAGAUCCGCAGUGAAUGUCCGUCAGAUAUCCAACCUAAAACUAACUUCACCGCGGUAUUUACAUGAAAAAAUAUUUGUUGCCUCGGCUAAUUUUUUUAAGCGUACAUGUGCCCUAUACAUUUUACAAUUCGCACACAUCUAUGCGAGUGAAAUGGUCGCACUGUCCAGCCCUGCUCUGAGUACCAGGCUAAAGAAAAUGAAUAUGUAAGAUUUCCUGGAAUAUUCAGCCUUCAUUAAAAAAGACAGGAAAAAAAAACUAAAUCCCUCUCUAAUGCCAGUAACAUAUCAGACAAAGGAAAGCUUAUAAAAAAAGUCACUCUUUGGUCAGCCAAAAGGUCUUAAGUCAACUCAUAAUACCAAGACUGACGACUUCAAAUGUGUGAAGUCUGUUUUUCAACAGUGUUGUCCUUUAAACCUCGAACCAAAGGCCACACAGCGAGCAGAACAAAAAGUGAAAAGUCUUUAAAAGAAGGAGCUUUGAUGUCCAGAGCGAGUGUUGGGCAAAGAAAUACACGGUUCACCGGAGAGGCUGCUCGAUAGGAUUCAGACAGAGGCGGCAAUCACCAUCCAGCAGCUCUUAAACAGCUUGUUGUCAUGACGACUGUUGAUAUCCACAUAGUGCUAAAGGAUGCUGAUGUAAUCCCUCAUUAGUUAUUGAUCGCUGAUUGAAGCUGAUGGUCAGGUUUGAUAUUUCUGGGUCAUCAUUUAGACUUUCUCACUUCAGAGUUAGCAUGAGUGGAAUAUGAAGGAGUGCAGCAGGGUUUUCAUCUGUGAACACACGGAUCAGAGAUUCUGGUGCACUUUGAAUUUUCAGAAUAAUUCAUCACUGCGUAUUUUCUCUUACAGUAAAUGAGAGAUAUCUGACUAUUAAAUCACUCAGGGUGGAAAAGCAGGAGCUGCUCUGUAGGUGGUGAUUAAGUCAGACUUCAUUUAGUCAUUUCGUGUUGAAGUGGUGAUAUCUUCUGCUUCUGUUAACUAUGACGGCAACAGUUUGUUUUCAUGCUGAAUAUUUCACGACUUUAGAGCCAACUCCUGCCACACACCUUUUCCCUCUCUGUCUCAGCAGUUCCCUCUCGGAGUCUUUGCCCUCUGAAACGAGGUGUAAUCCCUCUGAGGAGUGGCUGAUCUGCUUAUCGUUUCCCUCCACACACACACGCAGAGCCAGUUUUCCCCCCCAAAGACUCUAUCAUGUGACAUCUGAAUCUUUAACCCAUCAAAUAAGCUUAAGUUAUACUGCUGAGGCAAAGUUUGAGAGAUCCCAUGACUUGCCAAUAAUCCACAGUCCCCGUUUCCCCUCAGCUCUUUGGAUUACAAUAUGUUUUCUUUGUUCCAUUUGUCCUCUCUGCUAUUAACGCUAAAACAGGCCACAUAACCCAGGGUUUCUUUAUGAAAGCCACAUCUAAUCCCUCAUUAGCCCACAUCCAGGCGUUUAUUAUAAUGUUUGCAAGCUUUGUAUGUGGUCCAGAUUAGUGGAUUCAAGUUGAAAUUAUGUCCAAUACAUCUGCAAUACAUGCAAGAAUGAAAGUUUUUAAGAAGCUCUUGCACUGACCUGUGUCUUAUCAGGUUAUUUUUUGUGUGUUGGUCCAUAUGUGUCUGGCAUCACGCUGAUCUGUGAACAGCAGGGCCCCUCACAGCAGGCCGCAGUUAAAUGCGCUUUUGUUAGAUAGUGAAACUGUUUGUAGUUGGAGCAAAUAGACUCUUAUGUGCUGAUGUAAUCUGCAAAGGGGAAGGAAAACAUUGUAUAGUUGUUGCUGAAUGAGCCCUGGAAGAGCCCGGCCUCAGAGGAAACUGGGAACAGGGGGUUGGAGGAUUAGUGUUUUUUCUUUUUUCAGACUUUGGCUUCACUUUUCCCCCUUUUUUUCUUUUUUCCUCACAGUUUUUUUUUUUCCUUUCUUUGUAAAAAGACUACUAAAUUUUGCUCCAGGCCUCACAGUACAAUGGACCCUUUUACACUUCAGCAGGACCAGCAGAUGUUAGUUUUCGCUGUAGAUGACAUGACAAAUAAAUCGUUUUUAAAACACAAAUCAGUGCAACAGAGAAAAAGACAUGGACACAAAGAUUCACUUUCAUUUUCAGGAGGGAGAACCUCAGCCUGAAACCAUAAGCAUGCGGUCGCAUAAUGGUUAAGUAUUAUCUUGUUCUUUAAUGUGGUUUUAUUUUCCAGCCCCAGUGCUUCCAAUGAGAGUAAAUGUCAGCAGUUUUUGAACCAUAAUAACGCUCAAACCAUAAUUUUGCUGCGCUGCCAUGUGAGAAAGAUGCUUACACCGGGCUCAAGUUCCAAACUGUAAUAGGGACUAGUGGUGGUUUCCAUGCCACAUCCCAAAUUUGAUUAUUUCCUACUGAAAACCAAAUCCAGAAAGUACAAUAAUGGAUGGAAGCUUUAAAAUGUCAGAUGUAACUACUCCGCUGUGCUCGCUCGGGUGUUUUCAUGGAGCCUGUUGUGUCAUACGGUGGGGUUAAUCAGCACUGUGGGGGUGUCAUAUGCGCCGUCUGUUUUCUCCUUCCUCUACCGUCCUGCUCAAACGGGUCAUCCUUAUCUUCUCUCCAAAAUCAACCCUGCUCUGCUCCAGCCUCGGUUUCCACUCUCAAUGCAUCACUAAUCCGUGAAGAAAGAGAGCCGCUGCCUUUUUUUUUUUUUUAAUGGUGGGUGAAGGAGUUAAACGACCGUCUGCUUUGUGUCACAGAGGGGAAAAAAACACCUCUGUUAAUUCUCUUCCUCUAACGCUAAAUCUCCGUCUGCUGUUUGUUUUCAUUGGCUUGUUUAUUUUCUUAGUCUUUCAGCACUUCUUCCUUCCCCGUGGCUGGCUCAGAGUCACUCGGCGCAUCCACCACCAGCAAAACCAGUGCAGCUCCACUGACUCGCCUUGGCUCGUCUCCCAUUUCAAAAAGGCUCCAGAAAUUUAAGACACGGGUGGACGUGUCUUUGGGACAGCUUGUCCUCCCGGCAGGACUUGAAUUACCUAGUAGCUCCUUUCACUGAGCAGCCCACACGUCUCUUUGAUGUGCUCAGACCCUGUGUCCGUCUUUAUCUGAUGUGCUGCCUUCAUGACCUCUCCUGUGCGCCUGCAGCGUAAUGUCACCAUGACUUCUGUCAUCCAGGAAUAAGAAUACGCCUCAGCCUGACAGUUUUAUAUCAGGAAAAGUACAAAGCAAACUCUUGACACGCUUUGGCCGUUUUCCAUGCAACAGGUGCAGAGAGGAUCCGUUCCAAGCUCUGCCUUUAAUAUAAAGAUUAAUGAAGAUUAAUCUGCAGUCACUUUAGGAGUAAGAAUACAUACUGCAGAGAAAAACCCAUAUGAUUAUAGUUAAAUUCUUGGUGCAUAAAAGAAGAAGAUCCAUGGAGAAUGAGAAAAAAACAAGAACGACUGAAGGAAAUGUUCUCAAGCUGCAAAAAUAAAAACGUAUCAAAGAAGCUGCAGGAGAAAAGUCACAUCUCCUUUACACACAAGCCCACACUGACCAGAAUCAAAGUCUGCUUUACAUAUGCACUGCGCUGAUCCUAUUAAAAGUGGCAUAUUCAACUGAAUGAAAAACAAACUGCCUCAUUAAAUAGCAGCAAAUGUUCUCAUCAAAGAAAGCUUCACUUUUUUUCGCGUCUCUCCGCGGUAGCCUGUCACAUAAAGUAAUCAAAAGUUGGUUUUAAAAAUACUAAACAGAAAAAUAAAAGUCGACUCAAGCUUUAGUUUUAGCCAAACAACCUCCUGUAGUUCAUGUCCUGCGCUUCAUUUCGAAACCCUGAACGCACCAUAACAAACCCGCUAUCGUCGUCUGUCCUCGCUCAGAUAGACGAGGAAGAGAAACGGUGACCUCUUGACUGAUGUUGUGUCUGUUAGGUCACACAAUCCUCACACCCGGUGACACAUUCCACUCCUCCCGAUAAAUCUCUCCUCAGAAUUCACACUGUGAUUUAUUUCUGCCAUUGUCACAGAGGUCUAAAGUCAAAGCACUCAACAGAGAGUCACAGAGGUUAGUGCUCAGGGUCUCCCAGCAGGAUAUGAUACAUUAACCCAUUUACAUCCUCUGUAAUGCCCUCUAAAACUGCUCUAAUAGCCUAAUUUGUUUUGCCAUUAUGGGCAUUUGUGAAAGACUAAUAUGCAUGACUAUGAAUAAUUUGUUCGGCUAAACAAUAGCAUUUGCAAGACAGAGGAGCUAAUGUGGAGUAAUGAGAUUCUCGACAACGCGUAGAGCCGCUGCUGCCUGUUGGUUUAACAGUCUGGGCUGCAUGUAAUUGGGUUAUUUUACAGAUGGCGAGAUGCACGGUGAUGCAGUGUGAAAUAUUCGUCUGCAGUUUGAAAUUGUUGACUGUUUGGAUCACAUUACUUCUACCAACAGAAAUAAUUAAGAAAGAUAUUCAGAGUGAAAAAAAGAGCAAAUUGAUCCAUCUGUUGGGUUUGCUGUUUCAAGUGAAAAGACCCUGUGGAGUUUUUUUAUCCGUCAAGAUCAGCUAAGUGGGAAAAAUAUCCUUUUUCUGCAGUUGUUUGUAUCAAAAUGAAUUAAAUAUUACUCUUCCUCAAUUCAUCGUGCCUCACAUUAGGGCUGGGCGAUAAACCGAAAAUUUACCAAUACCCAAAAUGACAACAAUAACUGACGUCAUUUUGCCCAUAUCGGUAUAUUCAAUGUCAAAUAAAUGAAUAAAUAGAGUUGGUUUUGGUUGUGUGUAGGUAGGCUAUGAUCUCAUGUUUCAUUAACCCUAAAACACUAUCACUAAAAUUAGUAACACCAUCACUAUCGCCGGGUGAUUUUUACCCAGAAUAAUACACCCAAGAAAAGUACUUGUCAUCAAAAUAUAUCAAAAUACAUAACAAAUUAAAGUAGUUUUCUUUUAUUUUUAACUGUGUAAUGUCCAAAGGGAGGGAAAAAACGCCAUUAGGGACCAGAUAAAAAUGCAACAAAAAAUAUGAAACUAGGAAUUCAUGAACAAAGUAUUCCUAAAUAGAUUAUAUGUGUGUAUAUACAUAAACUGUAAACUUGGUUUCUUUUCCCUGGUGAAGACUCAGGGUCCUCGGCACAAUAACAGCUGCAGAAGAGAGAACCAAAAUAUGUUAGAUUCUGAGUGAGUAAAAAUGACCAGCUGACUCAAAUAUUUCUCAUCACCAUAUGAAUUCACUUGAAAAUAACUACUUUGUGAUAGUUAUUCAUAACCACUGCGCUAAAUAAAGACAGCAUGCAAAUUCCAGGACCACUCUAACUGACCUUAUUCCCUACAUGCAGCUAUCAAAUCCACCCAAACCUACUUUACCCUCUAUCACAAUAUGUCCUCAAAGAUGUCAAAGGAAAUGUUGGGACCCAUGAUACUCAGACAAACGCAACAUCAUGAAAAUCACGUAAAAACAUGUUUGGUCGGGUUAAAAUCACCCGGCGAUAGUGUUCUAGGGUUAAGACGCUGUCCUACGUCAGAGACGUGACUCCACCACAUCCAGCCCGUAACAAAGAGGGAAAGACAAGUGAGGAGAUGGAGGACGGUUCAAAAGUUAAUGUGGGAGGAGGUGAGCAGCUUGUGGAGUAGUUAUCAUCCAUUUAUCGUUAUCGAGGUGAACUGCUCAAUAUAUCGUGAUAGUGAUUUGAGGCCAUAUCGCCCAGCCCUAACUCACAUGAAUUCUUGUACCUGAAGUCCAUCCAAAGAGGGAUGAGCAAGGGAGCAUACUCACCUUUGAUUGCUUUGGCUUCCACAGGUGUGAAAUUUCCCAGUGUUCUUCACCUGUAGCUGCAGAGAUUCUCACACUUAGAUUCUGUCAUACUCACAGUCUUAUUGUACCGAAGCGUGUGAUACUUGCUCGUUAAAAAAGAUGUGCAACUUCACAUUUAAGCUGAUGUCGGUAUUCUUUCCUGAUCAAACGAGAAAGGAGUGAGAGAGAGAGAGAGAGAGAGAGAUACCGACAUCAGCAGACAGAAAUCUUUUGGCUUCCACUCGAACACACGUCAGACGAUGAAGGAUUCUCCACAGCGUUCGUACCAAACUGAUAAUGAUGGAGCUCUGCUGGCAACCGAUUACAUGUUCUCACACAAAAAAACAAUCUGAGAUUAACCAUAGCAACAUGACAUAUGUUUGCUGGAGCUCCGUCCGACCAUAACCAAACAGUAAAAAGUUCACAUUGAAGUCGGUGAAUGUGUGCGCAGAUAAGGAGAUGACAGAUGACGACCCUUUCACCUCCUCCUCUCUGUGCGUGAUGUAUGCAUUCAGCUAUAAUGAUGAUGUUUCUCUGCUGUGUUCCUGAGGUCAGUUCAGCCCGGAGCUGUAUGUUUGGGUUUGUUCUAACAUUUUCAUCACUCAGGGUAACAAGUAGCCACAGGCCGAGACGAGAUGAAUCGCAGAGUUCGGCCGGGAAGGGGUUUCAUCAUUAUCAAUGAAGCGUCGAGUUCAGCGUCUCAAUGACAGAGGGUGAAUGGAGCAGAAUUGUAGUGGAAACCUAUUAAAGCAUUAGACAAAAUGUUGUCUUUUGGCUUUGCUGCUUGUUUAAUAACUGGGUUACUGCUGGUGGCUUAUUUGAAGAUCAUUUUCUGCUCUGAGAUGCCCUGUAAUAUCCUACCUCAGAAGAUCAGAGCGGUCUUUAAUUACACACGUUCGCUUGGAUCAUGGAAAAACACAAAAGACUCUGGGGGAAAGUUCGAUGCCAGUUUAUCUUUGAUUUAUAUUACCCUUCCUUUUUCCUGUGCCAUAAUUCACUUGUCUUCCUCGCUGUUAUUGAUGAAGGCGGGAGAACCUCGUAUGACUCCCAGACAUGGGUGGCUGAAGGUUGGCUACCAGAUGAAAGAGGGAAUAGAUGGUUGCCAGGCCAGGAGGUCAGGAAGGGCAGCUGGACGUUUGGCCGACCUGUGACCUCGGGGGCUCACAUGUUAGCCAGAACUUUCUGCUUGAUUGGAUUAGAUUAGGUGGGCUUAGUCCUCCUUUUCUGUGUAAAUCACACAAACACAGAUGCAUUUGGCCCCAGGAAUCAAACUUAACGCUGGUGUACAUGUCAAACAAUAUCAGCACUGUUAGGCGCAACAUGGAUCUGAAAUCAAUGAAAACACGACUAGGAUGUGGUUUUGGCUCGGUCUCUCAAUACAUCGAGACAAGCGUGAAAAGUAAAGAAGCCAAAAUACUGGAGACAGAAGUAGAUGUGCAGUCACUUAAUAGAAGUUUUCAAGUUUCCCCAUAUGUGGUUUACACACAGUGAUAUCAUAAAUCUGUCAUUUUUACAUUUGCCCCUCCGUAUCAUUGGAAAGCCUGGAGCUCAGAUAGUGUGUCGAGGGCAAGAAAACACCCAGGACAGGUUUUCUAUUCAUCUCAAGACACGUCCGUCUGAGCUGAUUAGAGUCUUGGCUCCGACAAGCAGAGAAAUAAUAGUGUUUUAUUAUUCAUUAUUCAUUUGCCUUAAAGCAAAGGGAUCUCUUUUGCAUGUAUAUUAGACUUUUGUCAACAAAAGAAUGCUGUUAUAUUAGCAUAUAUUUUCAUUUUCACUCGCUUGGUGUGAGAGUGGAUAUGUCCUUUCUAGAGGAAACCCUUCCCUUAUUUUCUGAGCAAACCAGAAAAAUCCCUUAUCAGAGUGUUUGUUGGCGAAGUGUAGAAAAGGCGGAAGAAGUCUGUGAGGCGUGGUCUCUACGUGCCUUUGUGAGCACUAUCUGCUGCUCCUAUCAUACUCUGUCUGCUUUUCAAACUCUAGAGAAACGUAUAAGUCUGCUUCGGCUCCUUGUCGAUCUGCCAAUCAACUUCCUGGACUCUUUUAACACAUUGCUGUUGUUCUUUUGGGCCAGCCUCACUGGUCGUAAUUAGCCCAGACCAGGCUGGUAUCAGGAGUCCGCUGAGACCCGCUCAGAUGAAAAUCAUGUUUUUCUAGUUGUCUACAUGUUCAUAUGGCAUUUUUCUGAUGCUACAGGAAAUGUGUGAAAUUGCAUUUCUGAGUAUUUCUGCUUUCAAAUGGCCAUGAAUCUCUGGCAGACCCAAACAGCAGGCUCAGAUACAGUGAGAUUUCCUACUUCACAAAUCCAAGCUCCGCCCUCAGACUCAGAAAAGUAGAGAGGAUGAUCACGGAACAAGUGUGUGCGUUAGCAGAUUGCAAUGCUUGUAAGAAAACUUAGUAUGAUAUAAUAGUGUGACCAUAGAGAGGACAUGACUAUGUGGGGGCGGAGUCACGUGUAGUAAAUUUUAAGAGUUUUUCGGGUUGAUUCAAGUGUUUUUUGCACACUUCUAACUCAGUAAGUCCACGCGACACGAAUUCAAAACUUCCAUACAAGACCCGGGACAUUUGAAGGAUCUUAUAAAUCCCCCCUGGACAAGGCUGGACAGCCCCCAAAAAAGAGGACAUGUCUGGGUAAAAGAGGUCGUACGGUCCCCCUAUGAUAUAGCUUUCAUCAUGACCCCAAAAACAUUAGUCCAAGAGCUGAAUUGGUUACCUGCUUCUUCUACUUCACCGGCAGUGUCUCCGCCCACGACUCAGAGGUGAAUUGCUAAUGAGCUACUGGAGCUCUGCAGAAGAAAAGUCCUUGAAAAUGACACAGGUAACAUGAUUUUAGCUGAAAACUUUAUAAUCACAACUUAAAGACAAACAGCUAAAGCAAACAGAGCGUACCAGGAUAUUACAGUUUCAGUAUAAUGUGCUGUUUGCAGUAUGAGGAAGUGUGCUAGCUUUUAAGUGCAUCACUAAAAGAGAUGUUUUUUUGGCAACUAGGGUAAAUGAUUUCUUAUAAAUAUUCUUCUUUGUGCAGCCUGAAGGCAGAGCUGAAAGUGGCGGUCUCACGGGUGGCUGCAGUCAUCCAACAUUUCCGACUCAGGCGACGGAGUGCUUUUUCACGAUGAUUGGACAGCUGAGUUUGUUUGCGGCCCGUGACUGCGACUUCCUUAUAUGACCACUUUGGAAAGAUUUGGCUUGUUUGUGACUCUGAAGUGCUCCUACCAUAAUACGGGGAAAAAGAGAGCGCACUUUCACUAAGAAGUGCGUCUCAGGAGCGGUAACAUCAUUUCUAAAUCAGCUGGACCGAAGUUUUCAGCACAAAUUGCUGAGACCUGAAAAGGAUAAAUGUUGAAACGUUUGGUGAUUGUGGUAAAUAGAUCCUUGCAAACUGUUAUCGCAUGCAUAUUUAAUCCUCUCGCUGAGGUAGACAGCCCACAGAUUAAUCAGAGUGUCUUUCCAGCAGAUGCACACUGAAAACAUCCUCCUCCUCCUCCACAGCUGGGUAAAAAAUGAAUACCGAGCGUUUAUCCCCACACUUGUUGAUACCAACCUCGACGCACGUUAGACUGUUGCUCAGCAAAAAGAAAACUUGUGAUGACUUUGCCAAAACUUAACUCGAGUGUAAGCAAAACAGGUUUUUGUCUUUCAAACGGAUGAAUUGCGGUGGACGCACACUGGUGUGUGUUCCUUUUUAGGAGGUUGCGUGAGUGUAAUCUUGCUGAGGACAUGUUUACUGUGGAAGUCCCUUUUACUCUGAGAAACAACUGAAGAGCUCGCUGACUACCUUAUGUAUACUCAGGAAGGAUUGUUUGAAAUGAAUCACAUGAAGGAGGGGACUGGACAUGUAUACAAGAUAAAAUAUAAUUACCCUAUCACCUAAAUAUUUUGCAGAGAACUAAAUAAAUAUCCCAGCGAGGAAAUGAAACCCACCUAUUGCUUCGGAGGCUCAAAGGAAUUUGUGUGAAAAAAAAAACACACAGCUCAUGAAUCAGAGCAAACAUCUCAGAUGAUAAACACAAAUAUCACAUAGUAACCAUAUUAAAUGUGACAAAUAGAAAACGGGCUCUGACCAAACAGAGAGAUUCCAGUUCAGGAGGUGACGUAGGUUUACAUGCGGAGGGAUGGAAACUGUCAUUAUCACAUUUUCCAGAGAAGUUUGAAAAACAGGAUAAAAGGUGAGGCGAUGUGUCUCAGUCCGUCUCCACUUGACGGAGCGGGAGUUGAAUGUGAAGAACAGCUGUUGUUUGUUGUUGGCAGGGAACUGUUUGGAAAGUCGCAGCAGCGCAGAGCGUGUGUGUGUGUGUGUGUCUGUGUGAACUCAUCUGUCUAUCUGCGUGAUCCUCUGUCUGCUCGCCAUGAAUCUCUGUCGACUCGUAAUUACGCGACUCGGUGAAACAGAAGAAAGAGAUCCAACAGACACUCAUCUCUCCUCGGCUGCUUCUUUUGCCAAAACACAUCGUCUUUAUGUGUCCAGCUUAUGUUGAACCAGAAACGACUUCCUCCUCCUCCACCGUGACAGUUAAACAGACUUUUCUACAGGGACGCGGCGUGCACGCCAAAACUCUGCCUGGGCCGCCUUCAUUUGUUUGCAGUGUUUAUUAGUGAGUGACAGGGUGUGUUUAUGCGUGUGCUUUCAGUAGGCCUUGGUGACCCUGUUGCCCUCGCUCACCCACCCCAGUUCUCCUCCUCUCCUGGACUCAGAGAGGGAAGUUAGAGAGGGAUUGGGUUGUAUUUCCUCAGGAUUGACUCCAUCGCUGCAGGAGGAGUGCAGUAAAGCUGUGGCUGCCGGAGAUUGAAUGUAAUCAUCUCCCUCUAAUAAGCAGACUUACAUUAAUACGACUGAAGGUUUACAGGGAUGAUGAAACUCACAGAGUCCGUCGGCAUGUCAGAAAACUCUGCAGGACAUGCAACAUCUUGAAACCUGAAAAAUCUGCAUGCUGUGAGUUACACAUGUAAAUGAAGUGCAGGGCAGUUCUCGGUUGAUGUCGACAGCUGCACUGAUUAAAAUCAAACUGAAUCUAAUCUGUCAGGCAGAUGUGAGACAGACGGCCCAAAAUGCUGCUAAUAAGUUUCCUACAGGCUGUGUGAGAACCGUCUGCAGAUGACAUAAUGUUGUGCUUACAUUUUUAAUAUCAACAGCACAGUGACCUGCUUGUGUGUUGAAAGCAUCUUUAUUAAGAAGCAGCUGAACACUUCCUUAAAGUCUGCUAGUCCUCUCAAAAAGAGUUUUUCCUCUCCUCAGAGGAUGACUGAUGGACUUACUUACUGCUUCUCCAUGUAAACAUUCAACAAAAUGCUGGUGCCACAUCGCUGCAGAGUUAUGGUCGCAUUAAAGUGUCUGCAGGCCACAUCACGACGGGAAGUCUGUCAACUUCAUCGUUAGAAGGAGCAGCCGCUGCCCCGGGAGAGAACACUGAGUUAUGACACGAAGCGUCACUUAGCCUAAUGGAUUUAAGGAACAUGACGGCUCUAUACUGAUGAUCUAUUCAUCUAUUUAUGUUUUUCAUCACUGUAGGAAGUGCCUCUGUCAAACCACUUCAAGUACCAACUGUAGAGACACCGUUUUUUCAGGGUAACUCUCUCACUCUCAUCAUGUACAACCCUGAAUCAGAAUAGCGUACUGCCCUUGCAGUAUAUGCAAACCUAGACAGACAGACAGCUAAUAUUUUAGGAGUCGUCCAAUAAUCAGACAAGGCUUGACUUUUCCUGUAUUUACUUAAGUUCCUUUGAUUUUCGUAAAAGUGAAACAUUACAAAAAACUAGAAAAGUACCCGGAGGACAUUGGUCCCAAAGAUCAUGGCCGAACCAUAUUGGUUUUCAUCCUUGUCUCUUUUGCAGAUUUGUUCAGAUUGUCUGAGUCUUUUAUUAUUCAUUGUAGUUCAUGAAAUCUCCAAAUACUUUGAAAUUUUAUGCUCAGGAACAUUUUUCUGAGAUUGUUGCAGUCGCUCACGGACAUUUCCCAUCUUUGCUCCUCAGAUUUAGCCUUUCUGGUAUGUCUUUUUAAAAUUUGAGUCGCAGGACAUGUUGUGCUGAAUCCUGACAAAUUUAAUGCUCAGUAACAUUAUUCUGAGAUUGUUGCAGGACUUUGCUCACAGACAUUUCCCAUCUUUGCUCCUAAGAUCCAGCCUUUCUGGAGUGUCUUUUAAAAUUUGAGUUGUAGUACAUGUUGUGCUGAAUCCUGACAGGAAAUUUGAAAUGUUAGAAACGCGUGUGUUUAAAAUACCUUAUGCUUAGUUUGCUGCAAAUACAGAACAUCUUCCUGUAAACGUGUAUCCAUGUGAUCCUCCAGCUGAAAAGUCUAGAUACUCAACACAAGCAUCUAUGCGAAGUGUCACAACACUACUCCCUCUGCUUUCAGGACUGUCAGUUUUAAUUACUGUUUACCAUCAGAGUGAAUUAAAUUACUGUUCCAGUUCAGCUGUCAACAAACAUGUCCAUCAUUCGGGGUGCUUUUAAAUCCCCACUGCAGCAUAAAGCAGCUAAAAAUGUCCUCUGUUUUCUUGAAGCUGCCUCUGGUGCAGCCCUCUUCCCGUUUCCUACCCUCAGACAGAAAAAAAGGCGUUUGAAAAGAUGAAGUUUUAGUAUUUCAUCAGUUUCCAACUGGUGCUGUAAAGUUGAAGCUGUAGACUCGACUGCGUGCCUCACCACAGAUCUGGCUCCCCCUGCUGCGCCGGGAAACUCAACCAUUUUCAGCCCAGUCUCACUUAAACAUGCCGUGAAGCGCAGAGUCAUACUGCCUCUGUGUUUUUCCCUACAUGUCUGCAUCCACGUCUUUUUAUGUCAUAAAGCCGCUGAGCGUGAUUCUGUGUGAAACUUUUUCACGCUAAUGUAAAUCGCCUGUUGGAGAAUUUCAGAUCAGGGAAGAAAGAUCAGCCUUUUGAUCGGUUCUUGCUUUAAAUGUUCCUGUUGGGAGAUAUAAAUCCAUGUAGAGGAUCAUUCAAAGGGGUUUUGGUGAAUUUGACUCCCCUGGAUUCGUCUGAAGUGAUGAAUUAUAUGUUGCCAGUUGUGAUCACAAAUUUACAGAAAGAUAGUCUGAUCACAGGCGCGAUUGAAGUCCGCUCUGAAGACCUAGUCACACUGAGAAGAGAGGACAAACUCUGGCUUUGACUUGUCUGAUGCAAAAAUCUUACAGACCUCUGGGAACCGGAGUCCAAAUCUGACUUCACAAUCUCAUCUGGGCUGUGUUUGUGCAUGCCACGCUCAGUGGGCAUUCUCCCACCCACUGCAGGCAGCUGUAGCAUUAGCCUAGCCCACAUCAGUGCCUGCACCCCCACACACUGUGCAUGUUUCGUAUUAGCUGGCCUCCCACCAACCCAGACCCUGGGAUCCACCGCCCCGGCCAGCCUCAGCAGACCAGAGCUCAGGACAGCGAUUGGAUGACAGAGAAAGAGACGAUGAGCUGAAAAAGAGCCAAGUCAGAGCCUGCUAGGUCCGGCUCUGUGGGUAUCUGAUGUGAGGUCGCCUCCUUGGAUCUGCUCAGCAAGUUUCCAGCAUCAGUUCACCUCCCACACCGGAGCCUGGGCAGGACUUCAGAGGCUUAAAGUGUCUUUAUGGGUGACUUUGGUUCAUUGGAGGUUAGCUCAGAUCCGAACUGGGUGUCAUGAAGAAUCAUGUGAGAAUCAAUCACUGUGAUUUGGUGCAUUUCCUUCCCCUUCUCUCCUCAUAUUUUCAGCCUCUCCCAAAGCUGUCCUAUCUUUAAAACAAACAAUCUUUGUCAUAUUUUGGCAUAAAUGAGAUUUUUUCUGGCGUUGUGUCCCUUGGAAUAAAAAGUCGGGUUAUGUUCUGUGUGAAAAAGUGCUUCUGGGUUAAUCAAAGUUAUAAAUACUAAACUUGGUGCGACCUUCAUGAAUCCUGAAACAAGGUAGAUAUCAGACCUCCUCCGAUCUAACUCCCCUUUGUUAUGAGAUUGUCAAUCAAAAUAAUUAUCCUUCCGCGCUAAAACUGGCAAUUAUCUUUGUUUUCUGUCCCUUGGCUGAUUAUCAGUCAGCAUGUUAAAGAAAAUAGAAGCAGGUUUGUUUCUCCUGUUUGACCUUUAGAAAAAGAAAAAAAAACAGGUAAUGUUUAAAGGAGGAGCGGUUCCAGAUGGCAAAAGGUGAACUCCAAACUCAUCAGCUCACAUCUACUGGGGUUUGUUUCAUAUUAAUCCAACCAAAAGUAAAACCAAGGUUGAGAGUUAUUAUCCUUGAUAUUAUAAGCUGAGUUUUUGCUUAUCCCAGACUGUGAGUGAAGACCAAGGUCAGAAACAUGUCUGGCACGCACGUCCUUCCCAGGCUCCCCCUGCUAACCUACACUCUAAAUCAUUUACUGGAGCUUCUACAUAUAGGCUAGUAUGUGAAUGUACAUUUUGGUAUUUCCCACAGAAUGAUGCUCUACCUGUGGAUGUGGAGUUGGUAAAGGGGAGAAGGGGAAGCUUGUUAGAGAUGUAGUGCAACGAACUGACACACAGUGUAAAAUACAAGAGAUAACGAGGGUGAUGGGAAACAGGUGAGGAGACACAAUCAGGCGGCAGGUGUGACAAGACGGGGACAGGGCAGACCAGACAGGAACAAAUGUACAAGACAAAAACAAGGGUAAUGGGGCGCUCACACCAAGAGUGAGUAAAAUCAUCUACUCGGCGGGAUCAAGUGACAGACAAAGGUUUUUUAGUUUUUUUUUUUCUACUGUCAGAUAUUGUAGCUCGCUAACUUUGCUUGGGCUCGUGAAUGUUAUUCAAGGAUGGGGACCGUGCCUCACAAUCAAUCAGCACUAAGGAGCAGGGUCCGCCUUAGAACCAAUCAGGUUGGGGGAGGCGGAGAACGGCUUUGUUUAUAGUCAGAUACAGCAGGCUGAUCAAAAAUGUUAAAAUGUUGACUAACAAAACACAGCGAUAUCGUUAAAUUACCAAAUGUCAUCAAUAACUAAUAACUAUUGACUGAUAUUAAAAGCUUUUUAAACAGAAUCCUGCGUACAUCACCUUUAAGACAGCUCCUUUAUUUCCUGUCUUACAAUAUUGGACAAACUGAUUUAACCAGGUGUGACUAAUCACUGUGAUUACUCAGACACACCUGGAUUAAUUAGCUUGUCCAAUAAUGUAAGACAGGAAAUAAAGGAGCUGUAUUAAGUUCAAGAAGUAGUGGAUCGGUGUCAUCAUGAUCAAACUCCAAAGUUUUAAAACAGUCAAAUAUUGAAUACGGUUUCCAGAUCUAAAACCUCGACCUUCUCUGUGUGGCUGCGCCGUACCUCCUCUCUUUUGCUCGUUGUGUCUUUUCUGGAAGCCUCCUCUCCUUAAAAGGUUUGGAGCUUAAUCACUUCCAGAUGUUUGCUCUAGAUGAAAGACAGGUUCUCCAGUUUCAGCUGAAACUCUGCUGAAGUUAAAAAAAAGAAAAAAACAGGCCACCUAACUUUCAACAGUGGAGUUUGUCACAACUCUUUCAGUGCAAACUACAAAGGGCGCCUGUCUGUAUAUAGUAUGCAUGUGUUGUUAGACUUAAAAUAUGUUUUUUAUUAUUAUUAUUCCGACAGUUCAGAAGCACCUGAAGGCGAGUCUGAACUUAACUCACUAACAAAGAUGUUUUUUUAAUAUCAGGACACAAGUUGUUAGAGCCUUUCACACGCUGACAUGAUGCUUAUUUACCAAAGGUUCAUCAGGGUGAAUAUUUGAUAAUAAAAACAAGACUUGGACCUGAUUAGUGUUUUAGUUUGGAAACGCUUCUCAGCCUUUUAUUGUUUUUUUUUUUAACAUGAUGCCAAUUAAUGAGUUGAAAUUCUUGACAUCAUUAGCCACCAGAAAUGGAACUACUUAUUAAAAGCAGAAGAAGUCAAGAAAAAGUAUUUUUCAGGCUCGUGUCUUUGAGUUAUUUUCAUGGGUAAUAACAAAAAUGGAGCUAAAGAAGGUACUGUUCUCCAAAACAGAGUCUUAUUCUUAUCUACAGGAUGAGGUGGUACAGCGUUUCUGAGUAGAAGAUAAGUGGAAAAAUUGAUCAAAUUCAUCUCUAAGAAGAGAAUGAUAUCUACCUGAUGGUUUUUUAAUUUCAUGUUAUAUCAGGUUAUAUCAGCAGACUGACUCUUUACAUGCUCCGCCACACUCAGAGACUGUCACGCUCACAUUUUCCAACACUAUAGUUGUUCUGGUGAGCGAUGUGUGAGAGGAAAGGAGCGAGACAGAAACCUUAUCCUGUCCUGUGUCUGCACUCGAGCCGCGAGUGGAAUCAUACCCCUGUCUGCUUUAUGACCUCCCCUCUGUUCCUCUGCCAGGCAUGUGGACCGUACAACAUACUAACCUGCUGCCCUCAGCCUCGAACCUCCACGUCUUUCUCAGAGACAGAUGAAAAGCUGCAGCUCACGGGGCCAACGCUGAUUAAGAAAUCGAUACUUCUUUGUCUCCUUGAGACAGAAAAUAGUUCCCAUUGCACCCCUGAAAGAGCCGAGACAAUCCCAUCCUGAGAAACUAGGACAGGAGGAACUGCCGGGGCCAGAAUUUGAAGUUCCUGCUACAAACAAGUCAGAAAAGUUGCUCUUUUUUUCCCAAAGGCAGCUAAAAGUUACUCAGACUGGGAAAUUUAAUCCUGUCAGACCAUAUAAUUCAGGAAAGUGUAUUAUAAAGCUUUAUCUGUUAUCAUGUUUAUCCUUCAGACUUUACUCGUGUUCAUCCACAGCUCUGCUCUGGUUAGAUCAUUAGCCCCGGCUUGGACAGUUGGAAGUCAUUUCCACCCUGAAUGGACAGCUCUGGAUGAUAUGAUUUGGCAACUGGCGCAUGCGUGUAUAUUUUUGGAGAAAUCAGCGUGAUUAAGACGGUUACUGACCCUGACAGUUAUACUAUGUUUUACCGGGAUACCCCGAUACAACAGCUGUAUUUUAAUGGACAUCUGGACGGACAGAGUCUGACAGGUCUGGAGGAGAUUAUUCAUGUGGAGUCACGCAGGGAUAGAGAUGGAGGUUUUUGCCAAUUUGAAUACACUUCGACAUGAGUCCACAUCACCUUUCUCUGUUAGAAACGCUGCUCUGCUGAUGCCGCUGUGAUGUUACGGUUAAUCAAGAAAUUUUAGCAUUGAAACUAUGUAUUUGUGCAUUUACAGAGUGAAAUUUUCCACAGAUAUAUGACAAGAGGCAGCUUUCAAAGGUUUCUGUCAUUAUCAGAAGCAUCUCGUCCUUCCUAUCAGCGAGGCAAAGUAUAUGCAUGAUUAAAAAAGCAGAAUCAGGAGCUUUUAAAAGUUGACCUCACAGUUCGUGAUGUUCCUCUGAAUGUAUAAAACACCAUAGAUGAGCCUGUCAGAAAAGUAAUUGCGCCUAAGGGAAAAUCUUCUAUCUGCUCUGGCUGUUUCAUAUGACGUCGACCUGCUCUGUAUACAUAAGUAGACAAGCUGAAGAACACAAACAGGCAGCUGGGAUGAUUCUUCAACAUCGUUCAUUCUGUUUCAUCUGGGAGGCCCUUUUGAAAUUUCAUCGCUUUUAUCGCACUUUUAAAAAGCAGCCAGACAUCACAGGCCACAGUUUGGCACAAUGUAAUGUCACUCUUUUGCAGACCUUACACAUCUCUUAAACUAUGCAGUGAAGAUUUCUGCUUUUUUGUCUCCUGAGUAACCACAAUCUUUCACAUAUGGUUGGUGGGGAUCCAGACGAUAGUGUCUGCGCGGCGACUGUUUGUUGAGAUAUGAUAUAUUGGUCAACAGUGUGUGGGCCCUCUUCCUUCCUUCCUUCCAACGGUCCGGUGUGGUCUCUGUCUGCCUCUUUACUGUGGUGGUGGACAAGUCACACAGUCUCUGACCUGCCUUUCUGCUACUUAAGUGCAAAGUGAAAGAGGCCUUGAGGAGGUCUCCGCCUCUCUCUCUCUCUCUCUCUGUCUCUCUGCUCUCCUCUGAAGUGAUGCCAGGACAAUAGAGGGAGAGGAGUGUGCACGGCCUCGCACCAGCUGUGAAAGCUCAAAGCAACUCUCAGUCCAGAUUUCUGCAACUCGCCUGCUUGUUUGAUUUCUUUGAGCCUACGCUUUCCUCCUUCGCUUUAUUGUCUUUUAAUGAUCUCCAUGUCACUCCAUCAAUCUAUGACAUGCUACAUCCUAUCGCUCUUGUGAAGCUAUCGCAGGCCUGAUUGGUCAUGUGUGUGAAACUGUUGUUAUAUGGGUUAUUUGCACUGGGACAUAAACAUACACUGGGGUAAAAGGCGUUUGGUCAAGCUCUGUAUCUUUGUGUUAUUUUUGUACCUCUCUCCGGGUGACUUUGUGUUAUUACUCGGCUUUAAUCCACCUGUGAGUCAAAUAGCAGCUCAAUCAUCUUUGGUCCAAAUUGUGCUAUUACACGGACACUUUCCUCCUGGUGUAUUUUAAGUGUCUCAUCAUCAUGAUUACCUGUGCCAUCGAACAAAAGCAAGCGUGCUAGUAACUUAGAGCAGCAGCUCAGCUUGCAGUCUCCAAAUGUCUGACGAAGAACUGCUCCACUAAGUGUUUUAACGGUUUCUGUAACUGAGCUGCUCGGCUAUAAAGAGGACAGGGAUGUUUUUGUGGGUGUUUUGGUUCUGGGUGAAGGUAUCAUGACCUCAAAAUAAAGUGAGAAGCCACAAAAGAAGCUAAACUUUCAGUCCUACAGACAGGUUUAGUUUUACCUGUGGACCUCUGGUAAUCUGUGGUUUAACCCCUGAGGUCAGUGUUUGGUGUGGCUCAUUCACACAGGAUUAAGUGCUGUAUAUAAUAAUACACAUAAACUCACUGGCAUCUCUGAUGUAAAAUGAUGACAUCCACCUUGUCUAUUCAGCACACAGCCUGCUGUAGAUUCAUAACAAGUCGAAGACAUCCUCUAAGAAAGUGUAUUAAAAACUUGAGGAGAUAUUGAUCAUGUCUGUGUGGGUGAUUUAGUCGCUGCCAAACCAAGCCACAAUAAAUUAAGUGCUGUGCUCUUUAAUUAUAAAACAGCAAAAAACCUUUAACCCAUUUGAAAGACAGGAAAUGACAACGGGGUCUUUGGAAGGGAUUCAAUUUGCAAACCGGUCUCUAUAAUAUUUGGUGAAACGAUUGAUCUGAAUUAGCAAUCAAAAUGCUGUAUAAAUAGUCUCAGACGACCCCUGUGUGUGCCAGAAAAUAUAGUUUCUUACUUUUCAGGUUACAGACAUAGUCAGUUCCAAUGAGAAGAAAAAAAAAAACAGUUAUCUGCCACACUUAUUAAAAAACUUCAAAGAGGAUUAGGGCCACAAGAAGAGACAAAAAUAAUUUCAAUGGGGAGAUAAUUUUAAUUUCCAUUUCAAGGUUAACGUCCAAAUUUCGAGAUUAAAGUUGAUGUUUAAAAACAUCAAAAUUUCAACUUUAUUCAUGUUAACAUAAAUCUAGAAAUUUGAACAUUAAUCUUGAAAUUUCAAUUUUUUUUAAUCUCAAAAUUUUGACUCAUUAAUGACAUUUUGUGAUUGCGAAAUUUCGAUUUAAGUCUCGAAAUUUCAAUUUUUAAUCUCGAAUUUCGACUUUAAUCUCAAAAUUUGAAAUUAAUAUCAACAUUUUGACAUUUUGACAUUUUGUAAUCUCGAAAUUUCAAUUUUAGUAUUGAAAUUUUAAAUUUUAAUCUCAAAUUUCGACUUUAAUGUUAAAAUUUAAAAUUUUAAUCUGGAAAUUUCGACUUUGUUGACAUAAUUUUGACUUUAAUCUCUAAAUUUCAAUUCUUUAUCUUGAAAUGUCGACUUAAUUGACAUAAUUUAGAUUUUUUUAAUCUCAAAAUUUCAACUAUAUUGACAUAAUUUCAAUUUUUUUAAUCUAGGAAUUUCAUCUCUUCUCUCCAUCCUGUAAUAAUUUGUUCUCUUCAUGUGGUCCUAAACCUCUUUUGUACAAAUCUGAGGUGUUUAGGUAAUCCAAUCCUGUACAAAUAGAGUUAAAUGUUCUGUCACUGGUCAAAAGUGUCAGGAAAACACCGAUUCUAACUGCGGCUUGACAUUUUCAAUCGUCGGCACUUCUUAAAAUACAUUUGGUAUACUCAGUCAAAGCUCUCUUCCAGUAAGAUAACACAGGGCUCAGACAUAAACUUGUUCUUCGGAGUCUCAGAGAUGUCAUCGAGUAUUGUCUGAACAUUCUUGUGUGCCAGAGUUUAAUCUGGCCCAGAGUCACAGGAGCCACUGCUGGCUACUGACUGGCUGGCUCCUCCUGGUGAAUACAAAGAAGAGUUUGAUAUAAUCAGGGUGCAGAAAGAACUCGGUCUGACUGUUUAGCUCCGCAGGCAUCUGAAGGCUGUGAUGAGCAAUGGCUUUCCCCUGAGUGUUUGUACAUUUGUGUCUCUGCUUACGUAUCGAAGGUACACUGAACGGAUGAUUGCAUGCGGAGUUUGAUUGAUGUGUGUGAUAAUUUCCCAGUUGGCAAACAUUUCCACGCACACUCCGUCAUUUGUGGCCUAUUUGGAUUGGCAGAGGCGCGGCCCUGAUUGGCUGGUUUCACUGAUGACUACGUGAGACAGAUUUGUUUGACUGGGCACUCUGAAAUACGGGGAGCGUGAUUAAAAACUACAUGGCCUUCAUUUCACCCUUUGUUGGCCUCAAUGGUUUCAGCUCGACAUCAUUCAUUUACUCGCAGGUUUUUUACUCCACUUCUUUUUAACCCAGAGCUUUUUUUCACAUGACUGCACACUGAUAAGGGAUAGAGGAGGAGCCGCUUGGGCAAAUAAGGACACACUGACAUAUAUUUGCACGUAUUAUCUACAAAAAUGCAAGAGCAAAAGCUACAAAGCCACAGGGACGAACACUUACUUUAUGAGAAUUUUAACUCGGGCUCUAAAAAUAGACAGCAAUGAAAUCCUGGGCUUGUUCUUUUCCAGACCUGGCUCUUCCUCAGACCACAAAGUGAGGACAUUAGAUGGGCCAGAACAUUCUGGAGCAUCCAAAACCUCAGGAUCAUUAUUCUAUUUGAAUGUAAUAUACAUAAAUACACAAAGGCAUGCUCUCCCCUGUGAAUCCCGCCCGCCCUCCUGAUUGGACUCUCAGAAAGUCUCCUUUAAAAGACUCCAUGAAUCUGAUGGGUGCCAGAGUUGUCUUUGGAUUGCCCCGGCUUGUUUUACUAAGAAGACGGCCAAGCGUUGCCUUUCCCCCGCUGAUAAGACAGCUCCCAUCAUGCCUCACUCACAUAUUCAGAGUGUAAGGAGAAUACUGCUGGCUGCUGCUGCUGAUGAUCUAAGAUUACUCCUGCUUUUGAACUUUUAAUCCGAUAGAGGUGGAGAGUUUGCAUAAUACCUGUACGCUGAAGUGGAAGGAGGGAAAGUUGGUGGGAAAGGCAGCGAGAGGCCCUUAUAUCCUUGUCAAGAAGGAGUACUACAAAGUGUUUGGAGGUAUUUUCUCCUCCCCUGCAGAGUUGGAGAGUUUCGACUGACUGGAAAACAUUAAAUGACUUUUUUUAGUUAUGAAAUGUUUCCAUCCUCCCAUGAGUGACUCUGCUAAUAAAAGGCUCAGGAUUUGAACAAGAACAUAUAAGAAAAAGGAAAUAUUUUGAGAAAGAUGGAUGUCUGUGACAUUGUUGCUGAACUGCAGCAUUAAACUUCAGUCUUAAUCCAAGAUUUAGCGGGAAUCUUGUUACAUCUGUUCAGAUUUACACUCACUGUUUAAUGGAUUUAUCCCAAUCUUUGAUGCCAGAGGCCACAUUAUGUAAGUUUAUCCUCUCUCAGGGUCUACGGUUUGGAGUUUGACUAAUUGUGCGGCUCAUUUUUCAUUUGCAUACGGCCUCAUUUGUCAUUUUUUUAUGGGUGGGCAGCGAGUAAUAAUCUCCUGGACAGACGAGCCUCCGUGUUCCAGUAAGAUGACACUGAUAUGCUGCUAUUAACUCUGAAAUGAGAGUGGAAUUGAAAUCUCAGUCUCUCCGGUUUCCAAAACAGACUGAUUGCUGCAGGCAUUAUUCUUACAGUGGUUAGGAUUUAUGCAAAUGUGAUUGUGCGGUUUAUAAGCUUACGGUAUAUUCUUCCACAAUGUCGUACAAUUAACUCAUGGAACAUAUUGUUCUUGACAAAACACGGCUCCAGAUAUCUUCACCACUGGAAUAAGUGCAGUUAUUAAAGCACUGGAUCCCCCUCAUGUAUAUUUAUUUAUCUGUAUUUGCAUCAAAUCGUCAGCCUCUCUUUAAAAUCUGCUCUUCACCACCCACUGCUCAAGACAGACUUCAAGAAAACCUUUAUUUCAGUAGAAACAGAGAAUUUAAAUGCAGGAAUCAUCAUAGAUUCAUUUGAUAAAGAGCUCCCACUUCACCCAAAGAGGCUUUCAGAUGCCUUUUUUCUCUCUCCUUACAUCUUUUUCUUCUUUUUCCUCUUAAGCUUUACCAUUUUGUCUCUUUCUGAACUGUAUGUGAGCCCGCUUUGUUCAGAAGACUAUGGCUGCUUGUAACUCAAAUGGAAAAACAAGAACAAGCCUCUCGAAAUUGCUGCUACAUCCACUUGCUGUCAUGAGUUGGUCAGAAACAAGAGGGGAAAUGUUUUUCUUUUUGGAAACAUUGCAAAGGUGUUUUUUUUUUCUGAGGUAUCACUAAAACUCCCCUUCAACUCUCCCUCCAGCUGAUAUUCAUCACACAACUGAAAAUAAAACAACCUGUAAAGCUGCCUGGUUGUUAUGAAUAACUUGUCCCCCUGAAAAAUGAUAAAACUCCGCAGCUAGCUGCAGCCUCCGCGCGUUAAAAGAUGGAGUAGCUUUCUUGCGUUGCUCUUGGUUUCCUCUUUCUUCGUGUGGUUUAUUAUUCUUCUCUUUGGCCGGUGGCCCUGCGAGCUCUACAACUCCCGUACUCCUCCACGGCGCUCCCCCUCUGUCAGGACUUACAGUCAAUAGUUUGGGCCGUGCUCUCUGCUGAGUCCCCCGUCUACCAUCUGCUCAGGAAAGACACGGAGCCUGAAUUACUGCAGCCAAACUUUCAUCACCUCCAAUGAAUGAUUUCCAUCUACUCACACUUCCACCAAUGCCAUCUUUUAUAAAGUCGGCUUUUGAUGAUAAGCAUGGCUCGCCGUAUUUUUCUUGGCAAAGUUCCUGAUGACUGCUCGCUCUCACACAGAAGAAGAGGCUCCCUGCUGCUGAGUGGAAGAGCACCAGAGCAUGAAUCCAGCCUCCAAUUAGUGUUUCCCUUAAAAGAUCCAUUUAUAAAAGAUGGAAGGAGAAUUCUAAUCAACUUGUGAGGUUUAACCCGACCGUAGUCCCUCGCAAACUGCGAUCCACGGCCAACACUUGCAAACAAUUACACUUCUGGUACCAAGGGGCCCAUUCUGAUUGGUGUAUUUGCCUUUCGCUGUCUCGGGAGAUGGUGUAGUAAUUGAGUCGGCUCCCUGGCUGAUGUCUUGUGUGCCGGUUUUAUAGCUUCAGCAGUUCCAGCCCUCUGUAGAUGUGCGGCGUUAUUAAAACCAGACCGCGAACGGGACAUUACAUUAGAGUAUAAUGCGCUGCACUGAGGCGUACUGUGUGGUAUCCCACUGCUCCCCAGCCGUCCCCGUCACUGUCCUCUGCAGACAGACGCCGCUCCUGUAGCAGUGCAGUUUCUCCCUGCUGGCAGCUCCCCAAAAGUCUGCUGAAGUCAUUCUCCUUCCUGCCACCCUCUCUUUCAUUCCCUCAGAGCCUCUCUCUGCCAAAGGGCCUGUUUGGCUUCAGUUCUGGCUCAGAUAAACAAGAAAGAGCGGGUCCAAAAAUGUUUUCCAAAGCCACCUGGUAUGGCGUUUGGAUGUGUGGAUUGCCAUCUUUUACUUUCUUCUAAUAGAUUUAAGAGAUGAACCUGAGUGACUUUGGUCUAAUGUAUGGAAAUGCUUCAAUUAUACACUGGAAUAUCUCCCGUUUAUCUGUAUAAAUCUUAUUUUUUUGUGUCUUUUAUGUCUCUGUAGGUGACUGCGACUGAUUCAGACGGAGGUUCCUUUGGCUCCGUCAGCUACUCCCUCGGUUCUGGCAUCAACAGCGCCGUUCCCUCUCAGUUCACCAUCAGCAAAGAGACGGGGCAGAUCUGCACCAGCGCUGACCUAGACCGAGACGAAGGACCGGCCAGCUUUGAUUUCACUGUAACUGCAGUGGAUGGGGUGAGCCACCGAGUUUUGAAAUCAUGCUUAAUAUGAAUCCAUUGAGCCAGAGAGUAAUCCAAUAAACAGCAGCCGUACUUUUCGUAGAGGCAGGAGAGUAAAGACACGGCCAACUGUGCAGAAAAACUCUUGAUUGGAGCAGCCAAGAAAAAAAAAGUUAAAGCUUGAAUGGUUCUCCAUAACAGGCUUACUCAAAAGUUAGUAUAUCCUGUUCCCUUCUCUGCCAAAUCAUACGUGAAAAAACGAGAGGUUUAAAAUGAAAGUAAAUUACUGCGGCCAUGUUAAAGCAAUCAGAUGGAGAAAUGCCUUAACUGUCAGGCUGUAAUAUUUUAACAAGUUGGACUGCAGCCUCCCUCGUUUUUGCCACCUGGUCCAAAUGAAAAGCCUACACUGUGUUUUCUGCAAAUGAAUAGCCUAUGAAACAGAUUGUUUGGUUGCGGCGAGCACUCUCACCUUCUACGGGUCAUGACAUAUUACUCUUCCCGAGGGAAACUAUCAAUCUGUAGUCCUGCGAGAACCUGCUGGGACUAUAUUUUAAAGGCCGCGCUACACAUUCACAUUUUAAAAGGCUUUUCUGCUGCUUUUUCCUCUCGCCAUGAAUGUGGCCUUAAUCCCGCUCUCAGGUGUGUGCUUUUUACAGUUCGUGAUUUAUUGUCUGUGAGGGUAUAACAAAAGAGCUUUUUGUUUCCUCUGCAGGGCGGACUCAGCUCUGUAGCCUACGUGAGGGUAGAUCUGGUGGACAUAAAUGAUAACAGACCCGCCUUCUACCCUGUCAGCUACGCCGUCAGUUUGAGCACGCAGAGCGCUCCCGGGACCUCUGUUGUCAGGGUGACGGCCUAUGACCCCGAUUCAGGCGAGAAUGGCAAAGUUACGUACAAAACAGUACCCGGAGGAGCUUCGCCGUACUUCACUCUCAACAAAGACACAGGUUGGCAGGAGAGCUUUUCUACGAUCUUCAUAUACACCCAACUAUACUUUAUGUGAUGGACUGUUAGUAGGAUGAGGUAGAUGGCUGGAUCAGGAUUUUUUUUACUACUUAGAGUGUUCUCAGCAGUCUCUAAGUUGUGAUUAUGAAGUUUUUUAUCCAAAAUCACAUUACUUGUGUAAUUUUCAAGGGCUUUUCUUCUGCAGAGCUCCAGUAACUCAUUAGCCUCUGAGUCGUGGGCAGAGAGAGCGCUUAACUUUCUUAUGAGCAUCGCAACCCACUAACGCAAAGGCUUGUUCUACAAUUGUCCUCUCCAUUUUUACAAGUUUGGCCUGAAUAGUGGGGCUCUGGGGGCGGGGCUUGGAUUUGUGAUGUAGGAAAUCUCACUGUGUCUGAACCUGCCAUUUGAGUCUGCCACUUAUUUUUCUCAUGAUAUGCCCUGUAGCAUCAGAAAAAUGCCGUAUGAACAUGUAAAAAACAUGAUUUUCAUCAGAGUGGGUCUUUAAAGAAAAAGAAUACAAGAAAAAAAUAUCUCCUGAGUGAUUGGGUUAAUUUGCAACAGAUUAGUGAGAUGAAAGUGAAUCAAAAGCAUUUUCAAAGAGGCUGAAGGUUUUGAGGGUAAAUAAUGAAGAGGAUUACUAGUCAGUGAGAGGCUGUGAGAGAAAAUAAUUUAACAACCCACUGAGUAUUUUUUGGUCUAAAAAAGGUCUAAUAGAAGUCUAAAUGUAGCCUAGAAGACUGGUCUAAAAUCAGGCUACCACAGGUCUAAAAACAAAAGUUUUUUAGAUGUCUAAAUUUAGAUGAAGAUCAGACCAAGUCUAAAUCUGGGCUAUAUCUAUACUACAUUGUAUAUUGCUAUAACGGCUAUCAUAAUUAUUUUGGUUAAGUACUUGGAGAUCAGUUAUGCAACUCACAGUUGCUUUUUGAAAUAAAUAGUUAUCAAGAUAUGGGUUAAAGUGCAACAUCUAAAUUCUGUCUAAAAAUAUACAGAAUCUAGACGGUUGAAAUUAGGUCUUAAAAAAACUAGAUGUCUAAUAUCUGUCUAUUGCUCAGUGGGAUUUACAGACUCAUAUUCAUCUGCACUCAUUUGAAAGGAAUAACUAGAAAAUAAUUUAUUUUAUUCAUUUCAUUUCAAUUCAAAGAAUCUGGAGAAACCUCUGUAUAAAAGGGGCAGAGCUAAAAAAUCAACACUAGCAGACUGAUUUUUGAGCCCUCAAGCCUCGCUGCUUUAAAAUCAGACCUGGCUUUGUAGUGGUAAUCGCUACAGGGACUCAGAAUAACAUUCAAAACCCUUUGCCCGUGAACAGUUUGCUAAUGCAUCUACAGAAGCAGGUAAAAACUGUACUGUGCAAAGAGGUAAUCAUUUGUACAGAAAUGCCAGUGACUCCUCUGGGCCAAAACCUGGUGGAGAUGGACUGAGUGGAAAACUUUUCGGUGAUCUGACAUUUUAUUUUUGGAAAUCAUGGACGCCACACCCUCAGCUCCUAAGUGCCCACGGUGGGUAACCGACACAAACAUGAAGGCACCAUGAAUGCUGAACAGAAUAUAAAGGUUUCUUCUCAUAAACUACAUAAACACAAACAGUUUCCAGUGUUUUGUUAUUGUUUUAUAGUAAAAGGGAUUGUACUUCCUGUUUAAAGCUCCUCUUCGGUGUCCUCUCUGCAGGUGUGAUCUCCCUGUCUCGCUCUGUCUACGGGAAGGCGAACUCUAUCAUUCCCAUGAUCAUCUCCGCUCAGGAUGGAGGGGGUCUGACCGCCCUCGUCAACGCCAGAGUCAACAUUAGCGUGGUGGCUGGACUCGUGGCGCCGCCUGUGUUUGAACAGACUCAGUACCACUUCACUGUAUCGGAGGACGCCAUGCGGGGAACAACCGUAGGCACCGUCCAGGCCAGCAGUAAGACAGGUGGGGUCGACAAAACACACCCUCUCUGUUCUUCUCUCUCACUCAGUCAUUCACUCACUCACUCUUUCAUACUGCGACCUCACAGCCCAUAUUAAAAAGUGUAAUGUACAUUUAUCAGUCACACUGGAUUAUACUGGAGAGAGUUUCUUCACUGCUCCCUGCACCACUUGUACAAACAGGCGUUGGACUACCGUACACACCUAGCUUUGAAAUACCAUCAAUCAAAAAUUCCACCUCACAACUUUGUUUAUACAUCCAUUUUCCACAUUUUUGGAGCUCGAUUACAGUCUCAAAAAUUGAAAAAUGACAUCUUAAGAGUAUACUGUUACUUGAGGGCUUUUAGUGCGGCCUCCUCGGUUGUUCUGACGUCUCUGGUUUUUGUCUCCUGUCUCCCCUGUGCAGGAACCUCCAGAGAUAUAUCUUACACAAUCAGCUCUGGGGACCCUGCAGGUUACUUUACAGUGGAUCCUGACUCUGGAGCCCUCAGGACCAGUCUGCCCCUGGAUCAUGAAGCCCAGUCAGUUUUUGAUUUGGAGGUGCAGGCCCGCAGUGGAAACCCCCCAGCCUUUGGCCAGACUCGUGUCCACAUAACCAUCACAGACAUCAACGAUAACUCGCCUGUUUUUUUCCCCUUGUCCUCGGAGUCCUUGCUGCUGCCAGAGUACACAGAAAUGGGAUCAGUGGUGUAUCGGGUCCAAGCUGAGGACAGAGACUCUGGAGUCAACGGGCAGCUCACUUUUGAUCUGUCUUCUACAAGCGGAGUCCAGAGGACCUUCAGCAUAGAGCGCAACAGUGGGGAGGUCCGACUGGUGGGGAACCUGAACUAUGAGAGUAACCCCCGUUAUGACCUGCAGGUGACUGCAAAAGACGGUGGAGUGCCCCAGCUUAGUGCGACCUUCAUGCUUGUGGUUCACGUCCAGGCGGAGAAUGACCAGGGACCCGUGUUCGAUACUCUCACGUACCGUGUGGAGCUGAAAGAAGGGACGCCGAUAAACACUCGCUUCCUGCAGGUCAGAGCUCUGAACAGAGAGACGCCUGGCUCAGGCUCCUUAAGCCCCCUGGCGUAUCACCUGCGUCCAGACGGAGACGCAGCGGGGUUUGGCAUCGCCGCAGAUAGUGGCUGGCUGUUUGUGAAGAGCGCCCUGGACAGAGAAGUCAAAGACAUGUACCUGCUGACAGUGAUGGCCAGCCAGGGUCACGGACAGUUGAAGAAGACGGGCAGCGCCACAGUGCGGAUCUCAGUGACCGAUGAGAAUGACAACUCUCCCCGGCUCACACAGGAGAGGGUCUUCAUGGCUGUGAGAGAAAACCUGCCAGCGGGGACAGGCUUUGGUCACGUGUCGGCCACGGACAGAGACAGCGGCUCCAACGGACGCCUCGGUUACCGCCUGCUGCACCCGGACCGCCACUUCCAGAUAAACUCCCACACAGGUUAAUAUUCAAAAACGUGAUGUACAGAAAUGUAUGCUGGAUUAACUUAUACUGCAGAAGAAAAUCAACAUAUUAGUGAAAAAAAAAUGCAAAUCAUAAAGAUGUCUUAGGGGAAAUUGAAAAAGAGAGCACAGCAGAGCAGGCAUGAAUAAGAGAAGCAGCUAUCUGGCUGUAACAUCACAUUUUAAUAAUGCAGCUGUUGACACAGGAGCUGAAAAAAAGAAGACUGCACUGCUGAAACUGUUUGUUAAAUUUUUGAUACCUUCUAGAUUUACUUCAUCUUCACUUUACUGGUUACAGCUGCUGUAUUUGUCUGAGCUAAAAUGUUAGCCGAACUUAACUUUGUCAGUGUUUCAUUCAAACAAGCUUUCGUCACAUAAUCUAUGAGGGAAUCAAAUUGAAAUUCUUUGUGUUUAAACUCAAUCCGUUCUGAGUAAACUCGUGAUGCCCUCUCUUCAGCUUGUGCAGAUGCCUCUCCUCCACAGCCAUGAAUUAGUCAGAUGAUAGUGACAGCAGCACUAAGAGUCUCGCAGCGCUCUAAUUGGCCUGCUGUGCCUGUUAGUCUGUGGGUGGAGACACACUUUCUGAUUUGUGAUCAGUUUCUGGCUGAGUUAUGAGCCUACAGCAUCUGCCAACCUUUCAGAAAUCCUCGUUUUCUGUGUGUGUGUGAGUGUGUGUUUGUGAGUGCAUGUACAUGAACAUCUGAACACUGUGCAUGUCCAUUACUGGUGUGUCAUUGAUCAAAGCCUGCUGGCCUCCAUGUCUCUCAUCAUUAUUCCACUCGUCUGGUCCGGUGCUUUGGCAUAAAAUCCCUCUCAUCCACCCCCUCCUCUUCCCAGGUGAGAUCAGCACACGGACUACUUUGGACCGGGAACAGCAGUCAAGUUACCAGCUGGUGGUGGUGGUUCAAGACGGAGGUUCGCCCCCUCGUAGCGCCACAGGCACAGCCUUCAUCACCGUGCUGGAUGACAACGAUAACGAUCCCACUUUCACCCACAGCCAGUCGGGCAAAAACCUCAUCAUACAGGUGAUGCCACCAGAUGAAAAGCUCUCAGAGACAGAAAAUGAAAUGUCUUUCAUGUCUUUUUUUGACAUCUGUUUGCAUUUUAAAUCUACAGGUGACAGAGGGUCAGUCCUCCGGGGUUUUACUGGGCAGCCUGCAGGCCAAAGACCCCGAUGAAGGAGAGAACGGCACUGUUUUCUACUCUCUAUCAGGUAAACAAGAGAUGAUCAUUCAUGGUUAUUGUCUCUAUUGUGUCUUAUGAUGACCUAAGAUGUAUUUAAUAUACACUCAACAAAAUAUAAACGCAACACUUUUGUUUGUGCUCCCAUUUUUCAUGAACUCAAAGAUCGAAGACUUUUUUAUCUACACUGAAGACCUAUUUCCCUCCAAUAUUGUUGACAAAUUUGUCUAAAUCUGUGUUGGUGAACACUUCUCCUUCGCUGAGAGAAUCCUUCCACCUCACAGGUGUUGCAUAUCAAGAUGCUGAUUAGACAGCAUGAUUAUUGCACAGGUGUGCCUUAGACUGGCCACAAUAAAAGGACACUCUAGGGUUAGGGUUAAGGUGCAGUUUUAUCACACAGCACGAUGCCACAGAUGUCACAGGUUUUGAGGGAGCGUGUGAUUGGCACGCUGACUGCAGGAAUGUCCACCAUGAAUUGAAUGCUCAGAUAUUUGAGAGAAGUAGAAAAAGUCUUUGAGUUCAGCUCAUGAAAAAUGGGAACAAAAACAAAAGUGUUGUGUAGGAUGAUGUGUAGUUAGUAGUUGUGCCAAAUAGACUCCUGUCAGAGUGGAUUAGACCCCUGUGCUUUGCAUUUGAGUUCGUCUGUUGGGCUUAAACUUGGCAUAAUCACUGGUUAUACUGCCAGUUACCCAGCUACAAACCCAGCUACCAACAAAACAUACAAAUGAUUUUCUUUAAAGCUAAAAUGCAUGUUCAUGACGAUGGUAUUCUUACCAACAAACUUCUUGAUUGAUUUGAGAUGUCUAACACCUGAUCAGGUUGACCCUAGUGUCCUCUAAUAAGUGGUUUCGAGGUUUCAGAUCAAGUAUUUAAGACGGUCGUGGAUUGGUGAGAAAGCUGGGUGAUAAAUCCAUUCAAAUGUACUUUGAGUGGUCGUUAAAGAAAAGUAUUUGCACCCUGUUAAGUGUUUUGACUAUAGAUGACACUCUCAAAGUUCCCUAGAGCCUUUCGGAAAUUAACUGGUGUGAAUAAUUUUGAGGUUUUUGUGCUUGUUUUAGUUCCUUAUUCGCUCUUUUUUUGUGUGUUGUUUUAAGAUCACCGUUGACUCAGUGGGUUUGCCCAUUUUUACUCCAUCAUACAUCAUUCUUACCUAAAGUUUGGACUCUGUCUCUGUCAGGUCCCCGGGCGGAGCGAUUCUCUUUGAACCCGAACACUGGGGAGCUGCGUUCAUCGUCUCCUCUCAUCCACUCGGAGCGGGCCGACUACACCCUGACAGUGACGGCCACUGACAGAGGCCUGCCUCCUCGCAGCACCUCCUGCUCUCUCACCAUUCAGGUCAGCCUCCCCCUGGAGCUCAGCCAGCACAAACACCCUCAACAAGAAUCUACUUAAUAUCAAAGAAUGGACCCGAGGCUGUGAGGAUCCACGUCUCCGGGCCUCUCAGACCCGCUGUAGACAUAUCAGCCCUCACUUUUGACAAGCUCCCCUCCCAUCUCCUCCUUUUUUCUUCCCCUGUGACUUUUCAAAAGGGAAAUUUCUAUCUGAAAUGGAAAAGUGGGUUUGAAUGAAAUACUCCCAGCUGGCUGGUGAUGAGGGCCAGCUGCAGAGCGCUCUGAUCAAGGUCAUACACAAUGACUUCAACACUUUUUUAAUACAGUAGCCCUUUGGAGAGAGAGGUAGGGCUUUACACUCACAUAAAACACUGCAUUGAAAGUAACUCAGUUAAUAUUUAAUAAAGAACAGAAAAGGACACAAUGGAAGAGCGCUGGAAGGAACUCCGUUUUUUUACUGAACGUUCCAGGAAAAUAGAGUUGCCAUAUAAACAGCUGCAGUAAGUGCCCGUCCACCUUCCCCUUUUUUCCACAAACAAAAAAUUAAAAUCAUAAUUAUUAGCUGAUUGGAUUCAAUAGUACAGUGUUGUUCUUGCCCGCUGACGCAUUUCUGUAAUUUUCUUUAAUUAUCUUCUCAGGCUAAUUUUCUAAAUCCAUCUAUGAUAGAAUUGGACUAUACCAAUUUAUUUAUGGCACAAUCCUUUUCCAUCUAAUGUGGAACCAAUUUACAGCUUGUCAAGUGAGAUUUCAAAACAAAAAAACAUAUUUUCAUGCCUACUUACUCGGAGAAUGGUGGACUGCAAUGCCAAGUACUGAUAUGACCCAUGAAGCUUAUGAAUCACUAUCUCUAAAGCCACUGAAAAUGUCACCAACAUAUGUCAUCUCUCUAUCCCUCCACCUUUUACUACUUUUCAUUAUUAAAGAAAGUAUUGAAGACGCCAGUCCUCUCUCAGUUCUCUCCUCUGAUCGUGUGACUUCUAUCAUGAAUUAUUUUAUUAUUUUCCUGGCAGCAACUUGACGACCACAUUAUGUGUGAUUAGGGUUAGCAGGCAUGCUAUUCAAGUCUAUGAAAACUUCCUGUAACUGGUUUCGUUUAUUCCCCGAGAAUACAUGCAGUACAAGUGCGUGAAGUGGAUAAAAUCUGUUUUCUCUUUGCUCUGAAUCCAUGAAAUAUUUUCAUUCUUUCUAUCAAGACUUGUGAACUUGAGUCGCUGUUUUAAAGAGGUGUCAGACUCGCCGACAAGUUGCUAUUUCCUCAAAUAUUCACGCAGUUUUUCUCCUCAUUACAGGUUCUCAGCACCAACAAGCCUUCCUCGAAGAGCAACUCCCUCUCAAUAACCUUUAACUCCGUGGAGGAGGCCAAGCCCGGUUCUGUCAUCGGUUCGGUCCGCCUUCGUGACAGAGACAGCUCAGAGGAAGGGGAGGUGACCUACAUGGUGGUGGGAGGCACGGACAGAGACGGAACCUUUGUCGUGGACCGUCAGACCGGGGAUGUGUAUCUGGCUCGUCCUCUUGACUACGAACGAGACGAGCGGUACACCCUGCAGAUCGAGGUGGAUGACUUCUCCCAGGCUCCUCCCAGUAGCACCCUGGUCCACUUGGACAUUGAUGUGGAGGACAGCAAUGACCACUCCCCUCAGUUCCCAGAAGACCCCAUCACCAUCGUGGUCUCUGAGAGCAUGGCGUCGGGUUCGUCUGUUUAUACUUUCCAGGCCACCGAUAAAGACGGCAGCGGACCCAACAGCGAGCUGAGAUACUCCAUCCUCCACCAAUGGCCGGACACUCCCGGCCUUCUAACCCUUGACCCUGCGACUGGGGUUCUAUCACUGGGCCAAGAGCUGGACCACGAGCUCACCUCCAACCUGAUACUGGUUGUCAAGGCAACAGACUCGGCUCUAGACGUCAGCCAGAGGCGCUGGGGUUCCGUCACUGCGAGGGUGUAUGUAACUGAUGAGAAUGACAACCCACCAGUGUUCAGCUCGCCCACGGCCGUCAGUGUGAUGGAGGACCAGCCGGUGGGCUUUGUGGCGCUGUAUGUUAUGGCCCGAGACGUGGAUGAAGGGGAAAACGGCAGAGUGACCUACAGCAUCCAGUCGGGGAACACUGAAGGAACUUUUAACCUCAACCCCAACACGGGUAAGUCGAUGAGUUCAGUCCAAAGAGAACUUUCAUUGAUGGGGGACAGUUUGCAUCUCAUCAUGGACAGCUGUAACCCCCAAUUUUCAUCGCAACCGGAACGGUUACGAAAACGCCAUUUCUGCCGAUCGUAGCUGAUUGUAACCAUUCAAGUUAAUGUGUCAAUUUCCAUCGGCUUCUUUCUGUUCUGCUACGGAUCACUGAACUCAGAUUAACCCGUGCUGGAAAGGAAGUCGGGCACAGACACAAAUAAAACAUCCGGCUUCUUUUCAAAAUAAAACACUAUGUGUUUCAGGCAGAUCGUAUUUCACACCAUGCAAACGGGCGGGGACGAACAAGUGAAAAGUUUUUAGACAGUAUUUCUUCCCGAUGACGCCAUUGAUGAGGGGAUGCUGAUUUUAGAUGUCUAAAAGUAGAUUUCCUCCUCUUGAAGGACGCAAUCUACUGCUCAUAUGGUUAUGUGGCUGUCUUGAUAGAGACGACUCGUUAUUGCAUGAUUGCAUGUGAAUCCACAGGUUCUUGUAAAUUCUCGCAAUUACCGCUGCCCGUAAUCUGCCACGAAAUUCACCUCAUAAACAGAUCCAGUAGUUAUUGGCAAACGGUGAAAAUCGCUGCUGUUCUGGAUCUGAGCCAUUCUGGAUAGGGUAAAAAUUCGGGGUCAGUUUUUUUUAAACAAACAUUUCCUCCCUUUUUGUGAUAUUUUAUAAGAGAGCUCUUUGAAAGAAAGUAUCUUCUGCAUUUUAGCUUCAGGAUUGUCCUCAGUUGCUCGCCAUGACUCGCCUUUGAGUGUGUGGCAUGGUGAAAUAAGGAGGUUUACACAUGCAAUGCAAUGAAAACACAUAUUUACAUCAGAUAUCAGUGAUUUCAUCAAAGCAAACAGCAGAUGGCUGCACUCUCUUUUUUUCUCCCAUUAGAAAAGGUUUUUGAAUCUCAGACUGUCAGCUGUUUGUUUACGUUCCACCAGGUCCUCUUCCUUUUGCACCACCUGUUUCUGCAUAUUGAUAAUACUUUAACCAACACCUGUUUUUAUUCCCAACACUUUAGUUUUAAUGAGUCUUGAAAAUCCCACGCUCAAGCUGAAAUAUUCUCAUUCUUAGGGAAAAAGCCAAUCGGCAUCUGUGCACCUCUGUUUGAGGCUUUCAUGGGCGUCUGAGGCGGUGAUGCCACCUCUUUAUCUUGAAUUGUACAGCAUGUUUGCUCCUCUUUCUUUGUUCUUCUUCUUCUCCUACAAUCAUCAAACAUCCUCCUCCAUAAACACACAAACUCAUGUAAUACGUCUGCUAACAUCUGACUACGGCACAACUCUUGCUUCACCUUUCAAGACUUAUUCUUCCUAGUUGGAGGCCAGACAGACGGAGCUGCCUGCCAAAUACAUAUACGACACACACACACACACACACACACACACUCACGUAAACACUUACGCAAGCAUACACAAGCACAUACACGCACACAACCCAUCAUCUGUUAUUGUGGAUCUAUUCCCAAGAAAGACCAAAGAACCUCCUGCUUGGGCUUCUGGGAACCAUUAGAGAAAGGAUCAGUUACGCCUGUUUAUGUGUGCACACGUGUGUGUGUGUGUGUGUAUGUGUGUGUAGGCAUGCACAUAUGUGUCUGUGUGCUUGCAUGAGACUCUGUCACUUAGUCAACGCUGACCUUGGGCUAUUUGGUCCUCUGGGCUUUGUUGUGGUUUUUGAGACACGUGUCCACAUCAGCUCCGCCCCCUCCUUUUGAGUCGCCGACCGGUUCGCUCCCUGGAGCAGCUGGAGGAUGGAAACAGUCAGGAGCUGUCAUGCACGCUGCUUCUCCUUUAGCCGCCUAGUGUGUGUGUGUGGACCUUGAAGUGUUCGUGCACACAGUAUAUGACAGGGUUAGCACUCCAGCACCUGGUUUGCUCCUGUUUCGGGGUCAGUGCCCAGAGACCUUGGACCAUCUCUGCACACUCUGUUUUCAUUACUUUGGCAUCACGGCUAACCACAGCAGAGGGAACUGUGAAGUUAUUAUUAGAAAUAUAAAAAGCCUCAGAGUGAGAGACACGGUCUCAUCAGUCAUUGUCAGCGGGGAGGUCAUUAAUUUCACUUUUGGAGCAAAGGGAGAGUACGCUGGUGAUAAGGUAAAUUACUUCUUCACAAAAGACAACACAUUCAGGGAUUUACACAUCAAAUGGUGAUAAAUGACUUCAGCAUAUGAGAAAAGAAAGACGUGUUUGUGGUGUGAGCAACCUCGGCUAACCCUCACGCUGCAGUCCGAAGUGUUGGCGCCACAGGCCUAACGCCGGCUUAAGAUGUUGGAAUUGGAAGCAUCCAAAAUAAAAACUUUUUCCUCUUUCUUUCCCCUCCUCUCUCUCUCCCUCUUUUUCUCUUUAUUCUCUGCCCAUGUGUUAUCUGUGACUACAAAUUCUGCAAGAUCACAGAGGAGUCAAAUUUGGUGCAAAUAUUCUUGCCCGUAAUUCCUACCAGAUUAAAGUCUUUGGGGCAAGUUAUCUCAGUCCUCGCAAGAUUCAAAGUAAAAGCACGCACAAAAAAAAAGUUAAAACCAAAACAGCGCUGGGGCCUCUUUCUUUAACAGUUGUAGCUCAUUUUAAAGCAUGAAAUUGAAAUUGAAUCAAUGCUAGCUCGAGCCUCAUAGGGCAGGAUAAUGAAAAAGCAAAAGAGUGCCCCUAAUUUCUGUGCAGCACGGCAGGCCUGGUUGUUGCGUGUCUAGGGUGUGUGUUUACUGCUUCUUUCUCGAUGGCUGCGGCACUCUCCGAUGGAAAGUCUCGUAAACUGUGGCCAGACUGUGGGGCCGUUAGAGCUGUGGUGGUGGUGGUAGCACUCAGGUAGGCAGAGCCGUGUGGGUGUGAGUGUGUGUGUGUAGGAGAUUAGCUCUGAUUUGGCCCUCACACGGCAACUUUUCACACUUGCUUUGGAAAUCACAUGACUCCACAGAACAGGGGAAAGUUGCAUGUUUUAUUGCCUUUGAUAACAUGCUUUCAAUCCUGUGUUUUUGAGUCUAAGUGCCUCUGUGGGGCUGUCGUAAAACACACGCUUACACACCCACACAGACUCACGCACACAGGAAAUCUCUUCUCACGUUUCACCCUGAUUCAUCUUCCUACAGGCUCCCUGUCUAUUUUCAAACCACUGGAUCGCGAGAUUCAGGACGUCUUUAACCUCACCAUAGUCGCCGAGGAUCACGGGAUCCCCUCCCACUCCACCAGCCAGCUGCUGUGUGUUCAUGUGAUCGACGUUAACGACGAGGUGCCCUGGUUUGAGGAGAGCCAGUAUGAGGCUCAGAUUUUAGAGAACCAGCCUCCAGGGACGAGUGUGCUGACUGUGUUUGCUUCUGAUCUGGACCAAGGUGAGAAAAAAACAGGAACACUGACUUAUUUCCUGGAGCAAACAAACAUUUAAUCCUCAGCAGAGCUCUCCCAGUCAGCACUGAGUUGGUCAUUUGUGUGUGACAUAGUUUUGGAUUCAGUCAUCAAAGUGAAGCAGCGGCUGUUUUUAACAUGAUUUGAAUGACACUGGAUACAAAAAAGUGCGUAAGUACAGUAAAUUUAAUCACAGCUGUGUUGUUUGUUCACCCAAACAUCCUCAAAACCGAUCCAGCCAAAUGUAACCUGGUUUUAACCAACACAUGCUUUUGUUAAUGGGUUUCAAAUGGUGCUGCCUCAGCAAUUAAGACAAACAAAAAUGCCUGUAUUUCUUCCCGGACGUCACGGGCUGCGUACGUGUUUAGAAAUUAACAACAUUAACAGUUGUUUUUAAUUGAAAACCACUCAGUAGGGUGGGGGUGGGGUAAAAGAAACAGCACAUUCUCCUGGACUUAGUCAGAAUCACAUAAAACAGAGGGAUUAUAAACGUUCUCUCCAAAAGCAAUCAGCGAAGUAAACAGGUGAGGUUGCCAGACUGCUUUGUUUUAGCACGCAAUCUGGCAUCCAGACUUUAAAGAGGGGGGGGUUACUGCUAAACGCUUAGACAGCAAAGCUCUCAACAAACUAGCAUACAUGUUUUUUUACAAGUCUUAACCAUCUUUAUUCUCUCAUUCAUUGUCAGUUGAUUAUUAGGAACAGAUCCUUCCCUUUAGGGCUUCAGUAACAGUCAGUUGUCAGGUUUUCUGUUUUUAUUUUUACAGCCUGUUUAUUUGAAUAACUGUGUAAUGACAAUAUGUCUUUUUAGGAACCAAUGGGCAGGUGACUUAUGGUGGUAUCUCACAGGAGGGAUUCACAGUCGAACCCGUUACAGGUGUGAUAACAACCACCAAGUCGCUGGACAGGGAGCUGCAGGAGUAUUACUCUGUGACAGGUACGUACAUUAUCUCAAACUUUCGAUCUCAGACGUAUCCUCUUAAAGAUGACUGUUAAUGUAGAUAGAUAGAUAGAUAUUUCGCCAUCUCUUAAAGAUCACUAUUAAUGUGUGUUUUUAUUUAUUCUCAGUUUAUGCAAAAGAUGGAGGCCUUCCCCCGAAUUAUGCCAAAACCACGGUGAGGAUCAGGGUGCUGGAUGAGAACGAUAACGCUCCUUACUUUGGACGCCUUUACUACAGCAUAGAGGUGCCUGAAAACCUGGAGGCUUUGCCUUUGUUCACCCUGAGGGCCACUGAUAAAGAUGCAGGUGAUAGUGGGGAGAUUAGCUACAAAAUUACAGGUGAGAUUGAAUUUAUUCGACCACUUUGUUUCAACUGGUCCUGUUGAUUUGCAGCUGUUUAACUUUUUAUUUCCUUGCAGCUGGGGAUCCAUCCAGAGACUUCAGCUUGGACCGACAGUCAGGAGUACUGUCCACCUCCAGGCCUUUAGACCGAGAGAAAAAGGCGAGCUACAGGCUGACAGUCACAGCUCAGGACCAGGGUCAGCCCCCCCUCAGCAGCACAACGACGGUGGAGGUGACUGUUAUGGACAUGAACGAUAACAGCCCUAAGUUUCAGAGCAGCAGCUACACCGCAGACAUUUCAGAGGAUGUUCCUAUCGGCUCGCUAGUUCUAGAGGUGAAAGCUGUCGAUCUGGAUCAGGGCCCCAACGGCCAGGUGAUGUACUAUCUGAGUAGUGGCUCCAAGAGUAUGUUCAUUAUAGAGCAGAACACAGGCCGCAUUAUCACCGCUGCACCCUUAGACAGAGAAAGAACCGCCUCUUACACCUUCGAGGUGUACGCCACCGACUCCUCCCCCGUGAACCCACUGAACUCCACUGCUCAGGUGACCGUCUACAUUCAGGAUGUGAACGACAACGCCCCCUUCUUCAUUCAGGACCCCCUCAUCGUGAACAUCUCUGCCGGCAGCGUGUCCAGCCGCAGAGUUCUGGCCACCAUGAGGGCAGAGGAUAAGGAUUUCGGCGCCAACGGUUCUGUGUUUUACCGUUUCGCCAACCCUGUGAGGGGCUUCACCAUCAACUCGCUGACAGGAGACAUCCAGGCCACAGAGAAGCUUCAAACUCUGACCCAAAGCCAGAGGACUUUGAUAGUUCAGGCCAUGGAUCAGGGCAACCCGGCUCAGUCCUCUCUGGGGGUGGUUAUCGUCUACAUCAGGGAGCAGACCUACAGCGGGAUUCGUUUCGCUCGGAUCGCCCGGGAUGUCAGUCUGCAGGAAAACGCAGCCAAAGGUUUGGAUCUAAUAAACUCUGACCGCUUUCCCUGGAAAUCCAAGAAUCUUUCAUCAAAAUAAUAAUCAGCAUUGUUUGUUUUUCCUCUGAUAGGAACAGUCGUAACGCAGACUCAGGCCCAGUACCCUGAUGGCUCCCAAACUGGUAUCAGCUACAGUAUUUUCAGUGGAAACAGACUCCAGUCUUUUGGUAUAAACUCCAUUACCGGUAAGUGCAAAGAUGGCAGCGUACGCUAUAAUGAGACGUUUUCCAAAUCCACAAAGUGACUCAUGGUUAUUUUUGUCAAUUAGGUGAAAUUUGGGUCCAGAACUCUGAAGGACUAGACUACGAGGAGACCCCAAAACUCCGACUUGUGGUGAAAGCCGAGACGGCAUCCUCUAGCUCCUACAUGGCUGUCAACCUAAUCCUGCAAGACGUCAAUGACAACCUACCUCGCUUCCAGCUGCAGAACUAUGUGGCCUACAUCAGAGAGGCACAGGGCUACGAUUUCCCCAUCAUCCAGGUGCAGUAGCCAGUCUCACACACGUUUAUUAUCCUUGGCUGAUGUUUAUGUGUGGAGCUGUGGAGUAAAACGAAGUGAAGGACAAGAAAUCUGGAUAUUUUCAGGACUGCUAUAGAAUGUCUUAUCUCAACAAAACACUCCACUCGGACCGUUUGUGCCGUAAAAGCCGGUCCUUUUUUACUUUUGAUGACAAGCCCGAUAUUUCUGAUGAGUUCAUGGUCCUCUGAAGCAGCUGGUGCAAAUAUUUCAGUGUUUUUCAUUUCUACAUUGUGGUGGCGAUUCCCCUCAGGUUGCUGCAGAUGACUUGGACCAGGGUCAAAAUGGUCAGGUGACCUACUCCAUUAGGUCGUCAUCCAUGAGUGGCUUGUUUAAGAUCGACCCGCUGACGGGCAGCAUCACCACUGCGGCCAUCAUGGACAGAGAGAUCUGGACACAAACCAAGUACGUCAUCUCUUUUUCACACUUUUCAAAUCUUUAUCUGUCAUCACUAGGGCUGUAAUCAACCAAAGAAACUCUUAAUCGAUUACAAUUCUGAAAUUUUUGACCAAAGAUCGAACCCAAAACCCUUCUGCGAUGGGGGACGACACGGCCCAAGAAGGCAAUUAAACAUCUAUUUCCCGCCAUCUAUUUUGAUGAAAUUCUGCCACACGGCCGAUGUCUUUGACAGGGAUGGUAGAGGAUGACUCACAUAAAAGCUGAAAUGCUCAAAAUAAAAAUAAAUAUACAGAAAACCAUCAGACAUUGAUUAAUGUGGACGCUCUUCAAUCUCCCUGUCUGCAGCCAGUCUCCAGUGGGUUGGGGGAAUCCAAAAUGGUGAAACUGAGACAGGCUGUUCCCUUGGAAACAGGGGUGCUCUGAAAAUACCCCCAUAAGCACUUGGUACAUUCCUCCUGAUGAAAUUAACCAUAGACUGUAAAUUGACAUGGAAAAAAAUCAAGAAUUUUGGUUGACGCAGCACGAAUCGACCAAUAAGUAGGCCAGUCAACUAGGACUUUACAGCCAUAGUUGUCAGAUCCUGCCUAGUGUUUAAAUUCUUAAUACAAGACAAACUUAAUAACUUUUUUUCACUGUAUCCUGAAGGGCUUUUGCGGUUGGAAAUGUUAUGCAACUAAGUUCAUUAAAGCUCAAAGUUAAGUGUCUGUCAUUUAUUUUGUGGCUUUAGGCUUGUUGUUACAGCGACAGACCGGGGAACUCCACGGCUUGCCGGCUCCGCGACCCUGACUGUCAUCAUCAUCGACCUCAACGACAACAGUCCUAUGAUUCCUCUGCCUCGAGAGAUCCGAGUGCCCGAGGGUAAGUCAGCCUCACAGCGAAAGUUGGUCCAGUGAUCUUAUCUGAAAGCCUCAUCUCACUCUGCCCAGCAGCUCGCUCAGCGAGGCUUACUGAGAAAUUCUGACCUUGUUAUAUUUGUAAAAAAAACAUCACUGAGUUUCUGUGUUCAUUUCCCGUCUAUUGGAUCAAGGUUUCCCACAACAGGAAUAUUUCUUUGCAAGGACACAAAGAGUUUUUCCGUAACUCUCUCCACAACCUCCGCUCGUGUUUAAUGUUUGCUCUUUUCUAUCUCCCAUUGUAUCCAUACAGAUACUCUGGUUGGCACGGUGAUCACUCAGGUGACAGGAAAUGACGUGGACUCGGGUCCAGCCCUCUCUUAUACCCUACACCUGGAGGCAAACAGCCACGGGAUGUUCGGGAUUCAUCGUUUUGGAGGAGGGGUGUCUCUGACCGGCCCUCUGGACUAUGAAGAGAGAACGUGGUACACUCUGACCAUCCGAUCAUCGGACUCCAAACAUCAAAGCGAGGCCAACCUCACCAUCUUGGUGGACGACGUCAACGAUAACGCACCUGUCUUUACACAAGACUUGUAUCAGGUACAGCUCAGAUCACUCCUGCAUAUCCUCCAUCAUUAAGAGUGUUUGUACUGAACUCUUGUUUGUUUAUCGUCAGGUGACUGUAUCAGAGCACCUCCCAGCAGGCAGUGCCGUCGUCACGGUAACAGCCACAGACUCUGACUUCGGGGAGAACGGGAGGAUUACUUACAGAGUAAUGUCAUCAACUAAGGGAGUCUUCCGAAUUGACCCGAGCAACGGUAGGUUUCUGAUUAAUGUAUGUCUUUGUGAAGCCUGUUCUCGAACCAGAGCUCUCGUAAUUACCCUUCAUGAAAAAGUGAUCCCCGAGGCUCUACUCGGACAGACUUAAGAGGUUUAGACAUAUUUGCAACAGGCAUUGCGAAAUAUUUAAUCAUUUUGUUCAUUAAAGUCAUUGAAAAGCCAGAGUCAGUGUUAUUUGGCUCAGAUGUUGUGGUGAGAUAGCAUCUCUAUAAAAGCAUGUUAUAAAAGAGGAGUCUUCAGGCCUCAAGGUAUUCGUCUUCAACUAUUGUUCAACUUCAUGUUUUCUCUUUGGUGGCAAACCAAAGUAUGCAGCUAAUGGCUUUAAUAAAUAAUAUGAUUAUUUCUAUGCAGGAGAUAAAAAGCCGAUUUUAACAACAUUGUUUUUUCGUAUCUUCACAGGCACUCUGUUCAUCAACCAAAAAACAGAGUUUGAUUUCGAGAAUCCCUCCAUCCUGGUGGUCAUUGAGGCUCGGGACCACGGCACGCCACCGCUUUCAUCUGUAGCCACCGUCCAGGUACAAGUGUCCGAUGUCAACGACAACGCCCCCAUCUUCCACCAAUCAGAAUACAGAGCCACAGUAUCUGAAGAUGGGCUUCCUGGAUCAACUGUUCUGACUUUGGAGGCCGUGGAUGGAGACUUAUCCCGGGACAACUGCGGCUUUGAUUUCGCCAUCGCCAGUGGCAACUCUGGUAAUGCCUUCCAGAUUGAGAGCAGCGUGCGUUUCUUGGAGGGGCAGGGCUUCCAGACAGUCGGCAGCCUGAUCCUGGUGGAACAUCUGGACUUUGAAGCGGUGCCAAGUUAUAACCUGACUGUUGUGGUAUCAGAUCGCGGGAUCCCUCAGCGAAGCUCCAGCGUGCCUAUCCUAAUCAGCGUUACAGAUGCCAACGACAACCCUCCAGCUUUCAGCCGAGCAGAGUACAGUGUGGUCCUGAGCGAGGGUGCGGCAGCUGGGACAGAGAUCCUGCAUCUGUCUGCCACUGAUCCUGACUCGGCUCCUAAUGGAGAAGUGCAGUAUUACAUCAGCUCAGGGGACGAGACGGACCUUUUCCAAGUGGAUCAAUGGACGGGAGCAUUACGGCUGCAGAGACCUCUGAACAGUGAGAAACAGUCAUCCCAUAUGAUUGUCGUCCAGGCUACUGAUGGUCAAGGACACUUCGCUUUGGCCCCGGUCAGUAUUGAAGUGAAGGACAUCAACGAUAACCGGCCCUUCUUUCCUCUCAAACUUUUAACUGCGAGCAUCAGGGAAAACCAACCCAAGAAUGCCUUAGUCACCAUGCUGCACGCAAUCGACCACGACAGAGGUGUUUACGGACAGUUAAAGUAUUACAUGAUAGGCAACUCUAUAGAAGGAAGCGAGGCCUUCAUCAUCAACCAAACAUCAGGAGAAGUACGGACUCGCUCAACUUUUGACUUUGAGAAAGUGAACUCCUUCAGUUUUACGGCGGUUGCCAUGGAUGCUGGAAACUAUUCUGCAUCAGUAACAGUACAGAUUUAUGUUACAGGGGAGGAUGAGUAUGAUCCGGUUUUCACCUCCUCAGAGUUCUCAUUUGAAGUGCCUGAGGGAGCAAAGAAAGGUCAGGUCAUUGGCAGGGUACAAGCCAAAGACGAAGAUGGAGGUGUGGACGGAAUUGUCCUCUAUUCUCUGACUGACACUUCGCCUUAUUUUGAAGUCAAUAAAUCAACGGGAGUGAUUUCCCUAAAGGUGGACAGCUACAGUACACAUGCGAGUCGCUCGAAAAGAGAGCUUCGUCUAAUGACCCUGGAAGUGACCGCCCAGAGUCCUUUAGAGACGUCCCGCUCAGCUGUCGCCAAAGUUAUGGUUGAUGUGACCCAUACGUCUUUUGGUCUCUCCUCAGACAUGAAUAUGCUGCUUAUCAGUGUUAUCGCAGUUUCUCUCGGGACCAUAAUCAUUCUUAUCAUAGUUGCUAUAAUUCUAUUUUUCGUUAAAAUAAAACGUCGUAGAAAAGAUCAUAAAGCUUGUGGACGGGCACCGACAUCGGGCACCAUGCUGCACAAGUUUGAGGAAACAAAAAUAGCAGCGAAUGAAAUGAUCUACCACCAGGCCCUCCCUGGAUAUGUGGCCGAUCAAGGCGGCAGCAGCGGGGGUCAAUACACUCGUGGCGGGUCUCUGGAUCCCUCCCACUCCAGUGGGCGUGGCUCUGCAGAGGCAGAGGCAGCAGAGGAUGAUGAGAUCAGAAUGAUUAACGAAUACCCUCGAGUGUCAAGUAUCUCCUCGUCCAUGCAGGAGCGCAUCUCUGCCAGAGGCCCGGACUCUGGAAUCCAGCAGGACGCAGAUCAGCUGUCGGAUGUGUCCUGUGAGCCGUCCAUAGACUGGUUCAGAGGGAAAAAGGUGGGCAGUUUGAACAGUUCUUUAUUGGCUGGCCAGGUGCCGGUCUACAGGGAUGAGGGGGGCGGGUAUGUGGGUGUGGGGCGGGGACUCAGCAUCUCCCACCCUAAAGAUUAUACUUUCCCAGAAGAUGGGAAGCCUGCUGUGGACGGCUCCCUGACAGCCAUCGUGGCCAGUGACGAGGAGCUGAGAGGCAGCUAUAACUGGGACUACCUGCUGAACUGGUGUCCACAGUUCCAACCCUUGGCUAACGUCUUCACUGAAAUAGCUCGUUUAAAAGAUGAAACAGCUCCUCCUAAUCCUCGACGAUCAUUUCAUCACAAAGCAAAGGCAGAGUCAAGAAUCGACCCUCCGCCUCUUAUAACCUCUGUUGCCCACCCAGGGGCUAAGACUGUACCCCCUAAGCCUGCUGUGGGGAGGACUUACCCUAGCUUGGCUUCUUUUCGAAGAUCUCCCCUUAGCGCUGAGGGAUCCAUCUCCUCGGUCGCCAUGUCUCCAAGUUUCUCCCCCUCACUCUCCCCCCUGGCGGCGCGCUCUCCUGCUAUCACGCCCUUCAACGUCUCGCAGGGUCCCUCAGCAUCCAUGAUCAGCACAACCGAACACCAUUUAGAGCACAGCGAGGAGGCCGAGCUGAGGAUAUAA